AUGGCCACCUCCAGCAACUCCAGUUUGUCGGGCUCCUCGGUUUCCUCCGGUAAGUUAAAAAGAAAAGAGAGAGAUAAUUAAAUCCCCCCUUACGGCAGGAUUUGCCUCCUGAUUACCUCCCAGCCUUCCGGAAUGCUGUUUAUUUAUGUUAGUUAGAUGGACGGACCUGGCUGCGAGGAGGAUCUCUUCGGCACCAAGUUAUUUUCCUUUCCUUUCUUCCACGUUGCAUGCAAAAGGGCAGGAGGAGUAACAGAAAAGAGCAGGUGAGGUGCGUGCUUUCCUGCAUAGAUGUGGGAAAGUGCAGCAUCCUAAAUCCAUUUUUUGUGUCCGUCGAUGGUUGUAUCCCUGGUUUGCAAGAGGUUGCUGAACCCAACCUGACAGUUACGAUUCGAUCCGUAAAUCGUUCGGGCGGGUGUGGGUGGGUGGAAGAUGCCGGCGUUAAACCUCUGAUACCUAACACAUUCACACCCUGCUCAAGCAGGAAGAUGAAUAAAAUCACGUUGGUGGUCCUAUUCAGAGUAGACACCUUGAAAUGAAUGGACGUGACUGAAGUCCAUUGAUUUCAACUUCACUACUUGGAGUAUGACUAUUUUGAAUAAUGCAAGCCAUUCUCUCGUCAUUGCUCGGAACACCAGCAGUUUCUAAAAAUAUCUGUGCUUGGCUGAGCAGUUCCUCCAAGUGUGAUUACACCUGUUCAGUUACCAAGUCCUAUGGAGCAAGCAGUUGCAACCCACUUUCACAUUCUUCUUCAUUUUCUGACAUAGGUGGAUUAGUGUGUGUGAUGGUAAGCCUUCCAUGCAGGGCUGAGCCAAACUCAUAGGUGAUGUGUGGCAAUUUCUUGCUUACAUUAUCUGGGAGGUGAACUAGUAGCGAUCAACGUGGAAAACAGUGCUUCUCAAAUAUGGAGGAAGGCAAGUCAAGCUGCAUCAAGGUUCUUAUUAUUCCAUUAUUUACUGUAACUUCUGAGUUUCGUGAAUAGAUUUGAGAGUGAUGUUAUCAAACCAGACAGUUUGCAAAUGCUUUUCCCCAAAACAAAAGGUGGGCAACCAUUCCUAUGCUUGUUUAUUCAGUCCUACUGAUUUCAAUAGACUUAUUCUCUACUAAGUGUACGUAGGAUUGCAGCUGCACAAUGCAAUUCCUUACAUGGAAAGUAGUCCCAUUGCAUCCAUUGAGUGUGUGCAUUGUAAGUGUGUUUAGGAUUGGAGCCUAAGUGAAAGGUUUUCUAUUUCUGCUAAAUACGCCCACUUUAAAUGUUCAGUAAAGAAUUCUGUCACCUUCUUGAAAGCUUUUCUUUUCGUUAAUAAAAUUAGACACAAGUGUUUCCUUCAUUAAAGAUGUAAAAAUUAGUGCUAGUAUUAGAAAACUUCAGUGUGUAUGUUUAUGAGGACUAGAAUUGGAAUGGUGUUUUUGGCAAGAUGAAGCUGUAAGCAGUCAUCACCUGAGAACAGCUUGCUUAAAAGCCCAUUAGUCAGGUUCUCACUGAAUGCUGUUUCGUGAAAUUAAAAAACCUAGCACUCUAACAUGUGAUGAAUCUUGCACAUUAAAAUUGUGAGAUUCACGUGGGGAGAGGUAACACAUUCUUGAAUCAAGAGAAGCUCAAAUUUCUGUGGUGAGUCCAAAAUACAUAUUUUUAAAAUGCCGAAGUUCACGUUUCACAUGAACCAGAACUUCAGAACCUGUAUCUUAUACUGGAGGUCAGGACUUGAAAAGCUGAAAGCCGGUAUCUAAUUUUUGAUAUGUCUGAACUCAGAUAAAGUAGAUAGUUUGUAUAUGAUUAAGUUUAGCAGUUAUGCGCAAUCUCCAUUCUUUUCUCAAUAGCUUUUUUAAAGAAUAGAUUAAACAGGACAGUCUUACACAGAGUUAGACCAAUAGACACUCAUGAGGUACAGUGGUACCUCGGGUUACAUAUGCUUCAGGUUACAGACUCUUCAGGUUACAGACUCUGCUAACCCAGAAAUAGUACCUCGGAUUAAGAACUUUGCUUCAGGAUGAGAACAGAAAUCGUGCUCCGGCAGCAGCGGGAGGCCCCAUUAGCUAAAGCAGUGCUUCAGGUUAAGAACAGUUUCAGGUUAAGAAUGGACCUCCGGAACGAAUUAAGUAUUUAACCCGAGGUACCACUGUACUUCGGCAUUUCCUGUGUUGACUAAACCUGUGGUCCAGUUCAUGCGGAUAGUAUACUCUUGCCACUAAUCUACAUUACUCAGAAGGCUUCCUUAUGUGCCUAUAUAUCAAAAGACAGAUUAAGGUAAUUCACAGUAAAAUGAGGGAAAUGGGUAAUGCUGUGGAACUGGAAAAAAAAGAAACGCUCAGGUCUCCUCCAGAUGACCUAUUUAGUCAACAUUCUUCCUGUUUUGCUCGAACAAAGCUUACAUGGUAGUUAGAUUAUGUCUGGUCUUUAUUGAGCAUUGCUUCCAGUUUGUUUAGGGUGCAGUUAUUUGACAGUGAGCAUGCAUCCUGACUUGCUGGUGGGGCAAGAAUGGGGGAGGUUGCACAUCUCCAUGUUCAUCCAUUCAUCCCUCACUUUUCAGUGCUGUUCUCCAUCACUUUCCUAACUGCAAUAAUUCUUUUCUUUUUUUUUAAAGUGGAUUUGUUGCCCUAGGGUUACAGAGCACUAUUUGCAUAUACCUACAUUUCCGCCGAGUGCCUGCAGGAUAGUAGAGCAUGAGAGGCUUAAUAUCAGGGUUGUGGGUUCGAGCCCCAUAUUGGGCAAAAAGAUUUCUGCAAUCUAGGCAGUUGGACUAGAUGACCCUGGUGGUCCCUUCCAACUCUCCAAUUCAAUGAUUCUAUGCAUGUAAAUCACCACAAAAGAGUAGCCAUCUGCAGGCAUACUGAGUACCAUACAUAUUCAGCUUGGAAGCUGGAAGAGGUGGGGCAGCAUGGGAUAAGAUGAGUUGAGAGGAAUCAAAUCUUGGGGGGGAGGAAUCUUGGCAUCUUUAUGAUGUUUAAAUUAAAAUGCUCUUAUGGUUUAUAUAGUACCAUAGGGCUCAAGGACUGGUGUAAUUAUAUCAUGCUCUGGCAUAUGAAGGAUUAACUAAGCUUAAUGUCACAAGACAUUCUUAUUCCCAUUUGUAAAUAUUUUAAAUAUUCCCCCUGCAUUUCUGCUCUUAAAUGCAACACAUUUGUAUUCCUCGCUAUGCCUCAGUUUUAAGCUCUGUGCUGUUUCAUGUCUGAUGGGGUGUUAUUCCUCAUUUUAGAGUGUAUCUUUACUCAAACAGAAGUACGUCCAAUAAAAGAUGUAACCACCAUAUCUGUUUCAUAUACUUUUCAGUAAAAAUGUCAGUAUUUUUUCCCUUAAGUGAUGUUUCCAGUAUAUGUGGGUCCAGCGUAUUUGACUUCAUGCAGCUGCAUUUUGGCUGUCUGUGGUUUUUAUUUCUCAGAACUCAGCAAGUUUCUGAGCAUUUUCUAAUAGCAUCUAACUACAUAGUCCAGUUUUUAAAAAUGAACAGCCAGAGCAUAGUUGGGUUUAAGAAGAAUAAUUUUGCAGAUUAUAUAUAAUUAUUUCUUCUCAUUUGACUUUCCAUCUUAAGACGUUACACAUUUUCUAUGAACUAAGUACAGAAUCAAUAUAAAAUACGACUGUUACUGUUCUUACUCCUGCUUUGAUAGAUGGGGUCAUUCAUGCGCCAUUCAGGGAGCGUUGAUUUAAAAAGCAGUAGGAGAACUAGGGUGAAAUAUUGGCACACCAACUCCCCCCAAAAGCUGCAAAUUGUGCCCCAAAGACCAAGCCAUAUAUUUAUAAUUGAAAUAAAAUGAAACAAUAUAGUGGAUUCUUUUUGGUUCAGAAUAAUUAGAUACGCUUUCUGAAUGGUAGGUAAAAAGCAGACUGCACCUACUAAAGUGUAUGGUAGGUAAAAAACAGAGUACUCAGGGCAGCAGACCAGACAGAAUAGCAUUCAUGCAGUUUCUCUUUGACUUUGUGCUGGCAAUCGAAUGCAGAUUGGGCAAUUGAAAUUGAUGUGGAGUUUUUGUGCAACAAACCUGCUUCUCAGAAUUACUGGACUAUUUGCGAUAGGGAAUGUGAUGGGAAAAUGUACACUACAGUGUGGAAUAACAGUCGCAUCGUGUGACCUUGUCUAACCUCACUGCAAACAAAUUGGGAUGAAUGUUCAAUAGGUUGUCUGGAGGUGACCUUCGUGGCUGAAAUGAGCAACCAAGACUGGCCUGGAAGCUUUUAGAAAUAUUAGGCAACCGCUCAAUCUUGCCUACUUCUCUAAAGAGAUCAGCUGGCACAACUGGUGUCUGAAAUGUCCUAGUUUCUUCACAUACCUAUUUCACAUUCCUCAGGAUAUCAGUUCAACACUUGCUGUGGGCUUGAUCCUGACAAGCUUGGGUAGUUUUGCCCUUUGGGUGCUUGCCAGAGCACAAGUACAACUAGUCCUAGGCAAAAAGUGGCAAAUUACAAGGCAGGAUUCUUUAAUUCUGAACGUGCUUAAUUAAAAACUUGUUUGGAAUGUAUAAGACAUAAUAGACACAAAGGUAAUCUACAUCUGCAUACGUUUAUUACCUACACUUAUAAUUCCAAAUGCCAUUUUAAUCACACCUAAGCACUUUCCAAAUUAUUGUUGAGAGGGCAGAAUCCGCUCAGGGAUGGAGGCAUCCAUGCUGUCACCUAUCUAUCAGUUAUCAUUUUGAUUCUCCUUUUUGUAAUUCCAAAAGGCAUGAAAUUAUUCUGUCUUCCACUUGAUGUAUUUAUAGCUAGCAUGCAUUGCAUAGAUGAAAGGCCUGAGCAAUCAGGUGAAAAAUUGUGUGCUACUAGAUACGGUUUGGGUUAGGAAUUUUUGCUCUGGUAGCUGUGCUAGAAGCGGUUCAGCAUUUUGGCUGAUCCUGUGACCUGCUGCACAGAAACAGUGGCUUGUGCAGAUGUUCUAGCUGCAGUGUAAAGGCACAACCCCGGCCCCUUUCGCUGACGGUAGGAACAUAUCCCAUACCUUCCCACUUGCCCAAUACUAAAAUCGGGGUGCUCGCCUUUCGGGACUGUUCUCCCGCGUGAGUCAUGUGACUUGCACGAGAGCACAGCCCCCAAAAUGGGCUGUUCCACUUAAAUUGGGACAGUUGGGGGGGGGUAUGAUCCAUGUAGAGAAAAAUUGUAAAAAAACAAAAGUUUCAUUUUAAGGUAUAAAUCUAGAAAGAUACACACAUAUUAACAUGCAUUUCUUGGCACUAAUAACUUUUGUGAUAGAUUUGCAAGACUAAGGACAUUUUUCAUGGCAUGUGAUAUGAGCUGGGAAUCAGCGUGUUUUUACAUGAGCAGAAUGUGUCCUUUUAUUUAAAAUGCACCUCUGGGUUAUUUGUGGGGCCUCCUGGUGUUUUUACAUGAGUAGAAUGUGUGCUUUUAUUUAAAAUGCAUCUCUGGGUUAUUUGUGGGGCAUAGGAAUUCGUUCAUCCCCCCCCAAUAUAGUCCAGCCCCCCACAAGGUCUGAGGGACAGUGGACCCGGCCCGCUGCUGGAAAAGUUUGCUGACCCCUUAGCACAUGCCAUGAUUUUUCAGCUAAACUAUGACGGCUAGAGUAAAAGACCAGGCUCAAGCGAAGCUAUAUUACAGCUGAACUUUUAAGGAUUUAGUCGGGACAUUAAAUGCAUGUUUCAGAACAAGGAUGUUUUGGCGCCGUGUGAUAUCUCUAGAGCCAUCUGUGUGCUCCAGGUCCCCAGAAACCGUUUUAUCUGUAUGAGAAGGUUAAACGGGCCUUCCCAUUUUAGAUAAGCUAAUAUACAAACUGUGCAUGAAAUUAGUACGUGAAAAUAAAAGAAUAUAAGUAUUAUCUGAACUGCACCUGGUAUAUAGGUCUUUCCCCUAUUAUGAGGUGCUGUUGGUGGUGGUGGUGGUGGUGGUGGGAGGCCGAAUUUGAAAUGGUGUUUAAGGUCUGCCUGUGGAAAAGUGAAGGGUGAGACCCCUGGAAGGGUGGCCACAGUUAUGAACCACUAUUUGUUACAACAUGUUGUCAGGAUCCCCAGUGGUGAGCUGGGAUUAAUUACUGAGAAAGAACCUGCCCUCUUACAGCGUAGUAUACCCCUUAAGUCUCUAACAGCAGUAUACAUGCACUUACCUUAUUCUUAAUAAAACUUUAUAUUCUGCAAAUCUUCUUGAAGUUAAGAAUCUACAGAUCUUCUUGACGUUAGGAUGUCACAAGCUAUGCAGGUAGAGUUCCUAUUCUAAUAAUUCUUGUGCUUUCUGAAACAAAUAGACUUGGGCAGGCUUCCUCAACCUUGGCCCUCCAGGUGUUUUUGGCCUACAACUCCCAUGAUCCCUAGCUAGCAGGACCAGUGGUCAGGGAUGAUGGGGAUUGCAGUCUCAAAACAUCUGGAGGGCUGAGGUUGAGGAAACCUGGGCUUGGGCAAUCCCACUAUGCUGAUUAGGAAGUAAUAUCAGUCUAGUAAGUGCCCUUGAGAGGCUGGCUUGUGUCUUUGGGCAAUAGGGUUCUCAACUGGCUAAUGUGCUUAAGGGAAGGAACAAUAUAUUAAUGGCAGAAGCCCUCAGAUUCAGUUGCUGUUAUUUCCAGUUCAAAGAAACAGGUAGAAUGUGAUUUGGAAAGCCUGCUGUCGAAAAUCGUGGAGAACCACUGGCAGAGUAGGCUAGAUUAGGAUUCCCCAACCUGGUGCCCUCCAGAUGUUUUGGACUCCAACUUGCAUCAUCUCUGACGAUUGGCAGGGCUAGCUGGGGCUGAUGGGACUUGGAGUCCAACAUCAGCUGCAGAGCACUAAGCUGGAAAAGGCUGGCAUGUGUGCAGGUUGGCUUUCAGCGGGAUUUCCUGGCUGACUCCUUGUUGAGUACCAAAUGGGUCAUUCCUAAUUCAAAAGUUCUUCAUCUGUUCCCCUCUUGGGCUGUUAUGGAGAGCUUCUACACAGUUUUGAAUUCAGCUGGGAGGUAGCAGUGGAAAUAUGGGAAAUUCCUUGGGCAAAAUAAAAGAAUACUCUGUUUACAUAAUACAUAGAAACUAAGGGUUUCUGGAAGCCAAUUUGGCUUUUCCAAGAAAAACGUGAUUGAAUAGUUCUUUCCCCAAAACUACUUUGCCUUCUCUGGUGGUGCCAAACUCUAGUGGUUACUUAGCUUUUCUUUUUAGAAAUCCUUCUAUGUUACAUAAGAUGAAACAACUUGUAAGAACAAAUACUACCCUUGAUUUUAGCCAAAAGCCCGAUGAAGUAAUAAAACGAGGCAACUUAAAACACAGGUCAGAUAUUGUAAUAGAUCUAAAUAUGUGUAGCUCAGGAAAAUGUAUUUGUAGGGCAAAGGAAUUCAUUAUUAUUUUUCAAAAUAUAGUCCGGCCACCCACAAGGUCUCAGGAACAGUGGACCGGCCCCCUGAUGAAAAAGUUUGCUGACCCAUGGCUCCUUAUAUCCAUUUCCAGAGAUUUCUCAAAAAAUAUUUCAAUUCACAAUGUUAGAAAAAAAGCUUCAACAUAAGAGAAAUACAAGUAAAGCCUGCAGAGGUGAAAAGUGGUUUUGGAAUUGUCUUAUAGAGAACAUGUGGAAUUCCUCUACCCACAAUAUAAUUGCUUUUUCAAGAAUUUAUUCCCUUCAAGUACAUCUACACUGUAUAUUCUGCUGAAAAAACUGUAGCAAACAAACCAUGCCAAAGAAUACCUAUAAUUCUUUAAAAUCACAUCAGUCAUCAUUUUAAAACCUAAUGAAACAACGGCAACAUAACAGAGAAAAGGUGAUUGCGCUGAAAUGGAAGUUUUCAUCGGUGCUUCAUUUACCGACACACAAACACAUAUAUGCAUGAUCCGGCCGUAGUAUAAAACUAUCUUAACACUGUAGUUCUCUGCAUGCAGUAUCUGUAGGUACCAAACGUGUGAUGGGGCUUUCAAGCACAUGCAGCUAGCCCCACUCCCAAGAUGCCAAUAUAGAGGGGUUAAACCACAGAGCCUAGGACUUGCCGAUCAGAAGGUCGGCGGUUCGAAUCCCCGCAACGGGGUGAGCUCCUGUUGCUCGGUCCCUGCUCCUGCCAACCUAGCAGUUCGAAAGCACGUCAAGUGCAAGUAGAUAAAUAGGUACCGCUCCGGCGGGAAGGUAAACGGUGUUUACGUGUGCUGCUCUGGUUCGCCAGAAGCGGCUUAGUCAUACUGUCCACAUGACUCGGAAGCUGUACGCCGGCACCCUCAGUCAAUAAAGCGAGAUGAGCGCCGCAACCCCAGAGUCGGCCACAACUGGACCUAAUGGUCAGGGGUCCCUUUACCUUUAUAUACAGACAGAUGUGCACACAUAGGGCUCCCUCCAUGGGGACAGGAACCCUGUGAAGGGUUGUGUGUAGGACCAUUCCAGACUAGGCAACUGGGCCAGCUGGCAAGAAAAAGGGUUUUUUCUUUGUCAGUGGUACCUUGGUUUAAGAACAGUCCGGUUUAAGAACAAUUUGGUUUACAAACUCUGCAAAACCAGAAAUAGUGUCCCGGUUUGAGAACUUUACCUCAGUUUAAGAACAGAAUCCGAAUGGUGGAAGGGCACCAACGGCGGGAGGCCUCAUUAGGGAAAGCACGCCUCGGUUUAAGAACGGUUUCGGUUUAAGAACUUCCGGAACGGAUUAAGUUCAUAAACCGAGGUACCACUGUAUAACAGUAGUGCUGUUCCACAGAGCUCCACUUCUCUGCACCAUUAGGGUUGCUGUUCAAAGGAAAGAACAGGGAGUUUUAAACUAGAACACUGGCACAAUUGCCUAGAAUCUUCCAGGCCUGGAAAACCUCCCAGAUUUGCUGAGGGCAACUUGUUACUCAGGGAAGUCAAUUCUCCCUCUGCAUGCUUCCCAAAUUGCUCUCAUUUCAAAUCGUUUUGCAAACUGUAUAUAAGAAUCCACAGAUAUGGUAUAUACCAGGGGUGGCCAACUCCCAAGAGACUGCGAUCUACUCACAGUUAAAAACUGGCAGUGAUCUACCCCCUUUUUGGGGGGUGCAGGGCAAAAGUGUUGAGCUUUUUUUAGGGGAGCCAAAGUUAUUGAGCUUCUUUGGGGGAGCCAGUGAUCUACCAGUGAUCUACCACAGAUGUCCAGUGAUCUACCAGUAGAUCAUGAUCUACCUGUUGGACGUGCAUCGUACAAUAUGAAUUUCCUUGGAACCUUGCCAACUUUGGGAUUUGGUGCAUUUUAUUAAGUGACGUGAUGCCUAGUUAUUCCAUGGUAAUUUGGGGUCUGCUUUUUUGUGCUUUUAGUUCCCAAUAUUGCAGUUUGAAAGCUAAUUCUUUAACACCAUCAAAGCUUAUUAGGAACAAAGACUAUGUAAAUAUUAUGUAUUCGUAUUAGUAAAUUAAUCUUAAUUAAAUUAAAUCCACUCAAGCACUGUUGUUUGCUGAGAAGCCAAAUGAAACUAGCUGUUUAGACAAAUGUAACAAAUUUCCUCACAAAGGUUCCAGCUGCAGUCUACAGUAGCCAAGGACACAACGUCUAAACUCUAAGUAUGUCUCUGAAAAGUUUUGUGUUUAAAUGGUAAAAUCCAUUGGGGGGUUGUUAAUGCACAAGAUAUAUCAAUAAAUACUUUACAAGCACAAUCUUUCAACAAACCACAGGCUUGGAGAAAGGGGGGGGGGAGACAGUCUGUUAAGUGGAAACAUACUUAUGCAUUUUAAAUAAAAGCACACAUUCUACUCAUGUAAAAACAUGCUGAUUCCUGGACCGUCUGCGGGCUGGAUUUAGAAGGCAAUUGGGCCGCAUCCGGCCCCCGGGCCUUAGUUUGCCUACCCAUGAGCCAACCUAUAUAGGAGUAGCAAAAAUGCUCGCCUUUAAAUAAUUUAUUUGUUAUUACUUGUCAAGAUAGGAUAGUACUUUUUAAUUACAGUACUGACAGUUUGGUUUCUAUAUAAAUUUCAUAGCUUCAUUAUCUUGCUGCCUUAAUUUUUUUUUAUCUUUUUCACACUUUGAUCUUCAAUAUUUCUCAUGCUUUAGUUUAACUAGGCUUUGUGGUAUAUCACCCUAAGCACUGGUUUGUUAACAGUAACAGUAAACAUUCAGUACUUCUAAAUGAGUAUAAUUGGGAUCCUUGAAUCAGUCCAGUUGGAUUCCUUGACUCUACUAAUCCAUGUAUUUUUUUUUUAAUUCUAGAACUCAGCCACUGAGAAAAAGCCUGAGAAGUAGAAAGUACAACUCACUUUAAUAAAUGUCAGCUUAACAAAGGAAAUCAUUUUUCAAAGAUAUGUUGGUUUUAUUUAAUGCCACAAUAAGGAGAGCACAACAUAUAAUAUUUUGGAGUGUAUUUUCAGAGUAAAUAGGUUGCCAAGCAAUCAUUUCAAAUGGUGUUAGGGUUCAGUAGCAAUUGAAUGUGUGUGAUGUUGGAGGGGGGAAGGUCAUGUGUCUAAAAUGCAUGGUGUCAGUAUUUUACAGGAGAUGGUUUGUAUGCUGAGAGACCUUCUUGACCUGAUGCUGUCAGAACUUGGAGAACAAACACUGGGCCCUAAACACAAAGAAAAUGAUGAGAUUGUACAGUAUAUAAGAUAACACCGUCCUUUAAUAAGGCAUCCUUUUUUUUCCGUUUCAGCUGUUUUACCAUAUGAAAUACACUGUGCUGCUAGGACAAGAUGGCAGCUCUUAAAUUGAAAUUGUUUUCUUUCUGUGGUGGUUAUAAUAAAUAAAUGCUAUUUGUACUUUACAUUUCUCAAGGUAUUUGCAUAUAUGCAAAAAAGUGGUGGGAGUCAGGUCCCCUCUGGUUUUAAGGUGGCAAGGUGAAAAGGAGGACAGAAUUGCUACACUUUUAAUACUUUGGAAGAAGAGAGAAUUUCAGACAGUGUUGCUUGUUAUGUGAGCUACACCUGCUGGAUUGUUCUUUCUUUCUACACAGCUGUUAAAAGUACAGGAGAUCUGACCUCUUUUUUAUCAGGCAUUCAAGCUGGAAUUGUCCCAGGUGAGGAGCGUGUGGCAGUCAAGAUUUAUUUGUCUCAAGUUGUAUUUUUCUAAAUAAGUUACCUACAGUGGUGCCUCGCAAGACGAAAUUAAUUCGUUCUGCGAGUUUUUUUGUCUUGCGAAUUUUUCGUCUUGCGAAGCACGGUUUCCCAUAGGAAUGCAUUGAAAAUCCAAAAGGAAACAAACUUGCAAGACGUUUUCAUCUUGCGAAGCAAGCCCAUAGGGAAAUUCGUCUUGCGAAGCAACUCAAAAAACUCUUUCGUCUUGCGAGUUUUUCGUCUUGCGAGGCAUUCGUCUUGCGAGGUACCACUGUAGUUUUAUACUGUAGUGUAUAUAUAGGAACACAGUUCUCAACCUUCACUACAAUGGGCAUUGCUUUCAGGUGGUUAUGGUUGUAUCAGUGGCUGUUACAUGUGUUACUCAUUGUACUGAACACAAAUUUUAAUAGAUCCUCUGGGACAGGUGGGUGAUUUUCAGUGCAAUUUACUUCCAGAUUAGUGUAUUCAGACUGUUUUUCUUCUGCGAUAAAUGAGAAAGCAUCUAUAUUAGUACCUACUGGUUAUUCAGACAUUUGGUGGUGUCAGGCUCUCCUAAAUUCUUGGAUUGCUUGUUGUAUUUGAUUCAUACCAGGUACUUCCUUUGAAUUGAAAAUGUAGAACAAUAGCUCUUGUCUUUGUAUGGGUUCCUUUUAGCUUAUUUUGUGAAUAUGGAGUGCUGGCCCUGUUGUAAUUGAAGCAGUCAGUUUGUAACAAAUUAAGCAUCAAAACAUGCGGGCUUGAAAGUAGUUUUUGUUACGACACUUCAUAAAUAUAAUUACUAUUAUGACUUUCUGUCCCGUACAAUAUCUCUCUUCAUUGUGUACACUGUAUGAGCUGGGCUUUUAAAGCAAAGCCUAGAACAGACUCAUUUGUUUAAGAUCCCAUGGGAAAAUCAGGUACCGGGUGUGCCUCAGAUCUACUGUUGCUUGUGCCAGUGAAAGAGGCAGAUUAUGUUCCCAGAAAGUAGCAUAAGAAACAUGGUUAGUAUUCUGUAUUUUGAGCCUUCCUGACAACUUUAACCAAAUUUGAAAAAAUAAGAUAUCUGAUUCACACUGUAGCUACUAAGCAAAGCUUCAAUUGGUCAGUUUUGGAGAUGCUUGCUUUGUGGUAGUCUUAUGCAAGUGGGCACCUGUUAGCCACUUCUGAGGAAAUGUGGAAUGAGUUUGCCCAGGGCCAGUUGAGUAGCUGUUGUUUACAAAGGAACAAGCCAUUGUUGAUAAUCCACAGCUCAAGACAGCACUUGGUGUUCAGCAAGAGACUAGCUUCUUAGAGCUGAUAAGGCAGAUUUUUGCGAUGUGUGGCUACUGUUUUGCAGCUUCUCCAUAGCAAGAUCCAUAUGGAGCCGGAGCUUAUAAAAGGAUCCAACAUGCGACUGGGUUAACAAACCUUUCGCUUUUGGAAAGGAUCUUGUUAAAUCUAAAACAUUGCUUAAAAUGCAUUUGCAUUCUCAUAGAUGUUUGCUUCGAAGUCACAUCAUCUGUGGAAAUCUGCAGCCGAAUCCAAGAGAUAUGGAGACUAGCUGUGGAGAGAUAGAGAAGUUAUUUUAAUAUACUGGGACUUAUGCUUGGUUAUUUUUAUAUAACAUUGACCAAGGACCAGGUCUCCAUAUUAAUACCAGUUCCCCAUUACUUGAAUUACAUAAUAUGGUGUAAUUUGCUCCACUUUUGUUGGUAAUAAUGUGCCUGAUCUUAACUGUAUUGAGCUCAUUACAUUUUCAAGAUGUUGUAUUUGCCAAUCUAUACAAUUCUUUGUUCUGCUGAUGGUGAAUUUAAACUACAGAGACCCUCAUUGAUUUGCUUGCUUUUCUGCUGCUCGUAAGCCAUAUGUAUCCCAAGUGUUUUUGGCUCCCACUUUUGUGGUCAAUGCCUUAGUUCAAGUUGCUUUCUCUAAUUUAAGUGGUAUUUGUUGCCUGAGUAAAGAGCAUCAAUACUGACUUGGACCCCCCCCCCCAAAAAAAAAUAUUUGGUGGUUAGUUUCUUUAGUUAUGACAUUUGCAGCAUUUUAGAAAGUCAUAUCUGGAUUAUUUUAUUUUAUUUCUAAGGAGCAUCAGUAGUUGCCAGUGAUGUGCCGCUGCUCUCGUGACACCGGCAUCAUUGCAGUUUACCUGGACAGAGGUGGGAAAGAGCAGAGUGGCAGCAAGAUUAGAUCUGUGCAGAUGUACUGCUAGGAGCACAGAGCUGUCUCCAUUGGUACGGACAUGUAGCCCCAAAAUUGCUGCUGCUCUACGCCACCCCAGGCUCAUCCAGGUAAACUCACGUUGGGUAGGUGCCUCUGCGGUUGUGCCCCACCACGCCGACUGCUAUUGAGGAACAGCCAUGAUUGCACAUUCAUGUUACAUGCACCUGUUAACUCAGAGUGACAUUUGAAGCAUCUGUUGAAGUGGACUGUGGUUCAUGAAAACGAAAGGCCAUAAUAAAUCAAUUAGGUGCCACAGGACCGGUGGUAUUUUUUGCUACAGCAGAGUCACGCUUUUACCCUUCUGGAAAUGGUUACAACUCUGGUGUGAUUCCUUUAAUGUAAUCACACUAGUGUCAUACCUCAUGUUAUGUUAGGUUCAUGUUGCGUCUUUUCGGCUUGCGAACGCGGCAAACCCGGAAGUGUAUACUUCCGGGUUUUGCCGCGUGCACAGAAGCGUUCUGCGCACUUUGCGCAUGCGCAGAAGCAUUCUGCGUGCUUCACGCAUGUGCAGAAGCGCUCUAUCGCGCUGCGUGUGUGCGCAGAAGCAGCACUCUAGUUACGGACUUUUCGGGGUGCGAAUGGCACCCCAAAUUGGAUCAAGUCUGUAACUAGAGGUACCACUGUACAUCCUCAAAAUAUUUUGAGGAUAGCAGAUUUUAGGUUUUAGUCUUGAUGGUUCAUUCGUGUUUGUGGUAUCAGUGAUUGUGUUCCUAUCCUUUCUUCGGGCUCUGAGUUGUUUUAAAUUUACAUUUAUACCGACCCAUUUUCACUGAAGAGCUGCUUGCUGAAACUUCAAAGCAUGCAGAUCUUUAGCAAUUCAAUCUGGAACAACAUCUAGCAUUAUCUCAUAGGGCAUAGGCUGUCCUUCUGAUGGGCAUUCUAAUACUUGUUCCUUGCUUGUUAUAUGCUUUUAAAAUGCUGUAGCUGAUUCUGUUGAUUUAUGAUCGUGCCAUGUGGGGUAAUAGCUACUAAGAUAAUCACUUUGGCACACUUUUCUUCCAAGAAAAGCAAAGUGUGGUACUCAUAAAAGAUUAUUGCUAAUGGUCAGUGACACCUGGAGAUAUAUUAUCUAUAUUAUUUGACAGAGCCGGCCCAGCCGUUAGGCAACAUUAUGUUAUUCCACACCAUUCCUUUCAAUGCAAAGUCAAUUAAUUUCAAUAAUCAAUUGUGUAUUGUUUGUGGACUCCAAGCAGCACUGAAACUGAAUGCUGAUUGUGUUUGCUGGAUUGAUUUCUGUUCUGGACAUGGGAUGAAUAAGCAAAGAUUGGCAAUUUCUGCUCCCAUUUCCAUUUUUGUCAGAAUUCUCUGACAUUGCUAAGUUCCAGAGGAAGAAUCACAAGUACAUCUUCAUUUUACUAGAUCUGAACAACUUUGUAAAAUGUACGAACUGGCUCUUUGGCUGUUUACUCAACAGUUUAAAUAGUAGUGUAGCUUCCUUUUAAAAAUUCCUAAUUAAAUGAUAAUAAUUCUAUCCUUAGCCAUCAGAUAUACACUUGUUCUUUUAUGGCCAUAAGAACAUGCGAUUUUAAUCCAUCUUCCGUACUGGUUUGGCUGCUUCAUACACAAUCUGCUUUAUCCUGUCACUUGUACACACAUGGCAGGUGCAGUUUCAUUCUUCACUAUUGCCAGAGCAUUUGUUGCUAUCAGAGUCUGUUCCUGAAAAUAGCAUUACUUAUCUUAAAUCUGUUUUUCAAUUAUUGGCCAUGUUCUGAUUUCAAAUUCUUUUUCUCAGGCUUUAUACUUCAUAUGUAAAUAAAAGUCUAUUCUUGCUGCCUACUUUUUCUUCUGUUAUCACUGUCAGUUGCAGACAAUUAAGUUGAACAAUGGGAGUUUUUUGUGUUUUUUUGUAGGCAUGGUUUUAAUCCUACUCUAUAUUCUAUUGCGGAAAACUUUGUUGUAAUUCAGCUUCAUUGCUAUGUUAGUGGGGAAUAUAUUCUAAGAUUUCCUUAAUUGUUUUUGUAGCCAGGCUUGGUCUCAUGGUUUUUUGUUGUUUUUUCCAAGUUCUGCAUUCUUUUUUUUGUGUGUGUGUCAAAGGAAGCUUCUGUCUUCUGUCUUGGGAUCCAGUCAUGAUUGCAAGGGUAAGAGGAAGAAAUUUGUUGUAGCAUUUGCUGUAAGAGAAGGCUGGAUGUACUGGAAAAUCAGAAAGAUUUAAAGCAGACACACAAUUAAUGGAUUUAAGGCUGGCCAUAUAGGGUUGAAAAGACACAGAGAUUGCAAAAUAUGUAACCUGAAAUGAAUCCAAAUCUAUCUUAGCUUUGAUUCAUUCCUGAAUAUGUGUCAAGUUGCCUUCUUCUUCGCCAGUCUCUUGCUAUAACAACAUUUUAGCCAUGCUACUCCCUGACCCCCACGAAGGACAGGAGGAAUAAAGGGGUGAACCUUUAAUUUUAGCAGCACCUUGCUGCCUGUGAGGUGCUUUGAAGUCCCGAUGAUGGAUUUAAAAGAGGAUUAGACAGAUACAUGAAGGUUAAGGCUGUGAGUGGCUACUACCCAUGAUGGAAGCUAUGAUCUGCCUCCAGGCAUAGUAUGCUUAUGAACACCAGUUGCUGGAAAAUGCAGAAGGAGAGAGUUUCCACAGGCAACUGGUUGGCCUCUGUGCAAACAGGAUACUGGAUUAGAUGGGCCAUUGGUCUGAUCCAGCAGAUUCUUCUUAUGUUUAUGCUCUUCUCUGCAUGCACCCUUUUCUGUGAGGCAGUAUGUUCCCUUCGCUAGAACAGUCAUCAUGGCUAAACAGCCAUAGACUAUAACCUUCCGUAUAUUGUGGAUGCCAAAAAAUAAUAAUUAACCCAGUGACAUUUCGAAGCCCCAUAUCCAUUUGUUCAGUCAUAUUUAAAAAUAUGUCAUAGGAGAUGAGAACCAUUUAGGAAUAAACACUUUAUAACAGUGCAAGGUUUUUCACGUGUAGCUGGAUGUCAGUAAUGCCUGGGAGGUGAUUCAGAAUAGUAUUGUCAAAUAGUCAUUAGAGGAAUAAUAAUUAGCAGUAGGUUACAUUAAUGACCGAAUGUGUGGAAUUAGGGAUGCAUUUCUAAUAAAAGCAAUGUAGUGAAAGGUUUUUCGGAAUUAUAUUUUUUGCUGAUGCUCUUAUAAAUGCAAUAUAAAAACAGCACAACUGCUAAAUUGCAUGCUUGUGUGAGAAUUUCGCACAAAUUUUUACAUUUUAUUAAUUUUAGAUGAAAUCCGGGGACAUUCCGGGGAUGGAAUUUGUCCGGGGACUUAUUCACAAAUCCGGGGACUGUCCCCGGGAAACGGGGACGUCUGAUAACCCUAAUGUACAGGGAGUUGCACCCUCAUUAAAGCACCCAAACAUACGUGCACUAGUGUCUAAGGAAGCAUGUCUGCAUUUGCAUUCUGUGAGUUUGCUGUUGCCCAGAGUCCCAGCCUCAAGCUCAGAGUCCAGGGCUGCUCCAUCAUCCACAGAUGUUGUCUCCUGAGCCUGACUCAUCAGAGGAAUUGAUUGCGUCCACGCAACAAUGGAACAGGGAGUACACCAGGUCAAAGUCCACAGAAAGGGGAAGGAGUGUUAGACUUUCGACCAGGAGGUUGGUCUUUUAAGAUCCACAGUAUUCAGCUUUGGGAAUGCUGAACUGAAGAAACCCAUAAUGCUUUAGCUCAACUCCAGCCUUUGUUGGAUAAAGUUGCUUGCUCAGAGGCAUCCAUGUUGUUGUUGUUGUUGUUGUUGUUGUUGCUGUUGCUGCUGUUGUUGCUACUGCUGCUGCUGCCACCAACAGCUUGCCUUGACCUCUUGCCACCAUGGAUGCCUGAUGCAGAUGGAUCAGAACAGCUGAAAGAAAUAUGUGUUAGGUGAUUAUUGUGUAACAUAUAGAAGGUAAAAUCUUCCCUUUUCCUGCUUACCUUCCUCAUCCCAAACAAUAGGUGACAGAGAUUGCAGGAAAAAUGUAUCUUCUUCAAGAUGCUUCUCAAUGCUUCUUUUAACCUCAUUACCAUUGAACACAUAAAGGCUGCUCUGAGAAUACAGAAACCUUUUGUUUUGACACACCCUUAAAAACACACACACAAUUACGGUAAACAUUUUUACUCCACCUUCCACUAUAAAUCCUGCAAGGCAGUCUAUUCAGAAUGGCUGUUGUGUCCUAAUUGUGAAACAAAAGCAAGAUCUUGGAAGCUAUAGGACACCUUAUUGUGGAUUCAGAAUAGUUGAUUUCCAGAGGAGUAGCCAUUUGUUAAGUAGUAAUAGCAAAGAGUCAUGUGACAUUUGAAAACUAAUACAUUUUAUUAUGGCAGAAGCUGUCGUGCACAUUUAUCCGAUGCAUGGAUUCAUGCAUCUGAUGUUGUGUUCUGUAGCCCACAAAAGCAUAUGAAGUAAUUAAAUGUGCCAGUCUUUAAGGUGUCACACGGCCCUUUGUUUUAACAGUAAAUACAUACUUUAGUGGAGGGGUAGGCAACCUAAGGCCCGUGGGCCAGAUGCGGCCCAAUCGCCUUCUCCAUCUGGCCCGCCGACGGUCCGGGAAUUAGCGUGGUUUUUACAUGAGUAGAAUGUGUCCUUUUCUUUAAAAUGCAUCUCUGGGUUAUUUGUGGGGCCUGCCUGGUGUUUUUACAUAAGUAGAAUGUGUGCUUUUAUUUAAAAUGCACCGCUGGGUUAUUUGUGGGGCAUAGGAAUUCGUUCAUCCCCCCCACCCCAAAGAAAUCUAGUCCAGCCCACCACAUGGUCUGAGGGACGGUGGACCGGCCCACGACUGAAAAAGGUUGCUGACCCCUGCUUAAGUGACUCUUUCCAUUUGAGAUAUACCUCAUAUCCCCCAUUAUUUGGGCUGUUACUGGAGAUACCAGUUUGUUGAAUAAGAUGGAAAGUUUUUGUAAGAUGAGAAUAAAGGAAACGGGGGCUGUUGUUCAUAGCAUUUAUAAAGACACUUCCAUUGGUACCAAUUUUAUUUGAGUGCCCUUUUAUCUACGUUGCUGAAAUUAAAUUAUAUAUCCAUUACUAAAAUUAGAGUGAAGACUCAUUGGAUUACAAGUGUUUUCCCCCCCCGAUCCUUGAAUGAAGUACUUUCUUGAAUAAUUCUGUAAUGGAAUUAAGUGUCAUGCAUCUCAUCUCCUGAAAUGUUUUAAUGAAAAUGAUAACUUUUGAUGCUUAAUGUUAAGUAAUUACAUAAUUAAAGAUGAUGCACACCAUGGGGAUGAAUGGAAUAUUUGGAUGGCAACAGGAUAAGGGCAUAUAAUAUUUUCCAUAUAAUUCAAACAUCUAUGGAGCAAUACUUCUUGAUCCAUAGCUUUUGACAAAUGGAUUCUUCUGUUAGACCACAAAUGGCCAUGUUGUUCAGAUGCCUGAUUUUUGUCUUCCCAACUUAAGAAUGGAAGAUGAAAUACCAGUGGACAACAAAAGAGGUUUAAAGACACUCUCAAGGCAAAUCUUUAAAAAUGCAGUAUAAGCCCAGAUAAUUGGGAAACACUGGCCUGUGAACACUCCAGUUGGAGAAUAGCCUCUACCAAAGGCGUCAUGGACUUUGAAGAAACAUGAAUUGAGGACAAAAGGGGCUAAGAGGAAGGCACAUUUGGCAAAUCCUCACCAUGAUCAACACCCACCCAGAAACCUAUGUCCCCACUGUGGAAGGAUAUGUGGAUCCAGAAUUGGCCUCCACAAUCACUUACGGACCCAUCAUUAAGAUAGUGUUCAUGGAAGACAAUCUUACUCGGCUUCAAGUGAUCGCCAAAGAAGAUUAUUCCAGUAUAGAACAUAGAUUUGUUGGUGCAAAUAUUUAUGAUAGGGACCUUGUCGCCUUAGUCUUUGAGCAUUGUGCUAAUGCAGGGUUUGGGUGCCCAGGAAAGUUGUCUGCAGCACCUAAACUGUGGCUAAUUUUAACAAUGGUUUGUUGAAACAAGCCAUGUUCUUAAACUAUGGUUUAGCAUUGACUUGUUUCAACAAACCAUGGUUAAAAUUAAAGCAUGAAUGACAUGGUGAACAGUAGUUAAGCAGUAGUUAAUCUAAAGUGCAAGCGAAAGCUUGUGAACUGCACUAGAGGACAAUCUAAGGCUCUCCUUUUUUGUCUUGUAACACUAAACUAUGCUUUAGAAUUGCUUACAACUAGUAAGCUUUAUCUUUUCACUGACUGAAUCAAUGGAGCUUGUUAUUUCAUGAUGUUAACAGUUUAUUAAUUAGGACCAAUACUAGGUUCCAAUUGAUUAAGAACUGGUGCAGGAAAAUGGUUUCACACCAGCUUUUAAAAAGUUGUUUGAAUUGCCAGCUCAGUUGGUUAGGGCAUGGUGUUGAUAACGCCAGGGUUGCAGGUUCGAUCCCCGUAAGGGACAGCUGCCUAUCCCUGCAUUGCAGGGGAUUGGACUAGAUGAUCCUUAGGGUCCUUUCCAACUCUCUGAUUCUAUGAGUAACUAACAAAGCUAUAGUUAAAGUCUUUGUAAAACACUUCUUUUUUUUCAAUUUGCAUACAGCAAACAACACUUCUUGCCUUUCAGAUGUUCAAAUUUGUCAUACUCAGGAAAAUAGCUUUCUUUAAAAAUGUCAUUACAGCUUCUGUGUUCCAGAAUAUAUAAAAGUUAUUUGGAAGAAAUUGAUUUGAAUCCAUUAAGAGCAAUAUGAUCGUUCUGAAUUUUCUGUAAUAGGAUCCGCAGUUUAGGUCUCUUUCACCGCAUUUAAAUGCAGUCUUCAUCCCUUGAUAUUUCUGGGGAAAGUGUUUGACAGCUGAAUCAGAUAUAUCUGAAUUAUCAGUUUAUUACCUUUUCCAGAUGGAAACUUUCAAGGGUAGUUGAGCCAUGUCUGCUGCUUCUGUUAGAGUAAAUGCUUUCAGGGAAAUUGAAAUAAUUACCAAUGUAGUAAACACAUUAGUAUUAGUAUGUGGCAAGGACUCGUUUUCAUAAUUUAAGUACUCCUCCUUAACAAGAGAUUAGAAUAUAUUUGCCAAUGGGACUAAUGCAUAGGAGAGAAUGUACAAAGAAGCAUAUUGAUGCUCCCAGCAUUGGAUUUCUUGCUUGCCACAUAUCCAAAUUAGAUUAUUGGUGUGCCUCAGCAGAGGUUGAGGGCAGUGGGCAUUGAAGGUGAUGUAAUUUAACAGCACUAAUAAUAAUGGUUGUUACUGCACUAGAUUUUUGGUUGUUCUGGACCCAAUUGCAGAUGCAGGAGUGUAUCCUAACUUUUUGGGUUGGCAUUAGCCCUAGGAAAUAAUGUCUCAGCUCAGCAGCUCAUAGAACAGGCUUCCUCAACCUCAGCCCUCCAGAUGUUUUGAGAGUACAAUUCCCAGCAUCCUUGACCACUGGUCCUGCUAGCUAAGGAUCAUGGGAGUUUUAGGCCAAAAACAUCUGGAGGGCCGAGGUUGAGGAAGCCUGUCAUGGAAUGUCAGUGGCAUUAAAAGGACUAUUCCAGAACUCCAGCUGUUCUUCAUAAGCAUAUUAAUGUAUUAUCAUCUUCUCGUAAGCACAUGUAGUUGGAAGUUAAGUCUUCCUGACAGCAAUGGGACUGAUUUUCAAGUAAGUGUGACUGGUUAAAGCCUGUGGGAGCAGUUAAGGGCUACUUUGGAGGCUGCUACAUGGAGCAGCUUAAUCUCUGUGUAGGGGGAUAGUAUAUAUUUUGUCAUACAUGAAUUGCAGCAAGAAUAUUUUUUGGUGUCACGGGUACACAAAUUUGACAAGUGAUACCUGCAGCAACUCCUUCAAAAAACGCUCAUGCAUUUUACAUGAUACAACACACGUUUUUCCCUUCAUGGAGAUUAACUGCGUCAGGAAAAGCAAGCGAAAGCAGCCCUCAAUUAUCACUUACACUUUUGGUGAUAUUUGCUGUGAUCUCCUAAUUUUUUCCUAAAUGCAUUCAGGCAAUAUUCUAAGUAAUUCCAGGCAGGCCUGGUGUAUGCAUAGGUAGGGAAAAGCUUUGUUGUCUUCCAAAAUAUAUGUAGUUUUCCCUAGUUCGAAUGUUGAACAGUAUGACACAUAUGUUCAUAUAGAGGACAUUGAGGGGAAAGGAGUGUCAUUUUUUCUCUCUGUGCUUUUGUAAUUGCGCAUAUAAAUCUAAGUUGCUGACUUGUAACAGCAUGCAUGCACCUCAAGAACAGGUACGGCUGCUUUUUAUUGUAAUCAUGCUGCAACAUCACCUCAUUGGGCUCAGACAAACCAGACUAUUCACAUAUGGUAAUGGAACUGAAGUAUAUUUCCCUUCAUUUGUUUAUACGAAUUCUUACUCUUGCAGCCUGUUUUCAUGGCUGAAGUUCCUAUCCCUGCUUCCCACCAUACACAGAUGACAUGUGUCAAGAAUUCUGAUAUAGAACAUAACCCUGUACACACGCACACACGCACACACGCACACACACACACACACUUGUGUGAGAAAUAAUAUUUAAAAGAAUGCUAAUUCGUGACAUUCCACUUCUGUAGGGGUCAUGCAACACAAACUAUACCCAAUUCCUCACCGGGGAGCGAACUGCUACAAACAAAUGAGUUUACAUUUACAGUUGCUUUACAAACUUGUCCUCUUGUUGCACUGGGAUGCAGGCAAGUGAACACAGCCUGCAUCUGUAUUGCAGUUGUUUAUACAGUGGUACCUCGUGUUAAGAACUUAAUUCGUUCCGGAGGUCCAUUCUUAACCUGAAACUGUUCUUAACCUGAGGUACCCCUUUAGCUAAUGGGGCCUCCCGCUGCCGCUGUGCCGCCAUCGCAUGAUUUCUGUUCUCAUCCUGAAGUAAAGUUCUUAACCUGAGGUGCUAUUUCUGGGUUAGUGGAGUCUGUAACCUGAAGCGUCGUAACCUGAAGCGUCUGUAACCCGAAGUAUCACUGUACAGCUUUUGUCUGCUGUGUUUGGGCUGCCUAGCUGGCUACUCCUGAGCUGUCCUUGGCUUUAGUUCCUCUUAGUUCCAUCUACUGCGAUGAAACUACCUCUGUACCAUCUGACUGAAUACACCACAUUUGGGCUACCCCUUGCUGAGGUUCACUCAUCAGAUCAUUUUAAAAAAAUAAAAAUAAAAAAUCAUUAUUUUUUAAAAAAUAUCCUGCCCUUCCUCCCAAAGGAGCCUGAGGCAGAAAACAAAAAAGCAUUAAAACAACUGAAACAUACUACAGUGGUACCUCUGGUUAUGAACUUAAUUCAUUCCGGAGGUCCGUUCUUAAGCUGAAACCGUUCUUAUCCUGAGGCGUGCUUUCGCUAAUGGGGCCUACCACUGGGUGUGCGCCUCUGGUGCAUGAUUUCCGUUCACAUCCUGGGACAAUGUUUGCAACCAGGAGCAGCUACUUAGCGGAGCUCGUAACCUGAAGUGUUCAUAACCAGAGGUACCACUGUAUGCUUGUUCACACUGUGGAAAAGACCACACUUUUUGCUCCUCGUCUGCUCCUUUCUUCAGUAUACCAGGGAUGAAACAAACCAGACUCCUUCAAAGCCCCCCUUCAAAGAUCAGGACAAGAUCGUCUUUUGAGAGGGGCAAUAUCUUCAGAAGCCCCUCUCAAAGUGCUAUAUUGUACAGUGUUCUCAACGGGGCUGCUGAUUGUCAGAAGCCCCAUUUAAAGUGCUGCAUAAUAUGGCACUUUGAGAAGGGCUUCUGAAUUCUACAGGCAAAAAGAAGUUCUCUUGAUGUCUGUACCCGCAGGUCAGACUUGGCCUGCUGGGCUAGAAAUGUUUCCUGCCCCUGAUUUAAAGCAAUGUGCAAACCAGGCCAGCAGGAGUUUUAGACCUUAUCUUUUGACCUGACCUAUAAAUAUUUAUAGCUAAGCCAGGUUAGGAAGAAUCAAUGGGCUACCUGCAGUGUGUUGCCAGCCUGAUAUGCUGGGGCCCUGGGAAAGCAGUACUGUAUUGCCAUCUCUUCCUCUGCUUUUCAGCCUUGAUGUAGUUUGCCAGGAAGCACAUCAGCACAUAGCCUAAGAACAUAGCUGUCAACUUACAGAUUUGAAAAUAAGGGACCAGCAGCCUCGAAAAUAAGGGAUCAGCAGCCAAAAUAAGGGAUCAACAAUUACUUUGAUAAAAUACAUAUUUUGUUGCGUGCAAAUGGCUUUAGAUACCUAUUAGGUCCAUAAAUUACCAUUUAGCAUAUAUUCAGCGCAAAAAAACAGCAAUAAUUUGUUGUUGACAAAGGAUAGCUGGACAUAGAAAGGGCCCCAUUAACUUCAGUAGCUUAUUUAAGGGACAUCAUCAAUAAGGGACAGCAGCAGGACAUGGCGCUGGAAUAAGGGACUGUCCCGCCAAAUAAGUGACGCUUGACAGCUAUGCCUAAGAAGCUCCUGGUUGAUCCUGACAUACCCUGACCACUUAUGCCAGUGCAUUUGCACGGAACCGUAUUGCUUUCUGGAACAGAUGACACGUUCAUCUGUUGGUAUUUCAAGGCUUAGGAUGUGAAUGUUAAUUUGCAAAAUCUGCAGAUGGGAAAUGUGUGUGUGUAAAUUGACAUCUGCCAAGCGAAUUACAAUGUUCGUUCGGUAAAUCCUGGCAUCUCAAUAUUUGACUAGGUUUGGAGACAUUUCUGGUAUAACUCGCAUGCCUUCAGUUGUGAUUCAGAAGAAAGACUUGAUGUGCUGUGCUCGAUUUAUUCUUUACUUACACAUACAGAGCUUCGUGGAAUUUUUAUCUUUGCAUAAUCACUUUGAAAAUGUGAGUUCUGCUGACUGCUUCAUUUCAUAACAACCACAAUGUGCAAAUAAGCAAUGCAACUUUGAGAAAGGUUACUUUUAAAUAACUGAAAUAAAUUUAAUUUUUUUUUUACCUUCUGGCAAUUUGCCUGCAGCAUGGACUGGUUCAUGUGUGCUGGUUUUCUUUGUGUUUUGUUCUAUGCAAAGCCUGGUUGUUACCUAGAACCAAGGCCAAACUGCUUCUGGUUUUAGUGAUAAGGGUAACCAGGAGUAGGUCCGUCCUGUGAGCCCUGCUGCAGUUCUCUGUACAUUACGACUGCCAAAUGUUUAGUGUGAUGGGAACCAGGUGCCCAGGUGCCAAAUAACUCUACUCCUGCCUGCCUGCAUAUUGUGCAAUAGAGAAUCAUGCAUCGUGUUAAGCAGCAUCCUUUAAUUAUGUAUUUACAUGCUGUUCUUCUGAGAGCUGCCUCUUCAAAUCUGACAUGGCUUCCUAAUGUUUUUGUAAAAGAUAUGCAGUCUUUGAAUGUUGUAGAUUGUGGACCACAUUGUUGGGCAGUGUAUAUUUUUGCAUGACACCCCAAUCUCUGAGUGGCACGAGAAUCCAGGGGUUCCAGGAGUUUACCCAGGGCACAUACAUGUUUCCUUUGGAAUGAGGUACAACAGAGACUCUGGUGUCUUUAUGAUAUAUUGUUUAUUUACACAUAUAUACAAUCGGAGCCUAUGAUGGAGGGGUUCACAGCAUUCACACCCCAAGAGGGCCUUACUUCCCACUACCCACAGCCUUGGAUUCAAACAGAAAUUAAUAAUCUCUCUGGCUCUCCAGCUUGCUGCUUUUCUUCUGGCUCACAUUUUCUCCACAAACUCCCUAUUCUCAACUUUGCUUUUGUCUUUCUAACUAUUUGUGAGUUGGAGGGGGCAGGGCUACCCAUUUGCCCCUUCAUUUGCUCUCUCAGUGGCCCAUUACCCAGGCUAUCACCUCAACAACAAAAAACAGAAACAACAAAUAUAUUUAAAGUAGCCAAAUCCCAGAGGCUGUACAGGAGGUAAAGGAAUGAUGAAAUAUUGCACAAUAUUUUAGAAGCCAACCAAUUAAUGUAUUAUUGUUGAUAGAUCUGUGAGUUCAGGGCUAUUUUCAUGAUGGAACCUGUGUGUAGGAUUAACAGAAUGCGCUCUAGUACUUGAGCAAUGAAUACGCCCAUUUCAAAACUCUUGAUGCUUAUUAUUCCUUCUCUUGCUAAAUCUUCCCAGCUUUUCCAUCAGUAAGUCGAGGGCCCUGGUAAGAGUGCAGUAUGGAAGUAAAUAAUAAAAUUCUAGGCUUACAGGUUUAGCACUGAAGAAUGUGUGGUGUAAUGCAGCUUAAGACCUUGAGCUUGGCACUAAUUUCAUAAAGGCCUGCAAUUAUAAACAUAAUCCUGUUCAUUCUUCCAUUGACCUCCCACCCCCGGCCUUCAAAAAUCAAACUCCUUUGCUAAUGAAACAGAAAUUCUGUAUCCCAAGUACAUUUGCAUAGCUUCCAUGCAUACUGUCGGAGAAACCUAUGGUGUAAACACUUUCAGGAGGAAUUCCUGCUUGGAAGUCAUUUAAAAAGCAUUACCGUGGAGGAAAACAUUAUGCUGCAAGACGCUUUUGAUUUAACAACUACUGUUGUGCUUCUUCUAGCCGGGUAGCGGGAAGCAGGAAAUUGGGUGGAGUUCCUCCAGCGUCUUUAAUUAACAAGAGCUCAAAUGAAGGGAAUUAUUGCAUGGGCCAGUUUCAUCGAACUGUGCACUGAUAUCCCCUGUUAAUUCAGAAGUUGCGUAUUUUUUGUAUUUAAAUAAUAUGUAUAGAAAAACCCAGUGUCCCCUCUGAAGUGCUAUUAAGAAUCAACAGACCUUUCUCUGCUUUGUUGGGUACUCCACAGUUGGAGGCAGCAAUACUGUACUUCUGAAUCCCAGUUGCUGGAAAUUGCAGGAGAGGAGAGGGAUCUUGUGCUUGAAUCCUGCAUGGGAGUUUCCCAUAGGCAUUUGGUUGCCCUCUGUGAAAACAGAAGGCUGGACUUGAUGGGCCAUUUGCCUGAUCUAGCAGACUCUUCUUAUGUUCUGAUGUUUAUAAAUGGAGACUAGGCAAUGAUUUGAAAGAGUAAUUGAUCCAGACUUCUUUCAUGCAAAUUAUUCUGUGUUGCCUCCUCCUGAAAAGUGAAACCAGGAAUUGCAUGGCCUUCUCAGCCCUCGCCUUUGUAUUUUGUUGCUGGAAGAAGUUGUGAUUGGCUCAGAUUACAUUGGGAUGUGCUGUAGAUGAGCAAAAUUAAUUUGAAAUAAAGACCAACAAAGUCUCUCUCAUGUAAUUUUGUGGAUAAAAUUAUCUGGAGCAGAUCAACGAUGGCUCAGAAAACUUUAUAUUUAUUGAAUUAAUUUCAAUCCACUUACUCUAAAUUUCUUACCCCGAUUUUCUUACCAGUUCAAAAUACUUGCUCCUACUGGAAGGGAAAAGGAACCCUGCCCUUUUCUUCAGUAAAGACCAUACUAGAUGGGCAAAUCAUCAAAGAUUAAUUACACCAAACCAAAGGAAACAAACCACAAGGGAAGAGAUUGUGAAGAACUCCCUAUGCAGAGACUAAAAAUUAAGUCAAGACAGAUUGCUCUGAUUUCGGUUCCUAGUUGUUUAUACAACUAAUGGGAGCUAGGCUGCACUAAUCAGAAAAUCAGCCUUUGAAGUACAAAGUUCAUGCAAAUGUGAGAAAUGCAAAUGGGCUUGGAUUUAAUUAAAUAGGAGAAGUGGUGAGAAUAGAGAAGCAUUUUGUACGGAUCCCAUUUCCUUGCUGGCAUGUAUGUGUGUACAUGUCUGGUAAUUUGAACUGACGUGGGAAUCCUUUUAAACAUUUCAUUAAAAAUCAAGCAGCCCUACAUUUUAAAUGAUCUUUAUAUAUCUGAGCAAGAGCUGUAGUUUUUUUCAAAGUUUUGAAAUGCAUUUAAAGACUGGCAUUCAUCCCUCCCCCUCUCUGGCUGUACAAAGGGCUUAUAUACAUGCUUUCCUGGCCUUAGAUGUUAGCAAGUACAGCUGGCAAGGGAAGGACUCUUAUUUCCGGUUUUCCUGUCAUCAUGCAUUAGCUCCUCCUUUCCAGCAGCCCUGAGAUUUGCACUAGAUGAGAAAGAAAGGGGAGAAGGAGACAGGAGAACAAAGUAAUUAACAGAGGAAUAGGAACAGAUAUAAGUGUGAGAAAAGGAGAAAGGAGGCAGAGAAAAGGAGAGAGAUGAGGCUGAAUUUGGGCAUUUCGCAAGGGUUCCUUCCCUACUUGAAUGUCAAGAUUUUAGCGUACGAAUAUCUCGCAAGAUAAAUGGCAGGUAUGCUGUCUGCACUCCAAUAUGCCUACCAGAACUGAGAAUCAUAAGAUUAGUUCCUGUUGUUGUUGUUGUUUAGUCAUUUAGUCGUGCCUGACUCUUUGUGACCCCAUGGACCAGAGCACGCCAGGCACUUCUGUCUUCCACUGCCUCCCGCAGUUUGGUCAAACUAAUGCUGGUAGCUUCAAGAACACUGUCCAACCAUCUCGUCCUCUGUCGUCCCCUUCUCCUUGUGCCUUCCAUCUUUCCCAACAUCAGGGUCUUUUCCAGGAGUCUUCUCUUCUCAUGAGGUGGCCAAAGUAUUGGAGCCUCAGCUUCAGGAUCUGUCCUUCCAGUGAGCACUCAGGGCUGAUUUCCUUAAGAAUGGAUAGGUUUGAUCUUCUUGCAGUCCAUGGGACUCUCAAGAGUCUCCUCCAGCACCAUAAUUCAAAAGCAUCAAUUCUUCAGCGAUCAGCCUUCUUUAUGGUCAAAGUCUCCCCUCCCUGUUUUAUCCAUUUUAUUUAGCUUCAAAUACAUAGCAGGGACAUUGUGCUUCCAAAGGUUUUACAGUACAAUCAGCACAGUACAAUCCAUUUUGCAGUGGGUCUUGUGCAUCUACCUGCUGUACCUAUCCACCAGAAGUUGCUUUUUGUGCCUCAAACAGGCAGCAUCCAAAGUUCCUGUGAAGCUGAGAAAUAAUAACAAAAAGGGAGAAAGGGAAGAAAAGGCAUUUUUUUAAUAUAACGUAUUUGAAGAUUUGUAAUUCAACAUAGAAGGACUUACAGUGAAAGCUAAACUGAAAGGGAGGCACUUUUGAUGAAGCAUUUCCAAAGAAUAAAAAAGCAGUCCUUUCAGUGAUUUUUCUUUCCCAGGAAUUGUGUUGAAAGAUAAUACACAUAUAUGCUCGUUUCUGGGCAAUGCUUCUUGAAGGCUGCCUCAGUGAUAUUAGCAAGAUCAUUGAUUCUCUGAGACUGACCAUGAGAGAGAGAAAAGAACUCUGUAAUAUAAAAGGGAGAAGGGGUAGAAUGUCAGGGAAAGAAAGGCAGUCAACAGGAUGAGGCCUUAAGCACUGCAUAUGCCCCCCUCAAGUAAAUUGGGUGGCCGUUUAAUGCAGUCCUACUUGAGAACUGCAAUAUUUCCAUUGAAUUUUCCAAUUAACAACAACUUCGUUUUACGGAGCAUUUGUCCAUAAAUAUGUAUCAGUCUUCAGCUGCCAUUAAUAAAGCAGGUAGACAUGAUGGACGGACGCAGAUGGCGCUGUGGGUUAAACCACAGAGCCUAGGACUUGCUGAUUAGAAGGUCUGCGGUUCGAAUCCCCGUGACGGGGUGAGCUGCCGUUGCUUGAUCCCUGCUCCUGCCAACCUAGCAGUUCGAAAGCAUGGAAAAGUGCAAGUAGAUAAAUAGGAAGGUAAACGGAAAGGUAAAGGCGGGAAGGUAAACGGCAUUUCCGUGUGCUGCUCUGGUUCGCCAGAAGCGGCUUAGUCAUGCUGGCCACAUGACCCGGAAGCUGUACGCCAGCUCCCUCGGCCAAUAAAGCGAGAUGAGCGCCGCAACCCCAAGAGUCGGCCACAGCUGGACCUAAUGGUCAGGAGUCCCUUUACCUUAAGAGAAAGGAUUCUUUGAAUCUGUGCAAAUAGCAGGGUUGAAGGUUGCAUUGCCCAGGACCAGGGUCAGCAGCAUGUUGCAAUAAGAUUACUGUAUAGAGUUCAGAGUGGCAAACACACACAAGGGGUAUGACCACCCUUAUGUUCCAAAGUUUAAACCAGUGUUCAAGUCUAGGGAGCCAAUGCAUGGAAGUAUAGACACUUGGUGAUAGCAAGGAGAUGGGGAAGACAAUGAAGAUACAGAUUGAUACUGAAAACUGAGUGUAGAACAAUGCAAGAAGGCAGAAGGAUUACCUGCUUGUAAUGGAUGGCAGAUCACAAGGGGGGGGGAGAUUGUGAAAGGAAUUUGCAGUAUAACAAAAGACUUACCUGGCUAGUCUUUUGCAAAUGGAUGCAAGAAUUUAAAACUUGCAGCUGAGGUAGGCAAAUAAUUUUUUUAAAAAAGAAGUCGGCAAAUGCUUUGUGUUUUCUUUACUUCUCUGUUGUCUUUGCUCAAAGUGAGAUAUCAUUGACCUGAAGUAAUACAUGCAGGCUGAGUGGUAUAAGUUUCAUACUUUGUGCUGUUUUUAGCUAUCGUUUUAAAUGCAAAUUUGCAUAUAAUUAUUCUUAAUCCUCAAAGGAAAUCUUCUCUGUAUUAUCAUAUUUUGCAGAAAUUUAAUUAAAUGAUUGCAAGUUUUUGACUCCCUGAAUGAGGGAAGUUCCAGAUCAACACUCUUAAAAAUUAUCAUAAAUGUAUGACAGAAUGUAGGUUGAAAUAAUAGAAAGAGCCAAAUUCCAUUCAUUAAUCACUAAAUAUUUAAUAACAAAAAAGGUCAUCUUGUUUAGCAAUUAACAAUGAAACUGAAUACAAUAGUUUGAUUUUUAUCAGAUACCCCCUUGAAAUUCUAAACAGUUGGACACACUUAACUGUGUGCGCUUUUGUUCUUGUCUUACAUCAGCAAUUCUGGGACAAGGAUUGUCAGGAAAUGGCAGAGUUCACUCCCACAUCACUUGAAGUUCCCUUACACUACAAAGAUUAAGUUUUCAUCCUGUUUUGUUAAACAAAGAGGUAAUGAUUAAACACAUUUCCCCCUGUGUAUUUAGAAUAUUUGCACAGGGCCAGACUGCCCCCUGAGGACUAAGUGCUGGCCUCAUUUUUCACCCUGUGAAUUUUCCUGAGUCAUGCAUAGCUGCUGUUUGUGGGGACUUUAGAAAGACCCUGAUUAGGAACAGGAAUCUCUCAUAUAUCUAUCUAUCUAUCAUCUAUCUAUCUAUCUAUCUAUCUAUCUAUCUGUGGUAUAGUGGUUAAGAGCGGUAGUCUCGUAAUCUGGUGAACCGGAUUCGCGUCUCCGCUCCUCCACAUGCAGCUACUGGGUGACCUUGGGCCAGUCACACUUCUCUGAAGUCUCUCAGCCCCACUCACCGCACAGAGUGUUUGUCGUGGGGAGGAAGGGAAAGGAGAAUGUUAACCGCUUUGAGACUCCUGAAGGGGAGUGAAAGGCGGGAUAUCAAAUCCAAAUCCAAACUCUUUUAUCUAUCUGUCUAUCUAUCUAUCUAUCUAUCUCUCUCUCUCUCUCACACACACACACACACACACACAGACGUACGUAUGUUUCCUGCUUCAAAAUCAUGCUUGGCAUCCAUUCUGCCAGAGUUCAUAUAAUCAUUCAUUGGCCGAAAGCAGGUAUUUUAGCUUUCUGUUUUUGCUGAAGCAAAAUUCCUUUGCCUGCUCUCAGUGCACAGACAGUCCAUGGAGCCGUUUGGCUGCCACUUCUGGGGCUAAGAUCUCCUGACUCAGUUUUUAAUGCAUCAGACUCCACUGUAAAACCAAGUCAGAACCUGCCCCUGUUCUUAAUUCCGAACAACCUGUCCUGUAAUUACUUGCGGUAAGGACUGUGUUGUGCCCACCUCUCUGCCAGUUGCAUCAUUUGAUGUCUCUUGCCUCACCUUGCUCCUUACAGACAGCUGGUGGCUUCAGUCAACCUUGCCUUCUUUAAAUUGCUUUGGCUGUGCCUCCCUCUACCUGCAGUUGCAUUGCCCUCCCUACGGGUCGAGCAAAGAGAUAUAGGGCUGGUGUACACCUAGGCCAGGGGUCGGCAAGGUUUAUCCUGCCUGGGCUGGAUCGGUCCUGCGGAGAUCCCUCUGUGGGCCGGAUUGUGAGUGCACCCACCCACAAUUUUUGGCAUCGGCAUCUGCAUCUGCGCAGACACGAUUUUCGACGUCUGCGCAAGCAAGUCCCCGUGCCGGUUUAGCACAGCGCACGAGCAAGCAACUUGGUUCAGGGGCGGCUCGUGGGCUGGUCAAAUGACCUCUGCGGGCCACUUCUGGCCCAUGGGCCUUAGGUUGCUGACCCCUGCUGACCCCUGACCUAGGCAUUACUUGAUUACUCUAUUUGAUGACUGGCAGCCAAAUCUAUGAACAGAUUGCACUGAAAGGCAUUGGGUUUUAAGCAAUAUAGAAGUUCUGUCUGUCACGUGAAAGCUCUGUCCGAUGGGCCAGUCACACAUGCAAGGCAUCACUUGAAAUUUAUUUAUUAUUGCAUUCUAGCUCGCCCUUCCUCCCAAAGGAGGCCAGGGCUGCAAAAAGCAAACCAGUAAAACAAUACAAUUACAAAAUAAAACAUGCUUAAAAAUGAUUAAGAAUAUGUAUAAAAAACACAUUAAGAACAUCUAACACCAUUAAAUGAAAAAGAAAAAAACAGCCACAUGCCAUUACAGCUAAUAAUUUCAAGGUUACCAAAAACAGCAUCUUUCAGGCAUUUUUUUUUAAUAUUAAAAAAAUCACCUGAAUGCUAAUAAUGACAGAAAGGAGACCAUUCCACUAAUAGGGAGCCACCACCAAGAAGGCCCUGCCGCAGGUAAUUGCUAACCAGGCCUCCCCUCCUGAUCAUCAAGGCCAAGAUGGCUGAUAUUGGGGAAGAUUCUCUUUCAGGUAUUUGGGUCCCAAGCUAUUCAUGGUUUUUUGUGCUAGUACUAACAGCUUGAAUUGGGCCUAGUAGCUCACUGGCAGCCAGUGGGGCGCUUUCAGAACUAGUAACACAUGGUCCCAUCAGGCUGCCCCACUUCCCAGUCUAGCAAUUGUACUCUGCACUAGCUGCAGCUUCCAAGCCAUUGCCAAGGCCAAUCCCACACAAAGUGCAUUGCAGUAGUCCAGGCUGGGGAUGAGGACAAGUAACCAGUUGAUGGACAUCUGCGUGCAUGACUCAGCCCUUAAGACUUCGCCACCUCCCGGUUCUUGGGCUAAUGCCCAAAUUGCAAAUGACAUUAAAUGUGUGCUUACAUUUAACUGGGAGCUGUGCUUCUACUCCUAGCUAUCUCCUUUCAUUGUUCCAUCUGUUUCUACUUCAUCCACUAUAGUUCCCCACUGGCCCUGGCAGCACCUUCCUUCUCUCCCUCCAGUUUCUUCUCACCCUGCAAUGCAUUUUCCUCCCUCUGCCCCUGCUCACCAUUUAACAGCCACAUCUCCUCUACUUCGAUCCCAGCCCCUCCUCUCUCUCUCUCUCUCUCUCUCUCUCUCUCUCUCACACACACACACACAUAUAUACACACACACUGCACAGGGGAAAGCAAUGACCAUAGAUGUAGUCUAGACUAGAGAACAAGAAUAGCUCAUACUGUCUGGAAGAAUGCAUGAAAUUGGGAAAGUUUCGGAUACAGGUCAUUCCCAGUGCUACUGGGAGAUGCAAAGGAUUGCUCUCAGGAUAUUUUGCAUGUCCUUUUUUUUACACACUUUACACUUACGUAUCACUAAUUCUAGUGGUAAUCAAGCAGGUCUGUAGGAAUCACAUCAAUGAAGCUGGCAAAGAUGUGGGAGAAAAGGAAAUUGAAGAUUUUGAGACCAUGUAGUAGUUUUCCAUGUGAGUCUCAGGAAACAACAUUCAUUCUUCUGUGAACAGCUUUUGCAUAGCCAGUACCAUUAUUAGACUAUCAGGCUAGGAUUGAGGAGCCACAUUUCUUCUUGGUUGACCUUGGUUCAGUUACUAUCUCUCAACCUAACCUACCUCCCAGGGUUUUUGUGAGGAUGAGAUGGGUGGGAUUAACUAUAUAUAAUGAUUUGGACUACAGUGGCACCUCAGAUUACAGACGUUUCAGGUUACAGACUCCGCUAACCUAGAAAUAGUACCUCAGGUUAAGAACUUUGUUUCAGGAUGAGAACAGAAAUCUCGUGGUGGGAGGCCCCAUUAGCUAAAGUGGUACCUCAGUGUCAGGGAACUGACAUCGGAGCCAGAGGCAGAGGGAAGGCUCUCAAAUGAUGCUGGAGAAGGGCCCAGCAGGGAGAGAGGCAGCUCCGCAGAUGGGGAAGCAAAUCAGCGCAACACCAGGGAUAAGGAGGGGCUGAUGGGGGAAUCGGCGAGAGGGCUCCCAGACUCUUCACCGGACACCAGCGGGGAGAGCACGGGUCCCCCGCUACCCACGCCCACCCUGCGCAGAAGACUUCCGCGCAGAGAGAGUAGGAGGAGACUGGGUGUCAAACAACUUUUAUGUUGGAAAAGAUUUAAGAAACGCCCACUGACGGAUUCUGCUAGCGACUGAGGCAGCCACGAAGUGAAGGGCUGCCCAGACUGAAAGGUUUAGUAAGGCAACAAAGCCUGGAGAGGCGGCAACUUAUGCACGAGCAACCCAUACACAUUACACUCAGGUUAAGAGCAGUUUCAGGUUAAAGAAUGGACCUCCAGAACUAAUUAAGUUCUUAACCCAAGGUACCACUGUACUUGGAGAAAAAGUGGGAUAUAAAUUCAGUUAACAGCAGCAGUAGUACAACCAAACUUACAGAACUAGGUCAGGAUCUAUAAAUUUCUGAAUGAUAUGGUUAGGACAAUUUGUCUUGAACUUUUUAUUUCCAUUCUUAACUGUUAAUAAAAUGUUGUGAGCGAGGAUUAUAAUAGACUCACUUCAGAAUUCCCCCAUGAGUUUCCUGUACAAGCAGCACUUACAUUCAAGUCUAUUAUUUGUUCUUUAAUGUCUGCAUUAGGGAAGCAUAAUACGACUGCACUAAUUGUGAGAUCAGAAGUGCAGAGUGAGUACAAGCGAAUUGUAGAAGAAUUUAUGCAGUACACACUGCAGCGCAGUAAUUAGAUUUCUUUAUAUUAUGCAGCCUGUGCUUUUUAAUUUACUUUGUACAUGACUGUUUCCUUUUGUUAAGCAAGCUUCGGCUAAAAUAAACGGAAGAGUGUCAAGCUUUCAAAUGGAAGGCAAAUAUUUUAGGAAAACGUGGCAGCAAAACAUUACCGGGAUGUUCUAGCUAAGGCCUGCUUUUGCGGUUCUGAAACUACUUGAGCCACACACACCUUGCAGUUCUUCAUUUUCUUACUGUGCACCUACCCGAGGCAGUUCAUUUCCCGUUUAUACUGAUUUCUGAUUACCCAUUACCGUCACACACACACACACACACACACACACACACACGGCAUGUUUCUUUUCAGCCUCUGUGUUAAUCAGGUUUAUGGAAAUCAUGUUUGGAAAGGAUUGCCCAGUACAUUUCAUUUUUGUUUGAACUACGCAGUGUUAUUUAGUCAGAGGGUGCAUUUUUAUUCUUCUUAUUUGUCUCCUAGAAUUAAAGCAAUGCCUUUUAACAGAGAGAGGAAUGUGGAAGCUGUAAUAUGUUUCAACAAGCACCACCCAUAAGCCUCCUCUAAAAUAAUGAGAGUUAACGAGUAAAAGCACUGUGGCACAUCAGUUGAUCUGGCUGGAGAAAAGACUAUGCAAUUUUACAUUGCUGCCUAAAUGGGUGAUGCUAGAAAUCCAUAUAGGAGUAGGGUGUGGUGAUUUCUUUAAAAAAUGAAAAGGUACCCCGAUCUGUAGAGCACAACAUCUUUGGCUUAGGGCUCAUCCACACUUUUGACCCAUGCUUUCUAGGUCUGCACUUCCCCAGUCUGUGUCUGAAAACUAACUUUCUUUUGUCGCUUUCUCCAGGAAAACCUGCUCUUUAAUGCCGAAUUGGAAGAAACAGCAAUUCGAGUUUUCUGCAGAUUGCCAAGAACAUUAAAGAGCAGAUUUCCAUAGGGAAAGCAUGGGGUGGAGAAGCUCACUUGGACAUGGGAAGAGUGCAGACCUGUGCCUCGGAAGCUCGGAUUAGUUUGGAUGAUACUAAAUGAGCAAAAUAUGCAAUGAAGCCUUUAUCUUCUUAAGCAUGCUGAUGAAGAGCUCGGAUUUCGUAAAUGCAGUGAGACAUUGCUAACCAAAGUCACCUAUGUCUGAGAGUACUAAACAGUAUUGAACUGAGCCAACAUAGUAUUGAACCCUCAUUACAACUGCUGCUCAGAGGUGACUUUGCCUGUGUUUCCUGUUUGGCUGCUAAAUUCUAAUAUUAUACUAGGAGUGAUCUUAGCAACCAGUUUUCCGGUUCUAAACUGUUUAGGAGCUUUGGUGCUAAUUACGAGCCCUUUGAUUUGGGUUAAGAAACAGAUCUCAAGUCAGUGAAGCUGGCGUAAUAACAGAGUUACAUGGUCCCAAAAAACUGCUCCCCAUCAAACUCUAGCUGCAGCAUUUUGUAUCAGCAGAUACCCUUCAAAAGCCCUCCUGUUCCAGGAAUGUGUGAUUUAGCACAUACACUUAAGCUGUGACCAGCACUCCUGACCUCAGUUUCUACCUGGCUCUCUAGGAGCAACACUGGGUCCAGGAGGACUCCCAGCAUGCAAACCCGAUUCUUCCAACAUACUGCAACCCCGUCUGUAACUUAGGGGUCAUCCAGACUCCUGCUUCUCCUGAUUUCCCCCAGGAAAACCUCAACUUUACCGCUGAAUUGAAGCAAAUAUCAAUUUGGGUUUCCUCCAGAUUGCUCUGAUUCAGUGCUAAAGAGCAGUUUUUUUCAGGGAAAACAGUGGGGCAAACAGAAAACUAGCUUGGAUCUGUGCUUUCUAAGCAUAGACAAGCAGAUGUGGGGAUGAGGCCAUACUGUAAUCGUCACCCAGAACCUGUAGCCGUUCUAACCAGGAGUACAGUAAUACCUUGGUUGUCGAACGCCCUGGAACUUGAACGUUUUGGCUCCUGAAUGCCACAAGCUCGGAAGUGAUUGUUCCGGUAUGUGAACGUUCUUUUGGAACCCGAACGUCCAAUGGGGCUUCCGCAGCUUCUGAUUGGCUGCAGGAGCUUCCUGCAGCCAAUCAGAAGCCGCGAUUUGGUUUUCAAAUGUUUUGAAAGUCGAAGAGACUUCCGGAAUGGAUUCUGUUUGACAGUCGCACCUUGGACUUGGUCCUGAGUGGCAAGCUCCUCCUACAGAGCAACUAGCAGGCUUAUUGGGUCCCUGGGUCACCUGACCUCUGCUUUGCUGGAAACUGCCAUUUUGCCCCCUGGUCAUUUGCAGUGGUGGCAUUAAAGAGCAGAGACCAGGCAAUCCUUCCCUAAUGAAUUUCCACAGUUUUCAAGACCACUGGUGCUGUACACCAUAUAUCUGUGGAAGUGUACAUAGUAAGCUGCUUGCUGUCUAGUCCUUGCCCUUCUGAUACAGGUUUCAUAGGAACAGUUGCCAAAGUGCAGGUUUCUAAAUGAGUGCAGAAUUUAAUAAAGUAUAGCAAAGCAAGAAAACGCUUUUCCUCCCUGUUUCCCCAGGGAAUAAAAGUGUCCGGAAAAGACAGGAUCUCUGUACAUACAUCAAGCAGCCAGUUCUAUUGGGAUAGUCUGAAACUGCCCUUGAGGAAAAUGUCCUCAUUGCUAUCUAAAACAUAUUUAUUUCACUUAAACACAUUAGUGAGGAGUGCAUAAAUUAAAAGACCCCGUGCAUUAUUGCAUCAUUCAGUCUACUGCAACGCUGACAGUUUGGAUUGCACUAUGAAGCAGUGGUUGUGUAUCAGACCAUUUUCUGUACAUGUGACCUUUAGUUUUGAAAAGGUCAUAUUUUAUUUCUCAUAUUUCAAUGUUUAAAGCAUGGUGUGUAGCAUUUAGUAAUAUUGAAAGGUUUGAUGCUAUCUAGAGCUUACAUUCAGCUGAGAUUAUUAGUUUGGUUACAAGUAAGAAAGCAAUUUAUUCCGUUACAUCAGUUGGGAAGGAAUUAAAUGCUGUGAAAAUAACAGGUGCUUUUGGAAUUUCUGGUUCCAGUGCAUUUCAUGUUUUUGUCUAAUAUGCAAAUGACAUCAUCGGCAGAGCAAGAAACCACAUAUUCACUUUAAGGCUGUGAUCCUCUCUACCCAUUUGAGAACUCAUUCGGCUUUCCUUCUGAGUAGACAUGCAUAGGAUUAGACAGUAUUAGUUGGCGGAGAAUCCUGCAUUUUCUCCCAAACUAAUUUCUGUUGUAUUUCUGGUAGAAUACAUGGAAAGAAUUAUGAGUGUUGACCUUUUAAAAUACUUCAGCGUAGAGAGAGCAUGUCAGUGGUCUGUACGUAAGGCCUACUGCAUAAUCAUACUUCAAAAUAAUGUCUUUUCCCUGAAAGGUCAUCAGAUACAUUUAUCAAAAGAUGGUGAUAAUGACUUGUUUUUGAUAGAAUUUCAAAACCAUUUGAAUAAUGAAUAGAAGUAGAAAUUGCCUAAUGAUGCCAUCACUUGAUCCAUUCCAUAGCCAAUGAUAAAAGAAUGGGCAGUUAGGCGUCUUUAUUCCCACCGAAGUUCUUUUCUAUUAUUGGAAUCAGGAAAUGAUUCUUUAUGUCUUCCCUCUGGGGCAUUGGAUUGCAAUAGCGACUAAGUGCCAAAAGCUGAUCCAUGCUGAGUUCAGCAUAUGGCAUCAGCAGUUGCGCAGAUAAUUUAGCCCUUUGCAGCACAGCUGAAAGUCAGCUUGCAUGAGCUGUUGAAAACCAGCAGCUGCCAGGGGCUCAAAGAGUAGCUGUAGUUAUAAGCCAGUUUGAUGUACCAGCCUAGAACACUUCACUGUGAAGUCAAUUCCACCCUGGCAAUACUGCCCUGCGUCAGAUAUCGUGAUCUACAUUUAUUGAAGCAGCUCUUUGAAUGGGGGUUAUUGGCCUCCUUUAAGAUAGAGAACAGGAAAAGAGAAGUCUCGCUAAUUCAUAAAGGGGAGGUUUUUCAUUACCAUGUUGACGUGGUUAGAGGUAGAAGCGAACUAUGAAAAGCUUGCUAAUGCUGUUGGGAUGAAUUUAGUCAAACAUUUCUCAAACAUGAUUUUUAUUUAUAGUAUUCAGCAAAGUCCAUCAUCACCUUGGCGCAAUACUUGGACAGCUGAACAAUACUUUGGGGGCAUAUUGACUGUGACUAAGCCAGUGUGUUGUAAAUGGUUAGAGUAUUGGGAAACCCAAGUUCAAAUCUCAACUUGGUCAUGAAGCUCACUGGACGAUCUUGGGUCCCUCCCUCCCUCUUUCUCAGUCUUACCAACCUCACGUGGCUGUUGUGAGGUUAAAAUGGAGGGGUGUACUUUGAACUUUUUGAAGAAAAGGUGGUAUAUAAACACAGUAAAUAAAAUAAAAUAUUUUUUUUAAAUUGCCCUUGUUCCUGGUUCCACUAGUUAGUCUAAACAUGUUCAAUGGAUAAGCCUUUGUCUAGAGCAGAGCUUUCCAAACUGCGUCGCGACACGUUAGUGUGUCGGCUGCAGUGUGUAGGUAUGUCGUGGAAACACUCCCCGCACUCCUUCUGGGGCGGGAAAGGGGUUAGUUUAACCCCUGAUUUGCUAGCAAAACUGAAUUACCAUGUCGCCAGAUGAUGCAUGUCUUAAAAGUGGGUCACCAACAUGAAAAGUUUGGAAAGAUUUGGGUCUAGAGAUUUGCUUUAAAACAUUGAAAAGCCAAAUUGUUAUGAGAGUGACGCAACUAAACAUGCUGCCUUUGGGCAGAUUAUAAAAUGUUUGUAGCCAUUAAAAGGUAUAAAAUGUAUCACCAGGUCUAUUUAGCUAUGAUGCUAUCUGUAUACCACUGUCUUCAUUCAGGAUCAAGAGGACAUCCUGAAAUGAUUUAGAAGUUCCCUUCAGUGGAACAAUAGGAGGUAGGAACCUCUUAAAAAGGAGGAGACUUCCUCCUCCUAGCUCAACUGUUUCCUGCCACACACUAGGAGGUUUUGGUCAACUGACAAUUACAAAAGGAAAGAGGGGAACGUAAGGGGCACACAGACUUUCCUCUUCCUCCUACUCCCAUCUUUAGCCUUGAUUAGGUAGUCAGGAAAUACAUUUUGCUUGCGCUGACCUCUUGUCCACAGCUGGAAAAUGGAGCCAUGGAAAAAGGUAGCCAUGUCAGCCCAUUAUAGAGGGGAAAACAUUUAUUGUAGCCAAAAUGUUACAAAAGCGACUCAAGCUAUUGAGUUCUCCAGAAGUUUUCAUUAGGCAAGACAUUAAAUAGAGCAAUAUGGUCCUAUGCAUUUGCAAGCAUACUUCCAAUAAACCCCACUGAAAUCAGUAGGGCUUGCUUCUGAGUUAAAUAUGCAUAAGAUGGCACUGUUAGUUGAAAAAAUAUUUCCAAGAUACUUGUAGACUUUUAUGAGUAAUUAAAAUCGUUUCUGAGAUUUUUUUUAUGAUGUACAAAAGCUUAGCUGUACAAAUUUUCAUGCUAUUUCACGAGGAAAUGAUCAGAGUUUCUUUAGCUGUUAUUGCUGUUUUCUAGAAUUUAAUAAAAAUUGUAACUUGGUUGACAUAUUUUCCAGAAUGUGAUUUGUUUGAUGGCAGUGCUUUUUAAAUUCAAACAGAAGGCUGUUUAAUAUUUGGAAUAUUAAUUAUUUUGCAAGAACAGCACUCCUAGGGAGAUAAUUAGCAGAACUCCGGAAUUAGGACAUGCCUUAGAGACAUCCUGUAAAAUAACUGCAACUCUUCAAGAAAAUGUGCUAGGCUUUGGGGGAAGCCAAAAAUUAUAAGUUUUGCAAGUCCGUUAAAAAAAAAAAAGCACAUUACUGAAGGAUGUAAAUGUUAACACCAACUUAUUAUGCCUACUAACCUAUCUUGAGGGUUUUCAGGCUGAUGAUAAGACUCUCAUACAACCGGUAACACAGUUUUAGGAACAGUUAAAACCUGAGCCCAAAGAUGCUGUUUAUAUGUUUCAUAGGGGUAAAGGGACCCCUGACGAUUAGGUCCAGUCGUGGCUGACUCUGGGGUUGCGGCACUCAUCUCGCUCUAUAGGCCAAGGGAGCCGACGUACAGCUUCCGGGUCAUGUGGCCAGCAUGACUAAGCCGCUUCUGGCGAAGCAGAGCAGCGCACGGAAAUGCCGUUUACCUUCCCACCGGAGCGGUACCUAUUUAUCUACUUGCACUUUGACGUGCUUUCGAACUGCUAGGUUGGCAGGAGCAGGGACCGAGCAAUGGGAGCUCACCCCGUCGUGGGGAUUCGAACCGCGACCUUCUGAUCGGCAAACCCUAGGCUCUGUGGUUUAACCCACAGCGCCACCUGCGUCCCUAUAUGUUUCAUAACUAAGCUUAAAUAAAAUAAGUCAGCAAAACGCUCAGCACAGAUAUAACAGUGUGAUCCCAUGCAUUUGUACCCAGAGGUAAGUUCCAUGGCAUUCAGUGGGGCUUUAUUCUAGGAUCUAGGUAAAUGUCUUAGCAGGGAUAGGGAACCUCAGUUCUGGAAUCUGAAUGCCCUGCUUUCCAACCCGGUAGGCUUUCCACAGGCAACACCCCUCAUUUGGUACAGCUGAAACGUAGCUAUAUUAUACAGAUGGAAGAGCCCCAUCCUCUUCUGCCCAUUUUUUCUCUUCCAACAGAAUGGUCCCCAGCUCUCAGAAAGCUAGCUAUGAAAGAUUCACCAUUCCUGUGCUAUAGGAUGGUAACCUGAAUGUUUCUCUUUGAAGGUUCUGCCUUUUGUAGCAAAUUUAACAUAGAGCUUAAUUUUCAGCCUUUGUUUUCAUUGCAGUCACUGAGAUGCGCUUAUAGGUUACAUUUCAGGACUAAAGAGACGGAGAGAUUUGCUUUGGCUUCUGUUGAAUCAGGGUAUACAAUAUAAGUUACUAGACACACUGUUACACAUUUCUAGCAGUUUUUGCAUCAUGCCGAAAAAACAUAGGCGGUAGGAAGCACCAGCUAAACAAGAGCCCAGAAACCCCAAACUCUAGUAAAGGUUAGCACAAAGGCGGAUGUCUAUGGUAAUUAUAUGUUCCAAAAUGCCAGCAGAUGCCAAGUCCAUGUUGUCGUUGCCUCUAAAACACUCAGCUCUGUUUCUCUGUAUCAAUUGAGUCGGGUGAGGCUGUGCACAUCCUGGACUCAGUGUUUGGCUGGAUGUGGACCAAUAAGUUGAAGCUGAAUCCUGACGAGACAGCGGUCAUGUGGGAGGGCCAUAACCAGGACCAGGAAUUGGGUAGGUUUUCUUUUCUGGAAGUCCUUUUGAACCAACAGGUAUGUAGUCUGGGGCUCCUGGGAGUGCCCCUAGAUACAUUAGUGUCUCUGGAGGUUCCAGUGUCCUCUAUGGUAUAUGCCUGGUACACCAGGUUUGUCCAUCCCUGGACAUAUAGAGCCUUGCCACUGUGGCCCAUGUGCUGGUAACCUGAAGAUUGGAUACCUAUAAUAUACUCUAUACCCUUGAAGUUGGUUUGUGGCAAGUAGAAUGCUAUGACAAGCUUUCCUAUCGGGUAGCGUACCACGAGCACAUAACCAUUUUUCACUGGCUGCCAAUAUGCUACUGAGCCUGCUUCGUAGUUGUAUUGGUUUAUAAAGUCCUGUUGAACUUGAACCCCGGAUAUCUAAGAGUACACUCGAUUUCAUGUAGACCUGCCCAGUUGCUAAGAUCUGCCAGGGAGGCAUGCCUGGCUGUGCUGCUUCUCACUGGUGGCAGCCCAGAUUUGGAAUUCCCACCCCUCUGAGAUAUGAAUGGCACCAAUUCUGUUGAACUUUUGGUACCAGCUGAAGACUUGGUAAUUCACCCAGCCCUUUGUUAGUUAGAGUUUCGUGGCAAUGCGGAUGUGUGUGUUUUUCUUUUGCUUGGUUAUAAUUUAUCUGCCUUUUAUUCUUUUGUGAUUGUAUAUGAAUGUGCAUUUUAACGAGUGGGUAAGACUUGUUAAAUUAAUUAAUUAAGCAUAUGAAUUAAUCCUCAGCUUCUAAUGUCUUUUGUUACACUCACAUCUGGCUACUGGCUUGUUUGGGAGCAGUUUUAUUUUACUCCUGACAGGUCUUUCCAGUGUCUGGCUCUGAUGUUUCUGGCUGCUGAGAGUAGGUGAGUUAUGAGCUCUUUAUGUGAGUGGGCAUUAUUAUCUUGGAAGAUGUUCAGUGGGGCCAAUUCUGGGGUGGCUUAUAAUACUUGCUUAGUUAUUUUGCAUAUUUCCUAUAUGACUGAUGUCCAGAAGAGUUGGAUUUUGGGACAUUCCACCACAUGUGGCGGUAUGUGCCUGUGGAGGUGCAGCUUCUCUAGCAUUUUGGUGAGGCUUCUGGGCAUAUCAGCACUAGCUUCCAUGGUAUUAGGUACCAUCUGUAAGUGAGUUUCAGGGUGAGUUUUUUUCUUUUAGCUGAGAUGGAUUUAAGGGAGGAUAGACCACAUUCCAGUCCAUUGGGUGGGGUUAAUUCCAUAACCUAUGUUGUCCUCCCAUUGUUUUUUGAUUAUGUCGAGGGGGUUUGUCAGAUUUUGUAGCAGUAUUUUGUAUAUUGUGGAUACCAUCCCCUUGCCGUGUCCGUUUGUUGUUAGGAGGAGGUUUUCUGAGGUUGUCAAGGGCCUAGUUACUGCUUUGAAUUGCUAUGAUAUUAGAGUCCAUAUUGUUAGUUCCGCAUUUUGCUGAGGCUUGGGAGUAGAUUUGUUUGAGGGUUUGUAAGAAGUUGGGACCAAAUUUCAUGUUUUUUAGUACUGCUAAUAGGUAAUUCCAUUCUAGGCAAUCUAAAGCUUUGAGGUUGUAUAGGGACUUAAUUGUCAGUGGGAGGUUAGUUUCCAUGCUGUGUUCAAUCAGAUUCAGUAGUUUCCUGAUGGGGUCUGUUAUAUUGCGGCCAGGGACAAAACAAGUCUGGUCUGGGGCUAUUAGUUUGCGUAGGAAUUUUUUUUUAGGCAACUAGCCAAGAUUAAUGUGAAUAUCUUGUAGUCCUGGUUUAUUAAUGAGAUCGGGUGGUAUGAUUCUACUUUGAGGCUGUCUUUGAGUGGUUUUGGAAUAGAGACUAUUUUGGAGGAGGUCCAGGUUUUAGGAAUGGGCCCCCCUUUUUUGAUGUUGUUAAAUAGGCAGGUCAUGUAGGGCGUCAGGGGUUCUUUGAAUUGCUUUUUGAAUUCUGCUGUAAAGCCUUCUGGGCCUGGGGCUUUGAGUCGUUUCAGGUUUAUGAGGACAGUAUCUAUUUCCUCCAGUGUAAUAGGACUGUCCAUGAAUCUUCUUCAUCAGUUAAGGUUGGCAUGGUUAGUCCUACUAGGAGUUUUUUAAUUUCCUCCCCUGGUGGGUUGUGGGAAGUGUAUAGGUUGGAGUAAAAUUCCACAAAUUCUGAGGUUAUUUGUAUGGAGGAGAAUGUUAUGUUGCUGUAUUUUUUGGUGAUGCAGUGUAUUCUUGUUUUGAGUGAUUUUUUUCCUACACCUGUUUGCCAAUAGUCUAGAGUUUUUCACUCCAUACUUAUAGAAGUGUUGUUUUGAGUAUAGAAUGUUGAUCAUUGUAUGGCUGAUUUCUCAUGAGUUGAGUUCCCUCCUUUUUUUGUCUUUUAGCUCCUGUUUGUUUGUAGCGUGCUGAAUAUGGCAGCCUAGCUUCUUUUCUCCAAGUUGAAUGCAUUUCAUUAUAUUUGCAAAUUGCUAGUGAAUAAAACUGCUGUACAUUUAGGUAAGAUUGAGUGUAAGAGUUAUUCAGGUCAGGGUUUUCCAAAGCUGUGCAUUUCUUUUCUCAGUCAGUUAUAGGAACAGGAUUGGAUCACCUCAUUUACCCUUGACUGGUGGGAGAAGUGAACAUGUUCCCAGUGACACAGAUGAUAAAAUGACAUGUGUCAGGCACAAUUGAUUGAGCGAAAGCAGUGAUUUGGAUUUUGCUAAAGGUUAAUAAGUUUUCAGGGAACAUAUCAGCUUCCCUUAGGCAAAUAAAUGGACAUUUGUUAACUUAUGACUACGUUGCAGAAACUGGAACCGUUCCUGCAACAGUGUUUCUAAUUGAAAUAUUCCCUGUGAUCAUUUUCGGUCAGUUUGCUACUAGGGCACUCUAAAAAUGUGAAAGCAUGGAGUUUCCUGGAAAUUAUACAAUAGUGGUAUUCGUGGUUCCACAUUUACUUUUGAAGCCUGUAGAUUUGGCUCUAAUUUCUAAUUGAUAGGUAGAUUGAACCAUGUGUAAACUGUGUAAGGUAUGCUUAAACAAAUUCUAACAUAUGCUCCAAUUCUCGGGAUGAUUCAGUACAGAUUCUGUACAUCUGAAUGUGAACAUUGGGAGAGAAGUUGUGUUCAAUUUAGAAUACUUUUCAGGAAUUCUUCCUUUUUAAUUCAAACCACAUUUCAUACAGUAAAUAAGAGCAAAGUUUACUAAAUGUAAUCGUUUUCUUCCAUAUAAUAUUUUGAGAUUUUGUGAAAUCCUAAUCACAAGAUUAAGCAGGAAUUUUUAUAUCAUUUUACGAUAAGCUCAGAGCCCAUUAGGAUGCAGAUUCCUCAUAUCUUCCUGUGGGAUUAUCAGACACAACAAUAUAAUUUGUUCAUAAACUUUUUUUAUUAAAUUAACUCAUAUAUUAAAAUGAAGUAAUAGAAUAAGAUAUAUUAUAAUUCUGAUCUUUGCAUUAAAAACUAUUAGCAGCAUGUAUAUGCUAUAGAGACUGGUUGCUCUUAGCUGUGAAAAAUCAGCCGUGCUUGACAAUGAAUUAUGAAAAUAUUUUCAUAGCAUUUCCUGCUCAGUGGUUUGUCAAUUUCAAUUGUCACAAAGUUGAUACUUUUGGGGGGAAGGUUAGCACAAUAAUUUCAAAGUGUUACGGAGUUUGGUUUUCCUCUUUCUGUCCUAUGGUUGAGUGGUGCCAAAUGUUUGGAGGCUAACAUGUUUGGCACAAAAACAGAAGCUUUGGUAUGAAAACAAGGGGGAAGAAGAUCUCUAUUCAUGCAAGCUCAUUGUUCACUGCCCCAGUUGGCUACUACUUGGGUGCAUCUUUGUCUUUAUACAAAUGAUGUCAUGCACAUAGCCAAUCAGAUUUGACCACAUUGCUGUGUCACUGUAACAACAAAGAUGCAUUGGAAAAAAAUAUGACCUAAAGUACCGGCUGUUCAGGACUGGAAGUACAUUCGUCGUGAAGUUCUAAACACAAGUUACUACAGAAGUGUCACUGCCUGGAUUUGAUAUAUGAGAGCACUUUUGCUAUGCGCAUACUCCCACCCCAAAAGGAAAACCCACUUUAGAAGUACAAAACAUCCACAAAUCUUCCCCUGUUAAAUUUGUUUCAUGUAAGCCAGUGAUGGCCAAACUUGGCCCUCCAGCUGUUUGGGGACUACAACUCCCAUGAUCCCUAGCUAACAGGAGCAGUGGUCAGAGAUGAUGGGAAUUUUAGUCUCAAAACAUCUGGAGGGCCGAGUUUGGCCAUCACUGAUGUAAACUGUUCUGCCUGAUAUUUUAUGUGGCCAGACAAUUACCAAACAGAAUAAAGAAAGGAUAUAAUUUAGAGAAUACAAUAUUAAGAUAUAACCAAAAAGCAGGGGAAACUAUUAUGCAACAAACCAGAAGAGGAAGUUGAGGGUAGUUGUAGUGGGGAGGGGAUUAUUUGGUUUUGUGUUUAUAUUCGAGAUGAUGCUAUUGUGAUGAAGAUAAACAUGUAAAAAUCAAUAAAAACUAUUUUAAAAAAGAAGUACAAAACAUCCAUGAACCUUCCCCUGUUCAAUUUGUUUCAUGUAAGCUGUUCUGCCUGAUACUUUAUGCAGUCAGAUGUGUAGACUUUUUACAAUUUGAGAUAGCGCUCUUCAGAAAACAUUGCUACAGUAAGGUGGAGCGUGGUUGUUUGAAUAAAUGCUCAUACUUUAUUUAAGCCAAGGGUUGCCAAAGAGAAAUUGCUGUGGGCACCCACACCCUGCAACCAGGCACUGGCAGCAACCUAUUUUAUCAACUACAGCAGAUCGUUUCUUUCAGUUCUAUUUUCUGCAGUGGGAGGUGCCAGGGACAGCUGCACAUUCCUGCAGUGCAAGGGGGUUGGGCUAGAUGAUCCUCAGGGUCCCUUCCAACUCUACAAUUCUAUAAUAAAUAAAUAAUAAUAAAAUUUUAUUUAUAUCCCGCCCUCCCCAGCCGAAGCCGGGCUCAGAGCGGCUAACAACAAUAAAAUGAUACACAUUUUCAAAUCAUUUCAUUAUAAAAUUAAUUCCAGUCAGAUUAAUGGCAACCAAUUGGGCUAGAGUUCUGUGAGGAUUGCCAAAGGAGGGAGUCAGGCUGUGCCCUGGCCAAAGGCCUGUUGGAACAGCUCUGUCUUACAGGCCCUGCGGGAUUUGACAUCUUUCCCGCAGGGCCCUAGUCUCUUGUGACAGAGCGUUCCACCAGAUUGGAGCCACAGCCGAAAAAGCCCUGGCUCUGGUUGAGGCCGGCCUAACCUUUCUGUGGCCCAGGACCUUCAAGAUGUUUUUGUUUGAAGACCGUAAGUUCCUCUGUGGGACAUACCAGGAGAGGCGGUCCCGUAGGUACGAGGGUCCUAGGCCGUAUAGGAAUCUAUUAUGUAUAUAGGGCAUAAAUAAGACACUGGGAGGGGAUCAUUGCCCACACUAAAUAAAUACUGUUUCUGGGAAGUUCUAGAAAAUAAAUAGAAACAGAAUCGAAUAGGGUGGUCCUGAAACGAAGUGUUGCAUCGUAGAGUCCUCCCAGUUCCUCUCUUUUCCAUUUUCCAUUUCAAUCCCCCAGGAGCUUUUCAGUAUUCUAUAGCCACUGGGCAUGCUGAGUCCUCCUUUGGAUAUUUUGGGGUUUCUUCCAUUUCUUUGGUUCCCACCACCACCACCAUUAUUUUUGUACUUCUGCAAACCUUUGUGUCUCCCCAAGUCUGCUGGUACUUGCCGCUUUCGAAUGGGUGGUGCAUUUUGGCUACCCAAGCGAGACAGCAUGAGCAUCAGAAAUAGACGGAGUGAUGAAUAAAGCCUCUUAGUGUGCAUGGAUGUUUGCCAAGGUCCUCGGCCACUGACAGGCUUGGAUCUCAGGCAUUCCAGGAGCUGGGCUGGAGUCAGGACCUUGAGCAGCUGCAUCCUUGUGGAAAGCCAUUGGACUCCUUGGACUCGAGUCAUUUUACUGGCUCUUUGCCUUGCUGCAUCCCAAUCCGCUAUGAUUUGUGCCCUUUCCUAUCCCUAUAUAAAUUUUCCCUUCCUGCUAGCCGACUUUUGGCAGCAAAGCAUUUUACUGUAUUCAGGUCACGAUAAUUUCCUCACUUCACCCUGCCUAUUUUUCCGGGUUCCUUGGCUCUAAUAACUCUCUCAUUCCCUUUCUUCGCUCUCCAUACUUGCCUGAACCACAUUUUUGCUCUCUGGUCCAUGGUUUCUCCUUCUCCUUUGGUCAGGUUAUCAUAUCGUUUAUUCCAUUUUAAAAUUGUCCUUCCGCCAAGGUUCUCAGUUGGCCCAGAAACUGGCUUGCUGAAAAGCAACUAUCUCCCCAAAAUCAAGAUCCUACUUCUCCCUCCCUCAAAGACUUUGGCUCCACUAGGGCAUGAUAAGAAGAUUCUUGUCCCGUCGUUCUUCAGUCCACCUGGGACCAAAAGAUCCCAGGGGGAGCAAGAUAUAUCAGCAGAAGUAAUAAAGUUAUUGGGCCUAUAGGCUGUUCAAGUAGUGAUUUUAUAUUCCCUCUAUAAUUAUUAAUUAUAGCGUUCUCCAUUUUGUACUCCAGUGGGAUGCAGCUUGACUUUUUCCAAGGAUGUUUCAAGAAUGUUCCUUUCAUCUGAUGUUAUUUACCCUUUGGAAAAGUUUGAACACCUUUCUGAAAUGAUACUUCAAAUACUAGUAAUCAAACAAACGAAGAGUAGCAAAUGCAUACCCCAAACAAUCUUCAGACAUAAUAGCAACUCUCUCUCUCUCACUGGUGAUUUAAGAUAGUAAAAUGUAUGCAUACAUGAGAGAGCCUAACACAAACAAAAGGAUUAAAGCAGUUGCCAUUUUUAAUGUAUUGCACUGAUUGUCCCGAUAAGACUGGGAUAGUAAACACCAGUAAUUGGUAAGUGGUUCAGUACACAGCGUAAAGCAAACAAUUCACUUAUGAUUUAAUUGUUCAGAAUAUAAUUGCCUUUCAAAGCAAAUGCCACUGUAUGCUAAUUCAGAGCAUUUUGAAGUGGAUGGGAAAUAAUAAGCAGGUAUCUAUGGACAUCUCUGUGCUUUUUUUUUCUUUUCCCUUUAAUACUUUAUCUGAAACCAUUCCACGCACAUACACAUAGUAAUCAGGACUGUGCGUAUGCUGGUGUUUGCAGUGCUAAACAUCAUGAAGUGUGAAGGUGAACAGUCGGAGACACAUGGUGGAUGCAUGCCAAUGAGCGACAGACCAGCAAUGUUAAAAUUAGACAGCUUCAACAAGGAUGCAUAUGCAUACCCAUACAUUCAUAAAUUUGAUAAUACUAAUACAACUACUACUACUACUACUAAUAAUAAUAAUAAAUUUAUUAUUUAUACCCCUACCACCUGGCUGGGUUUCCCCAGCCACUCCCAACAGAAUAUUAAAAACACAAUAAAACAUCAAACAUUAAAAACCUCCCUAAACAGGGCUGCCUUCAGUUGCCUUCUAAAAGUCAGAUAGUUGUUUAUUUCCUUGACAUCUGAUGGGAGGGAAGGCGCCACUACCGAGAAGGCCCUCUGCCUGGUUCCCUGUAACCUCACUUCUCUCAGUGAGGAAACCACCAGAAGGCCCUCAGCACUGGACCCCAGUGUCCGGGCUGAACGAUGGGGGUGGAGACGCUCCUUCAGAUCUACAGGGCCAAAGCUGUUUAGGACUUUAAAGGUCAGCACCAACACUUUGAAUUGUGCUUGGAAACAUACUGGGAGCCAAUGUAGGUCUUUCAGGACCAGCGUUACAUGGUCUCGGCCGCCACUCCCAGUCACCAGCCUAGCUGCCACAUUCUGGAUUAGUUGUAGUUUUUGGGUCACCUUCAAAGGUAGCCCCACAUAGAGCGCAUUGCAAUAGUCCAAGCGUGUGUCAUUUACAUACCACUUGCACUCAGCAUUCACACAUGCUGCACAUUUAUCAAACCUUAUAGCUUAUUUGUGCUUCCUCUGAAGUAAGUUCAGGUUCCAAGUAAGAGAGUGUCAGAUGCCCCCCUUUGUCUGAUGUGUUCAUUACUACUGAGCAUUGUGGUACAGCCUACUCUUGGCAUCAAUGGCAGCGACAUGGAGCAGUUUUCAGUGCUGCCCUUCAUUCUAAGUAUUCUCAAGGCUGCUUACGAUAAUAAAAAUAAUAUAUCACAACAAGAUAGUAACAGAAUUAAGCUGUGUCAUUUGUCUCUAUUCCCAUCUUAGUAUCAGCUGUCUAUGUGCAGUUCUGUUUUUUGCUUUACAGAAAGUUUAUUCGUGUCGCAGUUGCAAAUCUUCACAAACAUAGCUUUCCAAUAGUCUGCAUUAGUCUUGAUAUUCUGUUGCAGCAGAAUAUGAAAAUACAGAUAAAACUCUUCCAGCCAUUUGCUCAUCAAACCAGCCCUUUUUUUUAUUAGUUUCCCACAUGUUUACUUUAAUAUGAAUGUGAGAGUCUCAUAAAAUUCCGUCUUCCUUUUAAUGCUCAUUAGCUUAAAAAGGCUACCUCUUUCGGCUUCAUAAUAAGAUUGUACUUGGCUUGUUUCCUGAAGUAAGAUUGCAAAUGAAAGUGUAGCAUAGUAAUCACGCAGUAGUACUGCAACGGAAAACAAGUGUUUUACUUCUACAGUGUGUCAGCGCAUUUGUCUUUACAUACCGGUACAUACAGUAUUAUCCCAAGGAUUAUCUAGUUACUAUGAUCAAAGCUGAUGUUAAUAAGAUAAUUUAAUAAGCAUCCAACGGCACAGACUUGGGUAUUGGGAGAGGGGGGGAAAAGUCAUUUCUGGCCAUCCGUCCUUACUUUGAAGGAUAGAUGCAGCAAAAGGAAUUAAACAUUGCUGUGAAACAGCUUAUUUGUAUAGAAAGAAGCCAUAAUGAUAAACGUAAGAUCAGUUGAAUGAACAGUAGCAACACCAGAUGCAAUCAAGCUUGCAGUGUAUAGCAUUUAGAAUUAUUGAUGAAAUAUGGUUAACUCUGCAUUUAUUUUAAGUAUAUCCAUUUUGCAAAUUAAUGAUACAUCCCAAUAUUAGGGAAACAGAAUUAUGUUAGACAUGGACUAUAAGAAAUGUAGAAAGCCUCAGCCAGAGCGGUCUAGUGUUAAAGUGAUUGUUUUGAGAGUUAAGUGGUUGGAGAAUUGUGUGGAGGAGUAGAUGAUAAAUGUAUCUAUAUAUUGCUAGAGUUUAUUGCCUCAAAUGCAUAGUCUCAUUUUUAAAAGCACACUGCAGUUAAUCACUUGCACGGCAUACCGACUGUGUAUUUAGGUAUAUAUAAUGCACAAAUAUGUGUGAGCUCAGGAAAUGUGCUUGGAUUUUUCAUUACCAUAAGUAGCAUAGGAAUAGAAAACAUCAGAUUGUUUUAAUUAACCUGCAUAUUGUUUCUAGAUUAAUGAUACAGUCUACUCGGUCAUUGUAUUUAUCAUUAUAAUGAUACACGUUGCAGAAGCAGCCUAUACGAUGCCAUAGCAGAAAUAAAUGGCCACCUUUGCUGAACUGGGUGCUUAUGCAUGAGUGCAAAUGUGAGCAGCUACAGAAGUUUAAAUGUUCUUCCAAUCCGCAUUCCGUGGCCUCUCCCACCUUCCCCCUGAUGUCUAUGACCUUGGGUUCAUGGACAGGAUGUGGUCAUCAAAACAAGGCAUGCUCAUCCACUAUUGGUACAAUACUGUAGGUAUUGGUAUUUUGCCUGUGACUUCCUUUCUGCUCCAUAUAUGUCGACUCACAUAUUCCGAAUAAUAACAGAGUCAAUAGGUAAAAUAAAGUGUUUGGUGUUUGUCUACAAAGGUAGUUGUACUUCACAGGUAUAUCGUGGAGUAUGCCCUGGUUAAAAAACCCCCAAAUGAUUUCAGGAUUUGUGGCCAACAGGGAGCCCUCACAACAACCUGCAUCAUUACAUUGUGAGAAGGGGCACUGCUACUACCUGCUGUGUAUUGGAGGGUUGUUCAGCCAGUACACAGUUUCCCCUAUUUUGCAGGGUAGUUUCUCUGUAUCCAUGGGCCUUCAUGCUCUCCACCCCGUUCCUUUCCUUGGACGCAUGAGAGAAAUGGACGGAGGAGGUGUAGGUUUCAUACUCUGACGCACGGGAUCCUCUCCCAGUUAAAUUUCUUAUUACAGGGAACCAGGCAGAGGGCCUUCUCGGUAGUGGCACCCGCCCUGUGGAACGCCCUCCCACCAGAUGUCAAAGAGAACAACAACUACCAGACUUUUAGAAGACAUCUGAAGGCAGCUCUGUUUAGGGAAGCUUUUAAUGUUUGAUGCAUUACUGUAUUUUAAUAUUUUGUUGAAAGAUGGGCAGGGUAUAAAUAAUAAAUUAUUAUUAUUAUCUGUGACAGGGUACCUACACAACUCCUAUGAAAUGACAAAUAUUGCAGGGAGGGGAUAUCUUAUAUUGCGCUAAAUUCAAUGGUAACAUCUAGUUCUCAUCAGUUCUGUAUAGGAGUUACAUGCUGAAAGGUUCACUGAGCUUUUGGUUGACUUGUUUUUUCUUUUGUCCCUAUUUUAGAUGCCGAAGAGUAUCAGCCCCCAAUAUGGAAAUCAUACCGUGAGUAUCAGAAACCGGAAUUUGGGGGUGGGAGGAGGGCAGGGGACCUAACAUGGGAGACUUUGGAAGGGCAUUGUGCAUGAUUUGAGGAACCUAAAGGAAAUGACCAUUGAUAAGAGGAACCAUGGGAGCAGAUGCUUAAGUUCCAAGUCAAAUUUAUCUUUUUUAAAAUAACAGUUUUAGUAAGGUUAAAAGCUAUCUAGAGAAGGCGUGGAAGAAUCAUCAGUGGGUUUUAAGAAAGGCAUCUGUAAGGGAUUUCUAUGUAUAGGGUUGCCUGCCUUGUGGCAUGAAAGUAGAAUAGAGCAACAAUCUUAUAUACACUUAUCUGAGAAUAAGUCCCAUUGCAUCCAGGUGGACAUGUUUAGGAUUGCAUUGCACAUGGUCGUUGGGAUUUCUUCUUGCUCCACAUUCGCUAACCACCUGCCAAAGCCAAGAAGCAUCAGUUUUGGAAUAGCUGCUUUGAAAUGGGUGGGGUGACCUGUCUAAGCCACUGCCAUCACGUAGGUGCUUAUUAACUGGACAUAAAAGUCAGAGAAACAGAAAUGGAACCAACAGAUGCGACAAAGAGUGUGUUGAUUGACUAAAGGUGCAGCACAAAAUCCCUGGCGCAGGAGUGCAGGCAGAGAAAAAAAAGAGAGAUUUACUCCAAGGGCAGGUCCUGGCAUGAUUCUAGGAACAGCCCUUAAAAGCUCGUUUUAUUGUUCUUGCUAACACAACAGUCUGUCAUUAGAGACUUAGGAGAUCACAUGGUGUAUAUGUUUUAAUUAUAUGUACUGCUGAAACAGAAAAAGGAUGCUGCCAAUCUGUUGUCAAGAAUUUAUUGUGUGUGUGUAAGCCUCAUUCAUUUUACCAUGUGGCAAGGCAAAAACUGCAGUGGACCUUCAUGUUGAAAGUGUUGCCUUUUUCUUAACUUUGGUUGUAGUUGGACCAUUAAUUCAAGACAAGUUUCUGGGAACCUGGUUGUUGUUUUCUCCCCACUUCCAAAGGAAUAUUGAAUAGGAUGCCAAUCAUAUAUUUAGUGCUGGAGAAAGCCACAUUCAAAAUGAAGAAUUUGAAAGCAUGGAAUAUAUAGGAUAAGUUUUCAAAGACUGAAUCCAGAUGCCAUGCCUGUCAGCUUUAGAGCUUGUUGGAUUUGCCUCUAAUCUACAAAUAAUAUUGUCACCCACACAUGCUACCCUUGACCCCUAGUUCAGAUGCCAUGUUGUUUUUACUUUAUUUCUCAUGUACAGUGACAUUGCGAACACAGAUUGUUGGGCUGGAGACCAGUCUGAGAGCAGACUGAGAGUAGAUUGUAAAGCACCAUUGGUCUCAAAUUGGGAACUCUGGCAGCUAGACACAACUGUCUUAAGCUCUAAGCCACUGUUACCACUGGGCUGCUAUCUGCUGUGAUGGUUGUUGUUGUUUUAUGUUGCUCUUCCUCCAGAGGAACCCAGGACAGCAAACAUGGCAGUACGAAAAAAAGUACAAUUGAAACAUAUGAAAUCAGUUAGACACCAACAAUGCUGUUAGCCACAAGGAAUUACAGAGACUUACCCUUCCAUAAUGGUCAGGUGACUCAGAGGACCAGUCAGUUGCAUUUCACCUGAUCCUAUAAAUCCUCAAGACUCUGACCCGGAGAUGGCUCAGUUCCCUGAGACUCACUUUGUAAUACAGUGGUACCUUGGAUUACAAACACCUCGGGUUACAAACACUUUGGGUUACAGACUCUGCUAACCCGGAAGUAGUACCUCGGGUUAAGAACUUUACCUCAGGAUGAGAACAAAAAUCACACGCCAGUGGCACAGCUGCAGCAGGAGGCCCCAUUAGCUAAAGUGGUACCUCAGGUUAAGAACAGUUCCAGGUUAAGAACGGACCUCCAGAACGAAUUGAGUUCGUAACCAGAGGUACCAUUGUAGUUCUUUCUGAAUGUUAUCUGGGGGCUCACAGAAGUCACAACCACUCAGUAUGCCUUUCUCCUUCCCUUUCCUUGAAACUAACCUUCCAGAAGCAACAGAUAGGGGGAGAGGCAUGAAGGAAGGGGUUGCUUUUUAAAAAACUUAAAUUAGAUGCAAAGCUUUAUCCACAAGGAGUUCCUAGCUGAAAUACCAUGCAGAAUUGUAGAAUUGUAAAAGUUGGAAGGGACCAUGGAGGUCUUCUCGUCCAAGCCUUUGCUUCAUGCAAGAACUGUAGUGGAGGAUGCAAUUAUUGCAUUCUUGGCUGACAGAUGCGCAACCUCUGCUUAAUAUUUCCACAGAAAGAGCCCACCACUUUGCAAGUGUUGCUCGGACAAUCAGCUGUUACCAUUAAGAGGUUAAUUUAAUUUUAAUGUUUCCCUGAAAUCUGCUUCCAUGCAAUAUUCACUCAGUAGUUCUAGUCCUGACCACCCUCCAAAGACUCAUUCAUUCAUUCAUUCAUUCACUCUCUACCUUUUCCCUUGGCAGGGACUCAAGGCAGCUUGCAGAUAAAAUAAGAACAGCUAAAAAAAAACCUAGGUUUUUUAAAAAUUAAGCACUACACAUAUCUUUAUCUCUCUCUAUAGCUAUCUAUACACACACACACAUGUUCUAUUAAAAGCAUACAGACAAUCACAACAAAAACAGUACAGCAACAGCCCUCUCAUUAAAACAGUCAGUUUCAAAAAGCCUGUUGGAACAGGAAAAUAUUCAUCUGCCAGUGAAAAGACAAGAGGGGGACCAGUCUAGCUUCUCUAGGAAUGGAGUUCCAAAGUCUGGGAGCAGCUGCCAAGGAGGCCUUCUCCCAUGUCCCUACCAAGCGGGCCUAUAUGGGUGGUGGGACCAGGCAGCUUUGUAUGAGGGAAUGCAAUCCUUCAAUUAGCCAUAUGGGAGUAACAGAGAACCAGCCAGCUUUUGACACUUGAGAUGUACCUUUCUAGGGCCCGCCUUAUUUCUUUAAUUUCAGUAGCGCUUUGCACUAUUUUUAACAUUGUGUUUUAAUGGUUGUAACCUGCCCAGGGACCUCAGGGUGGGUAAUAAAUUGCAGCAACCACCACCACCACCACCUUUUAUGCAUAACAGCCUUUCAGGUAUUUGAAUGCUAUCAUGUCUCCCCAUAAUCUGUUCUUUCCAGGCUAAACGUCCCCAGAUCUUUGAACUGUUCCACCUAAGAUUUAGUUCCUCCAUCCUGGUUGCCCUUCUCUGGGCCCAUCCCACUUUGUCUAUGUUCUUCCUGGUGCGAUUGGUGCCCAGAAUUGGGCUCAGUACUCCAGAUGCGGCUUGACGAAUGCAAAUAGAGAGGAACUAUUGUUUUCCAUGAUCCGGGCACCAUGCUUCUGCUAACGUAGCCUGAGAUUGCAUUAGUUUGUUUAGCAGCCACAUUGCACUGCUGGCUUGUGAUGUUGUGUGCUGGUGCCAAGCCAGGUCUCUCCCACCCUAUACUAGUGCCUUUCGAGUUUUUGUGCCUACAUGCAGGACUUCUGCCAAGUCUCCAAAUGCCUUGGAAAGUGAUGAAACUGGUAAGCUACAUUUUCAGGAUUCUUUGCACUGAGCUUCUUCUCAGUAAGGCAUCUGUGUUGCACAUUUCUUACAUUGCUCUGCGUGACGGUCAUGGCCCAUCAAUCUUCUGACACCAUGUGUUGUAUUCUGCCAUUUAUAUAGGAACUCACUACAAGCUGAGCUAGUGGUAGAACAAAAUCGAUUUUCGAAGUGGCUUGAGAGCCUGCAUAGGGUAGUGACAAACUUCCCCGGUCAUACCUCAGAGCCAGCUCUCCAGAUACUGCCCCCUGCAUCAUAGCUGUUUCUCGUAAAGGGACCACAGGCCAGAUAUUUAGUUGGCCAUGCAUACAAUUUACCAAGGAGCAACCCUCUUUUUUGCAUCUCCCCUUCCUUGGGUGUUGUUGCCGUUCAAGCUAAAGGGGAAUGGUUCAGUUUGUAAUGUCCUGAGAUUAUGGUGCCCCUAGCCAUAAUGCGAAGUCAUUUAUUGUUUCCGUAGUGACAGGUGGUCAUUUCCAAACUCAGCAACAUCAGUCUGAGUGACUUGGCUUUUAUCGGAUGACCAAGCUGGUAUCAGGCUGCUUCUACCUGCUUGCUAGAUUUCCUUUCUUUAAAGCAACGGCUAUCAUGUGAAUGGGUAUAGCAGCAUGUUGUGCACUGCAUGUUUGCGUCAGUGUGCCCUAUCAGAGGCUUGCUACACAUUGAACAUGCAUUAUAAAAGGGAGUUUAAAAUGGUGACAAAAGAUGCGCAUAGCCCUUCCCUGUUCUGUGGCUCUUUGUGAAGGGCCUUUUCCCCAUUGGGAUUCAAAUCACUUGAACCCCAUUGGUGUGUGAAAAUUCACUACCAGGACAAUUUGGAGCAGAGGAAUGAUGAGCAAGGGAAGAGUAACACAUUCCCUUUCACUUGCUUCACUGCUCCAAAUCUUAUUCUCCUAAAACUGUUUGGUUUUUUAAUGACAUCUGGGUUCUUCUGUACACGUGUUUGCAUUCAAUGAGUUGUUUGGCCCUCAGGCUAGCCAAAAGACUUGACUGCAGCGUACAGCAAUAACACACCUCAUGCUGAUCAUUUCCUGUUUUUGACUCACUUAAUUAGGGAUGUGCAAGCUCCCUCCAGUUCGAUUCAUAAUUGGCUUGGUUUUUCAAAGCAUUCUCAGAAAACGCCUGGAGAAAGUUCAGGGUUUUCUCAAGAGUUAGCUCUUGGGAAUAGUGCUUGGGAGACUUAAACCUGCUGUUGCUGUUCCCCUCUUCUCAAACAGGGACACGUGUGGCGUUGUGGUCUAAACCACUGAGCCUGUUUGUGCUUGCCGAUCAGAAGGUCGGUGGUUCGAACCCACAGAGCUCCCGUUGCUCUGUCCCAGCUUCUGCCAACCUAGCAAUUUGAAAGCAUAUCAGCGCAAGUAGAUAAAUAGGUAUCGCUGCGGCAGGAAGGUAAACGGCGUUGUGCCAGAAGUGGUUUAGUCAUGCUGGUCACAUGACCCAGAAAACUGUCUGCAGACAGACGCCACUCCCUUGGCCACUCCCUUGGCUUGAGAUGAGUGCCAUAACCCCAUAGUCACCUUUGACUGGACUUAACUGUCCAGAGGUCCUUUGCCUUUUACCUCUUCUCAAACAUACCUUGAAAGGAAAGCUGUGGUUGCACUGAAGGCUGGUGACAGUGUUCAUUUCAUCCUACCAUUCCCAAACUUUCAACAGUAGUGGAGUACCCUACAGUCCAUUGAACCAAAUGAAAUUGUACAAUUACCAGGUUUCCCAGCAACAAUGGUUGCUUUAAAAUCAAGCCUUCGCUGCCAUUAGGCUUUCCCAAUGCUAUCCUCUUACCUGCAUAAGUUAAGGUGAUGCCAUGCCAAGUCCAUUGUAAGCCAUGCCUGAAAGUCUGGAGUGAUUUAUGCUCUGCUCAUACUUAGCUGAAGAUAAGAACCGCCAGCUUGGCUAUUCUGAACCACCACCACCCCAGUUAUGAAAUUCAAUGCAAUUACUAGAAAAUUGACCUUUUCCACUUGUAACUAAACCCUACAGCUCACUUCUAUUGCAUUGUGCUAUGGUUUGCUGCUUAAGGGCAUGUGCUUAUGAGCUUGAAAUCUCUAGUUCAAAUCAUGAUUCAUACAGUCAUUAGAUGCCAGACUUGCAAUACAGUGUUAGUGAAACACUUCAGGAAUUUAAUGGGGAAACAUAUAAAUGCUAAGCAUGCAUCUGUCUCUGUUGCCAUGAUGCUGACCACAAACAUUUGUAAGUUUUAGUCUGCUCCUACUGGAUCAGAAGUUGACUACAAAUAUGGUAAUAUGCUUGUAUACAGAAUGCCCACAUUUGAAAUAAAUUGUAGACUUGUCUGGGCUGCAGAGAAAGCUACCCCUUUUCUCACUUGUAUAUUCCCUGAAGACCUGCUUCUUCCAUAAUGCUUAAAAAUCUUUGCUGACUAAAGUAAUUUUCUAAUGUAUUUCAUUUACUUGCCUUAUUACUGACCAGCUCACUUACUGACAUAAGAUCGUUAGAGCAGAAGCUGUAAAUAGCUCUGGGAGAGCAAGGGGGGAAAGAGCUGAAAAGUGAGCGAAGGAUGUAGGGAGAAGAAUACAGGGUUGUAAAAGUAUUAAACUGCUUUUAGAAUACGUGUCUUGUUAUCGCUAUAGGCAACUAGUAUGUAUUAGUAGUACAAUACGGUAAUAGAAUAUACUAUUGUACGCCUUUCCGCACCAAUAUUCCUUAUUCUGUAUGUGUAUUAGAAUACUGAUGGAACUAAGCUGAAAAAGGGGUUGUUGGGGUGUGUGUCUCUGUCUUUUUCUUUUUUUAAGUACAGGACAUGUAUAUUUUAAUACAUUUUACUUCCUUUAGUUUUACCUGCUUCCUACAUGUUAGGUCCAUAUAGUUAAAGCUAUGGUUUUCCCAGUAGUGAUGUAUGGAAGUGAGAGCUGAACCAUAAAGAAGGCUGAUCGCCAAAGAAUUGAUGCUUUUGAAUUAUGGUGCUGGAGGAGACUCUUGAGAGACCCAUGGACUGCAAGAAGACCAAACCUAUCCAUUCUUAAGGAAAUCAGCCCUGAGUGCUCAGUGGAAGGACAGAUCGUGAAGCUGAGGCUCCAAUACUUUGGCCACCUCAUGAGAAGAGAAGACUCCCUGGAAAAGACCCUGAUGUUGGGAAAGAUGGAGGGCACAAGGAGAAGGGGACGACAGAGGACAAGAUGGCUGGACAGUGUUCUCGAAGCUACCAGCAUGAGUUUGACCAAACUACCGGGAGGCAAUGGAAGACAGGAAUGCCUGGCGUACUCUGGUCCAUGGGGUCACAAAGAGUCGGACACGACUGAACGACUAAACAACAACAACAAACAUGUUAGGAACAUAGGAAGCUGCUUUAUACUGAGUCCGAUCAUCGGUCCAUGUAGUCCAAUAAUGUCUUCUCUGGCUGGCAGUGGCUCUGCAGGGUUUAAGGCAGUAGACAUUUGCAGCCCUAACUGGACAUGAUGGGAAUUGAAUGAAGAACCUUCUCUAUGUAUGCAAAGCAGAUACUCUACCCCCGAUCCACCCCGUCCUUCCGCUGUUUUAUUUAAGUUUUACCUGCAGCCAAGCAUUUUUGUCUCAAGUGGUGAACUGCCGACUGGAAAGAAAGCAAAAGAAUGUGGCAAGGCAGGGCCUUCAAAGAGACUUGCACAGGGCAACGUACAGCUGCUACUUCUCAUGGAGCAGAUGUUUAUUUUGUGCGUCCCACUGUGUGGCCUAUUGCAGUCCCUGCACAAACUGGUUUCGCAGGAUUUUGUGGCACAUCAAAGCUGCAUCGUGGAAAAUUUCGCAGAAGUACAGUCACAUCCAUUUGCAAGAGUACAUUUGGGUAAUGUUGUGGGUGCUAGUUGGAUAGUGCCCAUUACAAAUAAAUGAGAAGAUAGAAAGGUGUCCACAUAUGAAAUUGUAUAGACCAGAAGCAGCCUGAUCUAAUCAAUUUAACAUCACUUUCGAAUUCCACAGAAUUAGGUGGAAUAGCUGCAGUUAGGAAGACUAGGCAAACUUGACUCCCAGCAGUAAGCUAUACCCUUUUUGAUUAACCAUUAUUCUUUUUAAGAUUAUCAGAGAUAGUAAAGGUAAAGGGACCCCUGACCAUUAGGUCCAGUCGUGACCGACUCUGGGGUUGCGGCACUCAUCUCGCUUUAUUGGCCAAGGGAGCCGGCGUACAGCUUCUGGGUCAUGUGGCCAGCAUGACUAAGCCGCUUCUGGCGAACCAGAGCAGCUCACGGAAACGCCGUUUACCUUCUCACUAGAGCAGUACCUAUUUAUCUACUUGUACUUUGACGUGCUUUUGAACUGCUAGGUUGGCAGGAGCAGGGACCGAGCAACGGGAGCUCACCCUGUCGCGGGGAUUUGAACCGCUGACCUUCUGAUCGGCAAGCCCUAGGCUCAGUGGUUUAACCCACAGCGCCACCCGCGCUAAUGCAACAGGAAUGGCACAUCACUUCUUUCUUCAGGUCUCACCAGCCACGUUCUCCCUGCACCUGGGCUCACAAAUAAUAUACAAGUACAUACACACCUAGGACAGUUGGAUUAGUCAAAAAACAGUGUUUUGAAUGUGUUAUAAACAUGCAACACCAGACGACGCUGGAGAGCAAAAAGAAUUUCUAUGCAAUUUUCCAUAGCGGUUUUUUUCCUUUUGUUAUAAUGAUUUAAUUUCUGACUUAUUUACAACGGGGUUUUUUCCUGUGUGUAGAUCCACCCCUAGUCAUUAAUAUGAACCCUGCCAUGGGCAUUUAAAGGCAAUGCCACAUGAUGUGGUGUGUUCAGCACAACGGAAGCCUUGCAAGCCAACACCUCACAAGUUUCCGCUAUGGCAAGCAGAAGUCUACAUAUAUAAUUUUGGUCAAUAGAUUAGUUGGAAUGGAUGGUGCUAGUACCAAUAGCAAAUCUAAAAUGUGUAGCAAUUUUUAAAGAUAGGCUUACGUUUCUCUGUCUAAUUUCCACAUUUCCAUGUGUAGAAAAGAUGUGCAUAAAAACAGAAAUCACUCCCAUUUGGGGAAACUCAUUUGUCAUAUUGUUGUCACAUGCAUGGCUAUUUUCACUUGAGGAGCAGCCUCACGGGAAGAACUUCUGCUAGUUUUAUGCAAAAGUAGCUGUACAGAGCACUGAUUGACUAGACGCGGGUGGCGCUCUGGUCUAAACUGCUGAGCCUCUUGGGCUUGCCGAUCAGAAGGUCGGCAGUUUGAAUCUGCAUGACGGGGUGAACUCCCAUUGCUCUGUCACAGCUCCUGCCAACCCAGCAGUUUGAAAGCAUGCCAGUGCAAGUAGAUAAAUAGGUACCAGUGCAGCGGGAAGGUAAGCAGCGUUUUCGUGCACUCUGCCUUCCGUCACGGUGUUCCGUUGCGCCAGAAGCCGUUUAGUCAUGCUGGCCACAUGACCCGGAAAGCUGUCUAUGGACAAACGCCAGCUCCCUCGGCCUGAAAGCGAGAUGAGCGCUGGAACCCCAUAGUCGCCUUUGACUGGACUUAACUGGGUCCUUUACCUUUUUACCUAGAUGCCUGAGAAUUCACAGAGCACCCUCUCCCUCUUCUCCAAGAAGUUUUAAAAUCUUAAACCAGGCAUUAUAAUUUCUGUUAUUUUAAAUGGAUAAUUGAACUAACAACACAUGAACCAACCAACCAAAAAGUAGGCAGCCUUCUAGACAACAGAGGUGAGGAGGAAAACUGAUGAGAAUAUCAAGAUUCACUGUGGAGGAAGGUACCUGUGUCCUCUCUAUGAAUUCUAAAUGCGAUACUCUAUAAUACCCCUUGCAAGUCAGCUAUUUCCCCUUCAUUUGAAUUUAGUUUGAAGCAUCUUCUUUAAGCCUAUCUAAGCAAAUGUUAGUAUUCAUUGCAGCCUUCUAAUUACAAACGUGUUUUUUAUGUUUGACAGUGUAUCAGUUACAACAGGAAGCACCUCGUCCCAAGAGAAUAAUUUGUCCUCGAGAGGUCAGUUUCAAGUUUCUCUUCAUCUUCUUUAAUUGAAUGGUCAGCAGCAUGCUGAUACUGUUGGUCUUCACAUUUUAUGUGUGCAGGAUGUGAUCUCUAUAUUGUCACCCACACAAAAGAUUAAAAAAUGCUCUCUUUUAAAAAAAUUAUAAGGUAAACAUUAUAAAAACACCAGUCGGUGUUUGUUAUAAAUUCUAAGCUUUAAGUGAUUAAUAUUAUUAAGAUGUUUUCAGUACUAUUUUUGUGUUCAUCAAAGUGUUGUGUAUCUUUGUAUUUAUUUCUGCCAUAAAUGAAGCGUGAUUUCCUACCCCACCACAGCAAAUCUUCCACUAGCUUCACAAACCCUGUUUGUCAUCUGAAAAUAUUCAUUUUGACAAAUGUUUUAGAAUAGUGUAGAUAGAAUAUUGAAUUAAUAGCAUGUAGUCUAAAGCACAAAGACAGUAUGUAAUAAUAGAUAAGGCCGUGCAUUUACUGGCUGUCUCCCAGUUUGGUUUCCUGAAGUUUCUAACAGAGUGCUUUGUUUCUGACCAGUUUUAUUCUCAUGAUGGUGUACUAGGUAUGGCUCACCCUAAUUGCACAACAUCUGAGAUGAAGCUGCUGAUCUUGGUUUUGUCUUGGCAGAAUAAGCACCUCAUUAAAGAGGUGCUUCCUUCCCUAGGAUGUUCCCGGUGAUGUCUGUAUAGGCCUUAUGAAGGUCACCGGAAAUGUUCCUGAUUGAAGACACAGAUCUGCUGUAACUAUCAGAGGUGCUAACUGAGAAACGCACAUUUCAAGUGGAUAAGCAGCUCUGUCUGAUGCUUCAGUAGCUCUGAGCAGAGAGGACUCCCUAGUCUUCCUCCUGAAAUAGACCUGUCCCAGUCAAUGCAUCUCCUGCAGAGCAAAUCUGCCGGUUGGAAAGAACAGUUUCCAGCAUCAAGCAGGAGCCCUUCCCAGUAGCAGAUCUGUUCAGGAAUAAGCUCCUCAGUUGUCAGGCUUAAAAGCAAUUCUUUUGUUUUCUGCAGGUGGGAAGGGCACACCCACUGCAGCAGAGUUCUCCAGGAGAAGGGAGGGAGAGAUCCUUUCUCUUUCUCCUGGGAAGAAGCUGUUUGGUUCGAAUGUGCUUGAAGCUCCUCUAGUUGUCUCUUUAGUAUGAUAAUGAUUUUUAGUAGUUUUUAAGGACAUGUUUCUUCACGUUUGCUAGCAAGCAAGAAUAGCCAGAAGCAAUACUGUUAAGCAGAGUCGCCUUUGCACAGUAUACUCAGUGCAUUUCCAUGUGUGCCUUGAGACUUGCUGGUGUACCUUAAGUUGUGAUGAGUGAGGUCAUUGUGGCUCAUACUGAGAUUGACUCAGAAAUAAAGCAGCCUGUAAUGUUUUGGAACAGGCUAGAUGAAUGAGGCUUGGGGAAAAAACUGGGAAGUUGUCUCUGGCUUGGGUUUUCAUCUUGUUCUUCUAUAUACUUGGUAAUUCUAUCUUCAAUAACGCUUUCCAACAAUUCUCCCUGAAAUGAUGCAGAGACGUCUUUCCCAUAGGGCUUAGUGGUGCGUCGCGCCAGGGCGCCGGCCUCUCAGGGGUGCCCCAGCGAGUGGGGGAGCUUUGCUGGUGGCCUCCCCUUUCCCUGCACACCCGCCAGCUGCACCCCGCCAACUAUAUGGCUGGCGGGCAUGCAGCGUCCUUCCCAAGCCUCCGCGAGAGGAGAGCGAUCCCCGCAGAGGCUUAGGAUGGAAGCUGCACCCUGCCAUACAUAUGGCUAGCAGACGCGCAGCUUCCCUCCCAAGCCUCUGCUGGGAUUGCUUUCCCGCAGCGGCAUGGGGGGGGGGAGUUGCGCCCCCCCCCAUGGCUGGCAGUUUGCAGCUUCGUCCCCCCCCCAUCCAUGGUAAUUUGGGGGUGCUGGGUGGAUAUUUGCACCCCGGUGUCGCAUCUGCUAAAGACGGCCCUGAAAUGAUGUUAAGCUAACCAGCCUGUGAUUUCUUAGAUACACUCAGAUCCAUUUUUUAAAAUUGGUGUUAAACACCUCCCUCCCCAAAAGAAACAAAGAUAACACAAUGAGAUUAAACUAUUAUUAUCCUACCACCCAAUUCUAUAAAUGUUACUUUUUACACAUUUCAUAAUGAUUGAAGGAAUGGAGCAUUGUAGAUGACUCUUGGAACAAAUUCCCCCCUGUAUAAACUCCCAUUACAGAAUAGCUUAAUGUUCGUGCAGCUUAUUGGUUUGGCAUAAUGCUAAAUCGGUGUUGGAAGUCUCUCUCUGCUGGAGAUUUUCAGAAAUUGCUAACAAUUAUUCAACAAAACAGUGUUCACUACAAUGGCAAAUUUGAAUAAACUGUCCCUGGUGCAUACAAAGCAUGCACUUCCUAAACCGGACUAUUAUGCAGAGAAAUAUGUCAGCUAAUUACUUUGCUCAUUGUUCUUAAUUCUAAUUACAGUUUUAGAAAACACUAUUGCUAGUAAAGAUAGUAAAAUAUGUGAUAGCUUGGGGAAAAGCAAAACAUUUUACCAUCCUCUGCUCUUAAUUCUGUACGAAAUGGGAAUGGGAUUUUUAUUCAUAAGUGCCCGUUUAUUUUUCAGCUGGAUGUAAUAUGCAGAAAUCUUCAAAGUAUAAAUAAAUACAAGUAGUAAUGUAUGAAGGGGUUUAACAUAUGUAAAUGUGAAAUGUUCCUCUGUUUUCUGCUUAGAUUUUCCUGAAAGCCUAGCUGUAAAACAAGAGCUUGAAGAUUACUAUGGUAUCUUUUUGGCUUGUAAUAUUCUCACUGUGGUGCUAAAGCAUCCAGGAAUUCCUUUAGUUCACGUAAAAUUCAGUAAAAGAUAAUAUAAAAUAUUGGAUUUUGACCUGGGAAGCAUAAAUCUAAAUAAGAGAUUCAGCCAUCGAUGUUUUGUUCCCCAGUUGUUCACAUCUAAGGAUGGAAUAUUUAUUCGUGGAUUUAAAUGGAUAAUACAUGAUUUGAUGUGAAAUGGUCCUGAAUCAUUCUAUGUCCUCAAGUAAUGUUUUACAUAAGAGACGUACAGGCAAAGCAAAUCUCAGUUGGCAUUUGGUUUGUGCUGUCUGUCCAGAAUGACAUUUGAAAGCAGGAGUUCUAGAACACGUUGAGGAAGUAUGUAUAUACAUGUCCUCAUUUUCACAGGACUUCACCCUUCAAAUAAGCAAUAGUCACGAAGCAGCAUUCCUAAACCUAUAGUAGUUAAGGUUCUUUGUACUUGACCCAGUAAUUCAAGAAGGAAAUACUAAGUUGAAGAUUCCAAACAGAGUGAAAGGCUUUAGCUACUGAUGUCAUGAGCCCUGCAGAACCUUUGGGAUCAGGUGUGGAUUGGCAGGUGCUCAGGAGAAGGAGGAGGAAACAGAGGGGGAGCUAAACAGUGAGAACUGUCAUGGUCCCUGAGUGAUGGGGCUGGUCGGACAAAGUUGGUGUGGGAAUGAGCUGCCUGCAGAAUAACCCAAGGAAGUUCUAAUGGGAUAGAUACCAAACCAAAUCAGAGUCAUGGGGACUUGAGGAGCUGCUUGGGAAGGAGGAUCAUGGAACACACCCAGUGGGGGAUGGAUGGUCCCUUCAACCCAUGUCAUCUCCCCAUCAGUCUCCCAGGCGCCCGCACAGCCUUUCCUCCAAGAUCACCAAGGCCCACCUUCAACUCAGUCACUCUGAAUGUAGUGCCAACUCUGGAGUUGCCGUUUCUGGCUCCCUAGCUCUUCAGAGGAGGUGGCCGCCCAGCCUGUCCCAUCUGCUCCCCAACCUCUGUUGCUGAGGUCAUGAAGAAGACACCAGCACAGGCAUGAACAGACAGGGAAGACCCACCCUUCUCAGAGGAGUGCCUGCUUGCAUGCCCAGUUUCAGGAACAGCCUCAUUUGCCAUCCUAAGUUGUGCCUGCCCCAUUCCCAUAUAACAAGGUUGUAGGGGGCGUGUCGCUGGUUGGGUCAAUGUCUUAGCUUGUCUAGCCAUGUGUAGCACCUAUGAUGUCUUUGAACUCUGCCUGUGUACUGUACUGAUCUGAGAAUUAAAGAUUUUGGUAGAUACUGCAAUUUGAGUUCGCGUUCUUCCUCCAGUGAGAGCCAGGACAGGAACCUAGACUGGAGGUGGGGGACUCUCUCCUUUCUGCCCUGACUUCAGCUACCUCUGAAGGGAUGCUGGUUCUCCUUCCCCCAGCUUUUCUGCAGAACACAGAGCCUCAGCAGAGGCUGAGAAGGACUUGGAGGGGCGGGAGGAGGCAGAACCGGAGGUGGCAGAGACUGAACAGGAGCCCAAACAGAAGGGUACAAGCUUGUGAUCUAGAACCAGACACCACCUUCACAGUUGGGAGCAAACUCCCCACCAAGGAGAGUGUGUUUGCAGUUCCCAACAUUUGCAAAGUGAGUGAGUCUUGUGAGUUAGUGCACCCCACCUUUUAUGUAAAAGAUUGGCCGGUGGGGUGUGGGAACAGGUUGGGGCAUCUUAGCUGCUUACAUCUCUUUCAAAACUUCUUGACCUGCUCUUGUCCCUCGUAUGCUAAGCAUCUCAGAAAAGGGAGAAGGGUGACAUCAUAAACCGGAUGAUGUCAUGCAAAGUAUAAAACAAUAGCAUGUAUCCUAAGUGUCUCAGACUGGAGAAGGAUGACAUCAUAAAGCAGAUUGUGUCCAGUGAGUCAAUCUCAAAUGUUUUCCAACUAGAUAAAUGACUUAAUUAAAUAUGUAUAUUUAGGCACUGAUGCCAGGAAAGGAAAUCUGUUCAGGAUGAAAUAGUCUGUUCCCCAGGGAUGGUUUGUCCACCUGGCAACUGAAUAAGAGACUUUUCCAAAGGAAAGGAAAGGAAAUGUAGUCCUAAUUUUGUAAAUGUGGAGCAGGUGGAUUUGUAUUUGGAUAUACAGUCUGGCCUGGAGGAAGUAAAGUUGAGGGGAAAAUAGAAGACAACAGAUAUGGAGGCAAUUUAACCUAGUUUUAGAUUUAAUCAGUUUUAGAUUCCAUUUUAGAUAAACCCUGGCUUGCCAGGGCAUCUGAGCCUUAGGAACUGCCAUUAAUUUUAACUAUUCGUAAUCGCAAGAUAGGGUCACGGGUGGCGCUGUGGGUUAAACCACAGAGCCUAGGACUUGCUGAUCAGAAGGUCGGCGGUUCGAAUCCCCACAACGGGGUGAGCUCCCGUUGCUCGGUCCCUGCUCCUGCCAACCUAGCAGUUCGAAAGCACAUCAAAGUGCAAGUAGAUGAAUAGGUACCGCUCUGGCGGGAAGGUAAACGGCGUUUCCGUACGCUGCUCUGGUUCGCCAGAAGUGGCGUAGUCAUGCUGGCCACAUGACCCGGAAGCUGUACGCCGGCUCUCUCGGCCAAUAAAGCGAGAUGAGUGCUGCAACCCCAGAGUCGGCCACGACUGGACCUAAUGGUCAGGGGUCCCUUUACCUUUAAUCAUAAGAUGCUCAAGGUAAUUCAUCUGGUUCUUCCACGCCACUUUAUCUUCACAACAAUCCCAGGACUUAGGUGAGACCGGUAGAGCAACUGGCCCAGUUGAGUCUCAGGGCUGAGUAGCAAAGGGAAUCCAAUGUCUCCUCACUCUUAGUCCAACAAACAAACCAUUACACCCAACUCAGCCUCAUGUGAAGUAUGACUUCUUGAAAGCAGCAAAGAGCCACAUCUGAACAUUUUCCUGCUACUUCCCUUACUAAAAAGUAACAUAAGAAGUGAUCCUUCAUGAAUUAUUCCCAAAUGUUUUGACCCUACAAACAGAUCAGCCAGCGAUCGACUGAGAGCUAUUAAAGUAGCUCUGAAAUCUAUGACUUUUUUUGCUGUUGUUGCUGACAGCAGUCCUACACACAAUGAAGUCAUGCUUGAAACCCAGUGGCCUCCUUUGUGAAUCCAGAUCCUUAUCGACUGUUUGCUGAACUUCUACAGAUUUGUCUAUCUUUGUUAUGUCCCUAUUGGCUAGCUGUCUCACUUGCCUGUGUUGUUAGCAGAUUCUCCUGUAAGAUAUGGUAGAAUCUGCCGGUUGAACAGUUGUUAAUUCUUUAGAAGGUGAGCCUACAGAUCAAAUCGAUUUGCGUUUCCCUCACAUCUUACCAAGUACAUGUCAUUGACAUUUUAUUUCUGUAUACAGUGGUACCUCUGGUUACGUACUUAAUUCAUUCCGGAGGUCCGUUCUUAACCUGAAACUGUUAUUAACCUGAAGCACCACUUUAGCUAAUGGGGCCUCCCGCCGUCGCCGCACGAUUUCUAUUCUCAUCCUGAAGCAAAGUUCUAGCCCGAGAUACUAUUUCUGGGUUAGCGGAGUCUGUGACCUGAAGCGUAUGUAACCUGAAGCAUAUGUAACCCGAGGUACCACUGUAUCUGAAAUAAUUGUCAUUUAUAUCCUCUCUAUUUAAUUAUCUUGUUUUGUUCCUUCGUUGUUGAAUGGGCUUGACAUGUUUGCUAUCCACUAUUCUUUAAGGUGGAUUUCUAGACUUUGGUAACAUUCCUUCACAUGCCACCAUUGGAUAUAGCCUAAUCUGAUCAAAAUACUACAUUUAGGCUUUUACUCUCACCAUGACUAAUGUGCUAAAGGGCAUUGUAUGCAAAUGUUUAUCUUCUGGACUUUGAACGUCUUACUAAUGCACUUUUCAGAUUUUCCCAUCAUUAACAGAUUAGAUGAUUAGGCAACAUGGUUGGGUGGGGGUGCACAAAGAUAAUUACAGAGGCUGUCUGGUUGUAAAUUGAUCUUUAGAUACUGGUGAUUGGUAAAUGCAACUCUAGCUACUCCCAGUUACAAAAUCCUAGAUAAAAUCUUCAGUGUAAUCUGCAACCUAUACUCCCCCCCCCCCACGAAAAAAGUCCAUAGUGGUCCUGGGGAAAGAAUACACAUCUAUAAAACUUUAUUAGCAUUUGGAAAUGCAGUCAAAGUCCUUUUUCUUUGCUUCUCAUCUUGACAGAUACCUUAUUCUGGAGAUUAGAAAGAAAACUGGAUGCAUUUCCCUUUAAAUUGUAUGAAUUCUUCUACAACUGAAGCAGUGCCACCAUUUUCAAUGCCCCCUUUUACAUUUUUUUUUAAACUUACAGCAGCAUUUUCAUUUAAAAGCUGGUUUAAUUCAAAAAUAAUAAGAAGUCAGUAGGGUGAUCUCACACAUCAGCUUGAAUGCAGAUUAUUUGAGAGAAGAAAUUGUAUUUAGGGCAUAUAUUUAUCCCACAGUCAUUGGUCAUAAUGCUUUUCUGUGAAGUUUCUGCUAUACAGUGGCAUGUUUUUACAGUAACAUUUUUACUGUGCUUACUAGAGAUCACUAUAGCAGACGUUCCAAAGAGGAGGAAUUGCAGUUCAAGGUCACUGCAAUCUUACACCUGGCGUAUAUGUUUUGUUGACUCAUUAAGAGUGCAUACCUUGAUUCUAAAUGUAUUUUACUUACAAGAAAAUGCCACUAGUUUCGACAGAACUCUUCUUUUUAAGAUUACAUUGGUUAGAGCCUCAAACAACAUCCAGUAAGUCUUCAAUGCAUGUCUACCAUGCAUUAUCAUAACAGAAAUUGAUCCAGAAAUUCUUCCAUCCUUCAGAGCAGUACUGUGUAUAGUGUUGCACAUUUCUGCCACAGUUUGUCAUUGUGGGUGGACUUGCUUGGAGUCACACAUUCAUUUUGAGAUGCCUUGUGGGAUAUAGUUUUCUCUAAUCUUAGCUAUGUCACUGUGUUCAGAAGCUGUCAUAUCUGUAUGAACUAUGAUCUUGAAGUCAGAGAGAUGGGCCAUGCCUGAAACCUCAUAAAACGUUAUUUUUGAGAAAGGCAUUUUCAUGAAGCUGUUUGACAUUUUACACUUGGGUUGUGGUGACGCUAGAAUGCUGCUCUGGGCUCCUUGGAGAAAUGUUGAGAUAAAAAUAUAGUAAGUAAAUAGACACUAGGCAUUGCAAAGAGAUUCCUCUGCUGAGGAUUUGGGGUUUCAGAAAAUUUUCUAGUAUGAUAUCACAAGGAGGGUGGAAUGCAUCAAAGGAUAUGUAAGAGAUAAGUUAGAUUCUUUCACUGUAUCAUCAGGAGUUUUGGUUUUGGCAAUUGCUGACAGAUAUUUAUGAGGUUUCCAGCUAAGCACUGUAUACUGAGCUCUCAAGGGACAAAAUUUGUACUAACCAGCAGCAAGCAACAUUUGAGUUUGUCUGUGUUAUAUGUUGUUACUAUUAUUUAUUAAACGGAUUAGUUGCCUUUUUUGCCAGUGCAAUCCGAAGUGACUUACAACAAUAAAUAAUAAACAUUUAAAAAAGACAAAGAAUAGAAAAAUCUGAAAUGCUUUCAUACUUUUAAAGGCAGGAACAGAACACCCUGGUGGUUAAAGGAGACUACAGAUAAUUAAAAGACAAAGGCCUAGCAGAAAAUAAAUGUUUUUGCUGGUGCCUAAAGAUACGUACCACAGAGCCUAGGGCUUGCCGAUCAGAAGGUCGGCAGUUCAAAUCCCUGUGACGGGGUGAGCUCCCGUUGCUCGGUCCCAGCUCCUGCCAACCUAGCAGUUCAAAAUCACGUCAAAGUGCAAGUAGAUAAAUAGGUACCGCUCUGGCGGGAAGGUAAAUGGCGUUUCCAUGCGCUGCUCUGGUUCUCCUGAAGCGGCCUAGUCAUGCCGGCCACGUGACCCGGAAGCUGUACACCAGUUCCCUCGGCCAGUAAAGUCUGCGACUGGACCUAACGGUCAGGGGUCCCUUUAAAGAUAUGUAACGAUGGCGCCAGGUGAGCUUCCCUGGGGAGAGCAUUCCACAAAUGGGGAAGCACCACUGAAAAAAGGCCCAUUCUCAUCUUGCUACCCUGCGGACCUCUUGGGAAGGUGGGGCCCACAGAGAAGGAUCUUAGAUGGCAGUCACAGGGUCUGGGACAGUUCAUGUGGGGAGAGGCAGUCCUUGAGGCCCAGAGCUGCCUAAAGCUUUAUAGGUCAAAACCACCACUUUGAACUGGGCCUUGAAGCUAACUGGUAGCCAGUGUAGUUGAGUCAGGGUUGGUGUUAAUUUACUCAAACUGUCUUGCAUUCUGGCUGCCAAAUUCUGCACCAGCUGCAAUUUCCAAACCAUCUCCAAAGGUAGUCCCAUGUAUAACACAUUGCAGUAUUCUAACCUAGAGUUUACCAGAGCAUAGACAACAGAAGUUAGGCUAGCUGUGUCCAGAUAGGGGUGUAACUGAUGGAAAGCGUUCGGCACCACUGAGGACAUUUGACCCUAGGAAUUUUUGUGGUCAGCCACAAUAGCUGGAACAUGUUACCAAUGAAAAAUCUAGGCAGACAAGUAGGAAUAACCGUAAACAAGCUGGAAACCAAGCCCCAGAUUAGUUCUGUUUGGAUAUAGUGUGUGUGAAUACCAAAGACAAUAGCAUUGCAAAUAGGCAGUGUAACAUGCAUUGUUAGAAACAGGUUAACUUGCAGUGCAUUCAUAUUCUCUGCCUUGUGUAAUUAGGUAUCCUGAGACUUGCAAGACAUUGAUCACCAGCCCAAGGACUCUGCUGUGUAGUAGUAAUAAUUUUACUAUUUGUAACAGGUUACACCUGACUUGGUUGCCCAAUAAACAUUACAGGGCCUUUCCUUCUUUCUUUCUUUCUUUCUUUCUUUCUUUCUUUCUUUCUUUCUUUCUCUCUCUCUCUUCAUUUUGAAGCAUUGCAAUAAAGAUUAAAACAUUAAAAUGAAAGGUUUAAAGCCUAUCUUUAUGGAUCCAGCCAUAAUUCAGUAUUGUUUAUUGAAAGACUGCCAGUGAAAAGCACAUUAGUAAUGACUAUUUAAAUCAGAGGCACCUGUUAAUAUUCCAGCACUAUGCUCCAAAUAUUAGAUGAACAUUGAACAAAAACAUAGUGCAUCAAACUUUGUAAGUAACUGCCCCCUGCUGGCCUGGCAUUUGUUUGUGUAUAAUUGCCAGAUUAAAAUUUUCAGCAUUACGUGUAGCAUUUAAAAUGAAUCCUUUGUGCUCUAUUAGAUAAAGGAUGCCAUCCUCCCGGCUUCCUGCUCGGCAGGCAACACUUCUUUCACCCUAAAACACUUUUUUAAAGUUGUGACCUGCAGUAUUUGUGGUUGGGCAAAUAUUGAUGAUAUUAUUGUUUCACCAGCUUAAUUUUUUAUUGUUGCUUCUAUUAAUGUAUAUCUAACUGUGUUGUCUCUCCCCCCCCCCAUUUAGGUGGAGAACAGACCGAAAUACUACGGACGAGAGUAUGUAUUAAAUGAUUUGUAGGAAAAUAACUUUUAAAUGAUUUGUAGGAAAAUAACUUUUUAAGUAAUAAUUUGAUGCACGACACUGUGCAAUUUAAAAUUGCUACAAAGAGAUCAUUUAAUGUUAAUGAAGAGAUCAUUUAACUCAGUGUUAUUUCUCCAUUUCUUUCCACGUACUUACUCAGUUUUUCUUGACUUCCCAGACUCUUCGUUUGCAUGCAUAUGAAUUGUCUUUUCAGGUGGUACCUAUAGUGUAUAUACAUUUCAGUAUGUAUUUUGCAGUAGAGCAAUUCUAACCCAGCCCUGGGAACAACUGGAGAAGUGGAGCCACUGCUGUUGGUCAGGAAAGAAGGUGGCGGGGAUCUUUUUGCUUUGGUUGUUUGUUUAAAAGGAAAGACCAGCUGGGUAAAGCCAGAGGCCCAUCUAGUCCAGCAUCCUAUUCUCAUGGUGGCCAGCAGUAGCAGCACUCUCCCAGCUUGUGAUUUCCAACAGCUGGGAUUCAGAGGUCUACUUCCUGCAACAGGAGAACAAGGCCAUCGUGAGUCAUAGCCUUUGACAGCCUUAUCGUCCUUGGUAAGGUGCAGUAGAGUGGGCCACCUGUCAAUGGGCCAGCUUAAAAUCCAGGGAAUCCUUGGCCUGUUCUUCUCCACCCCAUUUUGGAAACUUGUGCUGGCUGUGAACGGCAGCUUCCAUUAAUACAAGUACAGCAAGGGCUUCUGUAGCAGUGGACCCACCCGCCGCCAGCAGAGCCAGGGAGAAGGACUCUUCCACCCAGUCUUCUUCAUUUAUUUUGUAAAUCUUAACUUAGGUCUCCUUUUCAGAAUCAUAGAGUUGGAAGGGACCACAUGGAUCAUCUAGUCCAGCUCCCUGCAAUGCCCAGUGUGGGGCUCGAACCCAGAACCUUGAGAUUAAGAGCUCUACAGACUGAGCUAUAUGAUCCAGUCUGAAUCUGGUGUUGUCUAUUCCGAACUUUAAAAUGCUGGAAAGUGUAAUGCUGGUGGUCAGCAAAAGAGGUUUAAAGACUCUCUCAAGGCAAAUCUAAUAAAAUGUAGUAUAAACACCGACAACUGGGAAACACUCGCCUGCAAGUGCUCCAGCUGGAGAACAGCCUUUACCAAAGGUGUCAUGGACUUUGAAGACACUUGAACACAGGAUGAAAGGGAGAAACGUGCUAAGAGGAAGGCACGUUUGGCAAACCCUCAACGUGAUCAACUCCCGCCCGGAACCCUAUGUCUCCAGUGUGGAAGGACAUAUGGAUCCAGAAUUGGCCUCCACAGUCACCUACGGACACACUAUUAAGACCAUGUUCAUGGAAGACUAUCUUACUCGGCCACGAGUGAUCGCCAAAGAAGAAGUAGUCAUAUAAAAUUGAUCCAAAGGCAGAAGAGCUGGGAGUAGAGGCAGAGAGCUUGCAAAAUGUUACAGAUUACUAAAACCAGGCCCUGCUAAACCCCUGGUUCCAAUAUUUAUUUAUUUAAAAUAUUUAUAUCCUGCCUUUCUAAGACAACAGCCUUUUAAGGAGGCUUUUAACAGCAGCGGAACAGCUGUAGGAAAAUCCCAAAGCAAUAAUUAAAAUGCAGCGCAAAUAAAUCAGUUGUGUAUCACCACCACGGACAGCAGAAUUCACCAAAAGCAGCCUGAGCAAAUGAAUGGAAAGUUUGUGGGCGCAAUUUUAAUCUCGAUUGCAGCAUUCUUUGCUAUUAGUUCCUCCCAAGAUGUUCCCCCUGGCAUCAGUUUGUUGUACAUAUAGAGGGACACAACCCUGUCAUGAACUAUUUUGUAGUGACUUUUAUGUGUCCUCCUUCUGUGUUUUAACACUGAGUUCCUGUGGCCUUUCUCCCAUUCAGAGUUAUUCUCUAACCUGAUGGCUUUCUGUUCCAUCAGGUUUCAUGGGAUCAUUUCUCGCGAGCAAGCCGAUGAAUUGCUUGGAGGUGUAGAAGGAGCAUAUAUUCUCAGAGAGAGCCAGCGGCAGCCUGGAUGCUAUACCCUAGCUCUCAGGUGAGCUUUGCUGCUUCUGUUUGCAAAUUUUAAGAAGUGUUUGUUGGCCAUUGGGAACCUGAAGGAAUCGUGGUUAUAACAACUAUAUGCAAAACAGUAUACUUUUAAAAAUGGUAUGAUGUACGGUAGUCUGUAACGUCUUAGAUAUUACGAUCCAUUAAACUUUAAAGCAUAUUUUUUUGCAGACUCAAUAGUUGAUUUUAUGCACUUUUUGUGAUAAUAAUAAUUUAUUAUUUAUACCCUGCCCAUCUGGCUGGGUUUCCCCAGCUACUCUGGGCAGCUCCCAGCAGAAUUAAAAGCACAAGAAAACAUCAAACAUAAAAAAAACUUCCCUAAACAGGGCUGCCUUCAGAUGUUUUCUAAAAGUCAGAUGGUUGUUUAUUUCCUUGACAUCUGAUGGGAGGGCGUUCCACAGGGCGGGUGCCACUACCAAGAAGGCCCUCUUCCUGGUUUCCUGUAACCUCACUUCUCGCAGUGAGAGAACUGCCAGAAGACCUUCGGAGCUGGACCUCAGUGUCCGGGCAGAACGAUGGGGGUGGAGACGCUCCUUCAGGUAUACUGGGCCGAGGCCGUUCAGGGCUUUAAAGGUCAGCACCAACACUUUGAAUUGUGUUCGGAAAUGUACUGGGAGCCAAUGUAGGUCUUUCAGAACUGGUGUUAUGUGUUCUCGGCCGCCACUCCCAGUCACCAGUCUAGAUGCAUCCAAAGGCCAGUAACAGCCACAGAGUACCCCCCAAAUAAUUCACAUUAUAUCAACACCAUCACCAGUUAGAACUAAAAUUAUACCAGUUAUAACAACAACAACAACAACAAUUUAUUAUUUAUACCCCGCCCAUCUGGCUGGGUUUCCCCAGCCACUCCAGGAAGCUUCCAACAGAAUAUUAAAAUACAGUAGUCUAUUAAACAUUAAAAGCUUCCCUAAACAGGGCUGCCUUCAGGUGUCUUCUAAAAGUCUGGUAGUUGUUUUCUCUUUGACAUCUGGUGGGAGGGCGUUCCACAGGGCAGGUGCCACUACCGAGAAGGCCCUCUGCCUGGUUUCCUGUAACUUGGCUUCUUGCAGCGAGGGAACCGCCGUGAAUUGUAUUUAACCAUGAUUUAAGAGUAUAUUGGGUACAGAAAACGUAGAGCGGCUAACCUGUGACACUCUGGAGCUGAUUAAGUUAUCUACCCCUAGUGCAAAUGAAGAAGGCUGCCUUAUUAUGCUAUGAGCACUGCAUUUGCACAUAAGGGGGUCGCAGGCUAUCUUGAGUCUCUCAUCAACUUCACUUACUGAUUUCUAAACCCUAUUUAAGCAAUAAAGUGAAUUGUACGCCACAGAUUGUACAAGACUUUCUAUCACCUCGUCCCCUGUGAUGAGCAAGGUUCCCCCUGGUAACUUCAGACAUAGCUAAGUGCCACAUUGGCUCUGAUUUGAGCUGAUAUUAAAGACACAUAGCUGGUUUUGAUUCUUGUGUAAGAGGACACCCUGCUAUACCUUAGUUUACUAAUGCAGUGUUGUGACUGUUUAACCACAGUUAAGAACAGCAGGAAAAGAGCAGAAGGGAAGCAGGGAUUGCAUUAGUCCAAAGUUCUCUUCUGAGUGCAGUUGGGGAUGUUCUGCACCGGUCUAUAACACAUGUUCAUGCAGCCCUGGCACAAACCUGUUUCAUCUGAAUAUAUACUGGUUCCUUGAGUCUGUACUCCGUCCUCCAGCUUUAUAGCUAAUGAGGAACAUGGCCUUUUUAUAGCCUGCAUCAUCUGAGAAAUCAAUGUUUUUAGUGUUCAAACACUAAUGCAACAACUUCAUUUUGUUUUAAUGCAGGUUUGGCAAUCAGACCUUAAACUACAGGCUUUUUUACGAUGGAAAGCACUUUGUAGGGGAAAAGAGGUUUGAGUCAAUACAUGAUUUGGUAACAGACGGCUUGAUAACGCUGUACAUAGAAACCAAGGCUUCUGAAUAUAUUUCAAAAAUGACGACAAAUCCUAUCUAUGAACACAUUGGAUAUGCCACUUUGCUUAGAGAAAAAGUAUCCCGGAGACUGAGUAGAUCAAAAACUGAAUCGAGGAAAGCUAGUGUAACCACAUGUGAAGAAAACGCACCAGUUGAAAAGGUAAGGUGAUUCAUAAGGAAAUCAAUCCAUAUAUAGAUCUGCCUUUAAAAAAUGCAUCUGGGGCACUCAGUCAUCAACUAACUUUUAGUCAAAGUAAACCCACUGAAAUGAAUGGACCUCAGUCAUGGCCGUUAAUUUCAGUGGGCCUACUCUGAGUAAAUGUUAGUUGGCUACAACCCAAUGUAUUUGUUUAUAUGUUAACAUUUGAGGUGCAAGCAGAAAGCUGAAAUCAGAUCUAUGAAAUUAUUCUGUUCCUCCAUUGGGAAUGAACUCCAGAUGAUUGCAUGCCCUGCCUACAAUAGCUUCCCGUUGUAACAACAACAACAACAACAACAACAACAAUUGUAUACCACUUUUCCUCCCUAGAUCUCAGGGUGGUUCCUUUCUGCACUUAAGAAAUAUGUGUCCAGGUAGCAUCUCCCAGAUAAAAUAAGUGGAAAAAAGCACCUGAGCACAUACAAAUAUUUAAAUUCAAAUGAGAAGCUAGGUCUCUUGAGCUCAGCAUUGUAUACAUCAAUAAGCAGUACCUCUCCAGGGUUUAAGGCAUAAUUCCCCCUCUCCCAGUCUUACCUGGAGAUGCUGGUGAUUGUAACCUCCCCACCUGGUUUGCAGUAUCUGUCUAAAAGAGAAUGUAGCCUUGCUAUUGAUUCCUGAAUGUAAGAAUUUGUGCUGAUUGCCUGUUCACCAGAUCUCAAGUUUGUUAGCCUUUAACACAAAGUUCAAAUCUCUGCUUUACUAUUUUGGUGAAUGGGCCUGAUUUUGGGGGCGUGGCUUUUCUUUCUUUCCAUCUUUGCUUUCAAAGUUGUUUUUGUAGUAGCUGAGCAAACAAGUAGUAGUUAACAUAAAGCAAUUCAUGGAGAAAUGCAGCUGAAAUCAGCUUGAAAUGUGUGACAAAUGAUGAAUAUUCUUAUAAGAGGUUGUGUGUUCCCGCAGAUUGAAAAAUAUUUCAAAUGAAACCUCUUUUCUGGUGUAAGUGCUUUUGAAGGUUAUUUAAUACAUAAUUCACGUAAUGUGUUUGCAUCACAAUCAAGAUUAUGUUGUUGACCGGCGUCUGAAAAGCAGUGCCUGACUGCUGGAGGAUAUAAUUUAUAGUUUUUAUUUAUGAUACUGUUUCAGUCCCAUAAGGACAUUUCUAAAGACAUUCUCUGUUCAAGACAGCAAACGUCUUAAGUUGAACUGGCUUUCGUUUCUAGUGCAAAUGACCAAGGAAGACAUAAGCAGAGUGAAAUACACAAGAAAGCUUUAUUUAAUAAUAUUUAGAGCAACUGACAUUUCAGGCUUUUGGAAACAGUAACACAAAUUAAACUCAAUUAACUAUAAAUUACUAUUAUUUAAGAGACACGUUCCCAGAAUAGAAAAGCACCUUACAAGGCUGUGAUGAGCUGUUUUUUGGAUUUUAUAUCAGCAUAGUUCAAAAUCUGAGAGCUUCACUGUCAGAAAAAGGAAGGAAUCAUAGAAUUGCAGAGUUGGAAGGGACCAAGAGGGUCAUCUAGUCCAACCCCCUGCAAUGCAGAAAUCUUUAUGGCCCAAAAUUUCAAGUUGUCACACUUCUGACAAUCAGAUCACUGUAGUUUUAAACCCUGGCCAAUGGAUCCAUGUGCAUACCCUUACGCUAUGCAUGUGCUGCUUCAUGCAACAAUAUUUGCAUGCUCACCUGCUGAAUACAUUGUGCCACCCAUUAUUUCAGGUAUGGAGAAAAGAGGGGGGAAACUUAAGUUCAGAUUCUACCACGCCAUCUGCAAAAACUUUCCAACAGACGAUUUUGUGAGAACUGGUGGUACAGGACAUAAACAAAUUAAGCCACUGCACACCACCCUUUAUACAACACUGGGUGUUGGAGACGGUCGUUGAUUAGUGUGGCAUAGGGGCACUAGUUUGUAAUUUGAGGAAAUAGUUUUCUAUCCCAAAGAAACAUUUCCUCCUAACUGAUAUGAAAUAGGUUUCCUGCUAUCAAUAUUCCUCCAGUCUUUUAAGUCAACACUACUAUUCUGCUUAUAAACAGAAUAAAUUUAUGAGUGGAACUUGGGAAGCAGGUUUGGGUUGUUGGUUUUCCUUGUAUUCGUUGUUCCAUCUCCCAGUCUCCAAGCCGUGGUCCCUGAAAUGUGUUAAGAAAAAUGCUGCAGGAAGUACCGGUAAAUGUAUUGUUGAUAGCCGUAGCAAAAAAAAAUUUUUCUCAUUGGAGUACUUUGCAUUACAUUCCAGAAAAAUCUAAUUUGUGAUGGUUGGCAAAGACCAUUAUUAGUAUGGGAGAAAGGAUUUUAUCUAUGCUGUAUAGAACCAUAACAUGUUGUGACUGAAGCAGGGCAGGGGACAUAAGCUAUUUUGGCAGAGCAACUGCUACCCCUCAGAACCUCUUAGAAACAUCCCUGCUUUUAAGAUACGGUAUAGAAUCAUAGAAUUGUAGGGUUGGAAAAUACCCGGAGGGUAAUCUAGUUCAACUCCCUGCACUGCAGGAAUCUUGACUAGAUCAUACAUGACAGGUGGCUAUCCAACCUCUGCUUAAAAACCUCCAAGGAAGGAGAGUCCACCACAUCUUGUGGAAGUCUGUUCCACUGUCAAACAGCUCUUACUGUCAGCAAGUUCUUCCUGAUGUUUCAUCGGGAUCUCCUUUCUUAUAAGUUGAAUCCAACGGUUCAGGUUCUAGCCGCUGGAGCAGGAGAAAACAAGAUGGCUCCAUCCUCCAUGUGGCAGCCCUUUAGAUAUUUGAAAAUGGCUAAAGGAGAGAAUGUCAACAGGAGAAUGCUAGGUAUGCAAUUAACUCAUCAGUUAAAAUCAGCAUGACUUAAAUUUUGGAUUUGGCGCUUUUAGAAAACCAGAAUGAGGCAAAUGGGCAUGACUAUUUUUGUGUAUACAGUGGUACCUCUGGUUACAAAUGCUUCUGGUUACAAAUGCCUCAGGUUACAAGCUCCGCUAACUGGGAAGUAGCUGCUCCUGGUUGCGAACUUUGCCCCAGGAUGCGAAUGGAAAUUGCGUGCCGGACAUGUGCCCGCAACGGGAGGCCCCAUUAGCGAAAGCGCGCCUCAGGAUAAGAACGGUUUCAGCCUAAGAACGGACCUCCGGAACGAAUUAAGUUCAUAACCAGAGGUACCACUGUACUUGGUAAAAUUGAUUAUAUUUACAUAAUAGUAUCUGGAAGUUGCUUAAAUAACUUUUACUCCCAUUUUGGAGUAGGUAAAAUAAAGUUUGUUGGUUUGUUUCAGUUAUCUGCCCAGAUAGUUUAGAAUUCUCAACAAAAAGACAUCUUUAAAAACGUACUGAAGGAAUUAACGCUUUAAUGUUGCCCUGAAAAAAGGGCUUGCAAACAUUUCAAACAUAGUUUAAACUUCUGCAGUGAUUAGGAGAGGUUAAGUCGGUUUUUUUGAAAAAAAGAAAGAAAAUGAAACAUCACCUUUUAUUGAUAGCAUUUCAGAAGCCAAGAAACUACUGCAGAGGGCAUUAAUUUCCCUGAUAGGUUUGUUAAACCAUUUGUGGGAUGUAGUUAUUCUUCCCUGCACGAAAGGUUGACAACAGAAAUCAUUGAAUGGCUCAGUCAUUCCUGAGACUUUCCCCCUUCGGGCAGGUCAGCGGAAGGUUGUUACAAUGCCACUAACUAGGAAGAGAAUGCAUAACUUGGAACUGCCUGAGGAAUCUGUCCACUCUCAUAAUACAGUUUCCAGGAAGUUAUAAUUAGUAGUACUGUGCCAGACCCCAUAAGAAAAAUGAAACGCAUAUUCCAAAUUAGUUGCUUUUCUUUGGGUCUUUUUCAUCCAAAUAAUUAUAUAGGUCAGAAAUCAUCAUCAUAAAAGAAAAAUAUUUAUCUGUCAUUAUCCCUCAAACUAAAAAAAAUAGGCAUUCCACUCUUGCUGUAUUAAAAAUAGGCAAUAAAUGAAUGUAUAAAUGCAUGAAUGUUCAUGCAGCACUUUUUUAAAAAAACCAGGUGAAUAGCCACUUUAAGAAUGGGGGGGCGGCGGCUGCACCAUUGUUCAGUUUUCUCAUAUGAAGGCCUGUCAUUGCACAGCAUUUGCCUAUUGCUUUUAUAUUAAGUCUGCUUCAUCCAAAGGUCUUCUAGCUUCCUCCAGUAAAACAGGUUGCUAGUAUACAACACACAUCUGAAGGGUUUUGUCUGUUUCUUUUGAAUUGAGCAUGUGAUUCGAACUUGGAAAUUAUCCCGCAUUCCCAGAAAAGUGAAUACUUGCCAGUCUUUUUUUGUGUGUGCAAAAAUUGACAUAAUACAUCAUCAUAGCAAGUAUAAUUCAUAGACUCCUGGUGAAUCAGCAACACCUUCAUUGGGGCUCAAGGGCAUGCUGUUGAACUCCCCCGCCGCCGCUGACGCCGCCUCUAAUAAGGUCUAGCUAUUCUGUCUUUAAACAAACACUGCAUUUACCUUACCAAUAAAGUACAGUCGUACCUUGGAAGUCUAACGGAAUCCAUUCCGGAAGUCCUUUGAACUUCCGAAACCAAAGCACGGCUUCUGAUUGGCUUCAGGCAGCUCCUGCAGCCAAUCGGAAGCCGCGCCGGACGUUUGGCUUCCGAAAAUUGAUCGAAAACCGGAACACUCACUUCUGGUUUUUGAUCAUUUGGGAGCCGAUUUGUUCAGGAGCCACAGCGUUUGAGAUCCAAGGUACGACUGUAAAAGCAGAAUGUGAAAUGUAGUCCCAAAGUAGGAAUGCUGGAAUAAUCCUACCAGUAAAACAACAGCUUUAUUGUCUGUAGGUACUUAAAGCAAUUUUUGUUAGUAUUUUGUAUUUUUUGGCGUUUUAUGCUUUAGUAUAUCUCUGUACGUUGUUGUGCAUCGACUUGAUAUUUUAUAUUAUUCAGUGGUUUAUAAUGUUAUAUAUAUAUAAAUGAAUAAAGCUCUGAGGAGCUAUAGAGCCAUAUUUAUUCAUUUUUUUAAAAUGCCAUUCUGUUUUCCCAUGCUCUGUGGCACAUUCAAAUAUUGAUCAUAACAUUUGGUCCAUUCUUAGUCAUUAAAAACGAGCUUAGAAGUGGACAUGCUAUGAAACUGUGGCUAAAUUGCAUCAGCAGUACAUGUAUUUAAAGUGUAGCCGAAGCUCGAGCUGUAAAAAUUGCAUGUGGAACAGCUACUGAAAACUUCAUAAACAAUUUCCCGUUAAAGAUGAUACAGUGGGACAUCCAUUUCCUGCCCAGAUUUCUUCCUUUGUGCAAUCACUGGAAAAUAGAAGGCAGCUCUGUAGGCACAAAUCUAUAUUUGAUUAUCUCACCGUGUUUUCUGAGACGGAGAAUGUAACAGUGCAAUAAUCUUUCACCUAUCAUUGUGUCCAAGUCGCCCAGUGUGCUUUUCAAAUACAGGACUUGUAAUUCUAUGUAAAUUGAUGUAGCUUCCUUUCCACAAGCAGAAGGUUUUGAGUUAUGCAGUUCAAAGAAGCCCUCUUUUGCACUCAGUUUUACUUUUUGAAAACAUUUUCUUCCAUGCAACCUUCAUUCAAAGAUGCUGAUUAGUUACUUGAACAAGUUGGCAUAUAGAGCACUUAAUGGCUUUGGAUCAGUUUACUUGAGGGAUUGCCUUGCCUCAUAUAUGCAUUGUUUUACCAGUUUGUCAAAGUUACAAAGUGCCAUAUAUUGCUUGUUCUAUAUAUGUGAGGAGCUGAUAUUUUUAUGUGGCAUCAUCACCUUAAUGCAUUGGAACACCCUAUUGACACUAGACAUGUGUCCUCAUCAUUGCUGUUUUUCUAGAAAAAGACCUGCUGGAACUCACCACGAACGCCUCCCUUGUUCUCUUAUCAUGGCAAUGGCUCCCACUAGAGAGGUGCCAGAACUGAGUUCUGGCAAGUUCCAGCUGGAAAAAAAAGCCCUGGUUCUCAUUAUAAUUAGAUGCCUGCUGGAAACUUUUUUAUUUCAACAAGUCUCCCCAGACAUAUAAUUUAGUUAUGUAUAUUCAUUUUUUUAAAUUUUUUGCUGAUUGUAUGUAUGUUUUCUUGAUAAUUAUUUUAUACUUGCUGCUUAGAGAUUUUUCUGAUUAAGUGAUCUAUGGUUUUUCAUAUCUGUACUAAGGCUAUUGACUCAGUCAUAACAUGUAACCUUUUUAUUUAAAAGGCUAGGUAAAAAUAGGUAGCUACCUUAACUCAUAAACUGCCUUGUUACUGAAUCCUUGAGGAAGGAAUCAAGUAAGGCUUACAUUUCAUAAAAGUGGGGGUGAUUUAUUGGCGGAGCUACAUGUUUCAAACACUAGAUGGCAGCUUUACUUAAGAGUUUUUAUGGUUUUUGUUUUUAACUUUUUUUAAAAAAAAGAUACAGUAGCUUCAUGUGCUUUUCUGGUUUGUUUAUUUAUUUAGUGUGUUUAUCCUGCCUUUUGGGAUAAAACUCUCCCUAGCAUCAAAGAAGUACAUCUCAAACAGCAAAACGAGACCAGUGCCCCCAUGUUAACUUCAGAAAUAAAGCAGAAAACAAUAUGUGGUUUAUUGCAAGGUCACAUGAUUCAGGAUCAACCCUCUGAGAAAUUUGUCUACAUAUACCCUUGCCCUGUUUAGUCUUCAAUAUGGAUGCAAAUUAAUAUUACAUGUUUACAUUUACAUAUUUAAAUGUCUGUGAAGGGUACAUUUAUCUGGCAAAGCUUUAACCUGAGCAGUGUAUGCAAGCAGGAGGAAAUAUUAUUUCUGGGAAUUAUUGCUGUAGAAACCUUUCCAAAUUUUUUGCAUACAUUGUUCGUUACAUAAACUUCUUGGACAACAGGCUUGUUUUAAAAGCAUUGGUGUUUUAAAAGGGCUUGUUAAAUAGUAAGCACAUUCUCUUUAAAAAAUAUAUCCUAAAUUGACCUGUUUACUGAGGGUGCUUAAUAUAUUAAAUGGGCCAUUCAGAUAUUGCAAGUGGGUUGUUUCCAAGUUUUAAAGAAAUACUUACCAGGUUUUUCCUAUUUGGAAAUACCCCAAUUCUAUGAAAGAGGGCAAAAUAACCACCUUAAUGUUAAGACAGAAUUUUUAGACAAGAUAGUAUUGUCACACAAAAUGGACUAAUGUACACACCCUAGUUUUACAGGGCGCCACUUUCCCAUCUCCCCCUUUUCACCGGCAGUUGCAGCCUAAUUCUAUGCAUGUUUACUCGAAAGCAAAUCUCACCCAGCUCAGUGGGGUUUAGCCCUCAGGUCAGUUGUGCAUAGGAUCACAGCCUGAAAGCCAUUUCCGGUACAACAUUUAGCAAGCGCGGCGUGGCUCCUGGAUCGAUUCCUGUGAGACCUGUGUGCCCUUACUGCUAGAUAAAAAUGAUCCUGUGAGCUGAGGCCUGAUUCCUGGAAGAGUGCAGUAUUUGAAGAUCUGUCUGUGCGCAGCAGGGAUUCAUGACCCAAUUGGACAAAACAUGUUCACUGUCUAUAGCAUGACCCAUUUCAGUAGCAGACCUGAGGCUGAUAAAUAUUUUUUUUUUCCUAAUCAAAACCUUAAAGACGAGUGCUGGAGGCCCUCAGAUUUGCUAAGCCGGUUCUUAAUGGCAGUCGGUAAUUGAAUAGAAAAGCAGGGCUUGUAAGCAAUCAUCCGACCCUCUCCAUUCUCCUUUUUGUGUGUGUGUGUGUGCUUUUACUGUUGCUGCCUCUCUAUCAGCAACAACAUGUGCCUCUGAAAGUGGCUGUCAGCCUUCCAAUCCCAUCUGCCAAGCUGUCUGUUGCCAGGCUUCCUCUUCAGCUCCCAGGUUGCUGCGUCCUGUCUUGUUUUGCUGUUUACACGCAACCCCCCGGCUCUCUUCAGAGUCACCUCUCAAACCUCAAGUUGUAUUUCCUGCCCAGAUACGGGUGAUCAUUAUGAAGUCGUCGCCCUUGGAUUUUCAGCUGAAUCAGGGAACUUUUCCGCUAGGUUUAUUUAAAAAAAACCAGGGUGGAUAGCGGAUACGAUCUCGUACAGUCGGUAUUCUGUAUGAGUUUUUGCAUUUUUAUUCUACAUCUCUCAUUGAUUCUGGAACUUUGUGUAGCUCUUUCCCAUCUGUUUUUAAACAGGGUAUUAUAGCUUACUAAUUCGCUUCCAGGGUUAGGAGAUGGUCAUUUUAAAAAUAACACGUGCAUCUUUACAUGUGCAUCAAACUACCAUGUGAAGUAUUUUGUAUAGGCUUUGUUUAUUAUGUGGAUGUGACACUGUUUCUGUUAUUACUUCCAAUGCUGCGAAGAAAGGCGUUGUUGCCCCAUUUUACAAAGCAGUGAAUUGAAACGGAGAGUUUCUGGCUUUCCAGGGUAAAAAUCUAGUCAUUCAAACAAGGCGUUGAAUGUCACUUCCUUAUACAUAGGAACUGGAUCCUGUUUGAGUCAUUUGAAGCAGGCUUCAGAUAAUGCCGGCUACAAAAGUGUUGACAAAAUAAUUUCUUUGUCAUCAAACGUUAUGAUCAUUUUUUUUUCAGGUGCCCUGUGUGGCACCUUUCAUUAGGGUGCUAUCAUAGAAAAGUAAUGUAAAUACCCUGAAAAGAUAUAUAGGACUAUAUGUAUUUUUUUAAAGAAUCAAAGUGGGGGUAGGGGUAUAAAUUAGCUUCCAUGUACGCUAACCCUAACACCAGGCCCAGGGCCUUUGUUCACCCCUGGCAUUCUCCUCAGGCAGCGCCACUCACUCCUCAUGCUUUACACCAUCUUUGAUGGUGAUUUUGGUCUGGCCAGAAUGUUUUUUUGAACUUUGAUAAUACCUUUAGUUUUUCUGCACAGAGGAUAAAGGAGAGAGAGAGAUUGAGAGAGAGAGAGAGAGAGAGAGAGAGAGAGAGAGAGAGAACUAGCCUAUUGCGCAAAAGCAACAUUUGCGUGGCGAGGUCCCCAGGGCCACCCCAAUAACUCACACAUCACACAGAAUUUUUUGUUUAAGAUUUUUGGCAUAAUUUUGGCCACAACUUUAUUAAAAUACAAAUUUGUGAGUGGUUGCUUAGGCAUUGGUUGCGACUAUCUGCCCCCACCAUGGGGGACAGACUGACAUUCCGCACGAUGCGAAAGUCAGAAUAGGGGGUAGCGACGGAGCAGGGAACCUGCCCUCACCCCAAAUGCAACCAGGAGCUCAUUGCUAUGGCCCGAGCCCCCUUGACAGAGUGGACAAGCAAUAGUUAGCCCCCAGUUCCUUUAACGGAAUCCCUUGCAGCAGCAGCAUUAGAGGGGCAGGCACUCAACCUACCAAGGGCAGGCACUCAACCACUGCCCUUCAACCAACCAAACCAUAAACCAAUGCCUAACCACAACCUUACAAGUUGUGACGAUUUGCUAAGCAGUAGGCAAAAACCAAAGGGCCCCAGCCAAUCAGCCAGAUGGACAAAAUUCCUACCGGGCCCCUGCCCCAAGAGCAGAUGACCGCAUGACAGGCAUAGCAAGGUCAAAGCAAACAACCCUAAUUCUAGGGGGGGGGGGAGAGACGGGCAAUCGGAUGCACAGUCGAAAAGAGGAAGCCCUAGCCUCGUGCAAGGAGUUUUAGCAUUUCUGGCUGUCAAUCAACAAAUGGCAACAUUAACUUCUUCCCAACAACAAGGGAAGCCCCAAUCGCAUCAGUGGCCAAUGAUCAAUUAGCCCGCCCCCAACUUUGGAGUGUCCUGGCGGCCACCACCGCAACACGUGCUCUCCAUGAAGGAGAACACACUUUAUAUUGAUUGCUCCACCCAUGUUUCUCUCUGCCCACCUACCCACCGGUGGCAUGGGUCUCCCAGAAGGGAAUGCAGCCUUCUGAUAAAUGUUCCCCACCCCAAGAUUAAAAAAGGACCCCUGGACGGUUAAGUCCGGUCAAAGGCGAUUAUGGGGUUGCAGCGCUCAUCUACUUUUAGGCCGAGGGAGCUGGCGUUUGUCCACAGACAGCUUUCUGGGCCAUGUCCAGCAGGAUUAAACCACUUCUGGUGCAACGGGACACCAUGACAGAAACUGGAGCGCACGGAAAGGCCAUUUGCCUUCCCACCACAGUGGUACAUAUUUAUCUACUUGUACUAGUGUGCUUUCGAAGUGCUAGGUUGGCAGGAGCUGGGACAGAGCAAUGGGAGCUCACCCUGUCGCGGGUGGCCCUCAGCGCUGGACCUCAGUGUCCGGGCUGAACAAUGGAGGUAGAGACGCUCCUUUGGGUAUACUGGGCCAAGGCUGUUUAGGGCUUUAAAGGUUGUGCUCAGAAACGUUAGAGAGCUGGACUAGAACUAAACAGGUUCAAAUUCCUACUCAGCCACGAAGCUCACUGGGUGACCUUGCACCAGUCACCACCUCUCAGCUAACCUACUUUAGAGUGGUUGUGAGGAAAAAUUUCUCCCUGCCUGAGCUCUAUGGAGGAAGGGCAGGGCUUUAAAAUGCAAUAAUAAACUUAAGAACCUUUAUGUACUUUAAUGAAUAAAAUAACCCCAGCUAUGUCUACCUGUCGGUUUAGAACUCAGCUACCCAGUCGCACGAGCAGAAGCUAGCACAAGGACUCCUGCUUGUGCAAAAGGGCUUUCCCCAUCUAGUUCUUCCUUCCAUGCACCCCCAUGGAGCCCCCCCCCAAAUCCUCUCUGGACUGUCAGGAGAACUGCCAGAACAGCACACGGGAGGAGAUAAGAGAUGAUUCCAUUGGGCCCAUCAAUUGACGGAAUGAUCUUCUUAGCACGACAUAGAAUUCCAACCCCAGUUUGUGCUUUAUGCUCAGGAAGUACCACUGAAAACACUUUACAUAGCCCUUGGUUUUAACUUGUGACAAUACUGAAUUGAUCACGUUAGGAGAAAGCCGUAAGCCUUCGCUGCCCCUGCCCCCACUUCUCUGCAGGCGCAGGUUUCCUAGUUUGUCUUAUGCCGCUGCACUGUUGAAAGUGAUUAUUUUCCCAGCUGGCCUGGAAAGCUGCAACAAAGAAAGAACCGCAAGAGGGAAGGAUUUGAAUUGUGACAGUGGAGUAACAUCUGCUCUCUCUUUCAUGGCCCUCUCCACUUUGAAAUCAUAAUGCCUGCUCAUUGCAUUCACAUGGCUUGUGUGCUUUUAAUGAUAUAGAUGUAUGAAAAGAGAUUGGAAGAUCUCCAGCUGUUAACAAUGACUCUGGGGUUUUUUUUAAAAAAAACAAACACUUUGGGGUAGAAGCAAAGCAGGCAUCUCCCUUUGAUUUCAUAUUAAUCUGAUUAAUACACUUUCCUAAUUCCAUGUGUUCUUUGAUGUAUAUUGCAAGGAAGCUGAGUGGCCAUAGAACCAAGCCAAGAAUGGUAUUUUUAGCAUAGAGUUCCCUUGUAGAGUAGACUAGAUCAAACUGUGCACAUUUAUAAUCUGGGCUAGUACAAUUUACAAUUAGACAAGUAUUUACAGAAUUACAGCGUUUUUUAAAUUUGGUUUUGGUUUUGGUUUGCAUUUUUCAUGCACCUUUAGUUUCCUUUCUUAUUUUCUCCCACUUUAUCUUGUUUAACUGAAACAUUUUCCAUUUAAAAAAUUAAAAUUAAGAAAUGACUGCUGCUGGUAGACAGGCAUUUGUAGUAGUGCUUGAUAUGUAAGCAAUUCCCGCCCACCCCCCACAAAAGAAAUAACAGUGAAGGCUUGCUAAGGAUAUGGGGGGGGGGUGGAGCUUCCCCAAGAAGCUUGUGGACAGCCUAGCACAGGAAUAACUGCUUGUAAAUUCAGUGGGACUUGCUAUGUAUUGCUGGGCAAUGUUUUGCAGCUUCAAUUAGGAACUUGGAAUGAUGUUUAAACAAUAGGUAAAGGUAAAGGGACCCCUGACCAUUAGGUCCAGUUGUGGCCGACUCUCGGGUUGCGGCGCUCAGCUCACUUUAUUGGCCGAGGGAGCCGGCGUACAGCUUCCGGGUCAUGUGGCCAGCAUGACUAAGCCGCUUCUGGCGAACCAGAGCAGCGCAUGGAAAUGCCGUUUACCGUACCUUCCCACUGGAGCAGUACCUAUUUAUCUACUUGCACUUUGAUGUGCUUUUGAACUGCUAGGUUGGCAGGAGCAGGGACCGAACAACUGGAGCUCACCCCGUUGCGGAGAUUCAAACCGCCGACCUUCUGAUCGGCAAGUCCUAGGCUCUGUGGUUUAACCCACAGUGCCACCCGUGUCCCGUUUAAACAAUAAUGAGUCCUAAAUUAAUGCAAGGGAGAUUACACUUCUGGUCCAGAAAUGCAAUUACUUUUUUCCAUAGCAGCAGGAUCUUCCUCUCAGUGUUUUCAUUGGAUAUGUAAUGAAUCAGUCUUGUAGGCUGACAUAUGAUUCCCAGAAUGUCAAGAAGAAGGCAUGAUGUGCACUUCUUCAUCACAGGGCCAUACUCAGUAGCAUGAAAAGACCCGACACAAUAUUGCUGCCAAAGCAGACCCAAAUGGGUCAGCUGUAACAGUCAGAACUGCCCUGCACACAGCACUACUUGAAAAGAUGUGGAUGGCUUAUCAGCAAUUCAUUUAAGUCAAAGGCGACUAUGGGGUUGUGGCCCUCAUCUCACUUUCAGGCCGAGGAAGCCGGCAUUUGUCCACAGACAACUUUCUGUGUCAUGUGGCCAGCAUGACUAAACCGCUUCUGGCGCAACGGAACGACGGAAACAAGAGCGCACGGAAACGCCGUUUACCUUCCCACCGCAGCGGUACCUAUUUAUCUGCUUGCACUGCCGUGCUUUCAAACUGCUAGGUAGGAGUUGAGACAAAGGAGCUGAGACAAAGCAAUGGGAGCUCACCCCGUUGCGGGAUUCGAACCGCCGACCUUCUGACCGGCAAGCCCAAGAGGCUCAGUGGUUUAGACCACAGCGCCACCCGCGUCCCAGCAGUUCACUUACACAACAUCCGAAGGGCUGGUCAGGCAAGUAAGGUAAACCCAGUAGCCCAAGCUUGCUGGCCGUUCUUAAGCGAGCAGGUUGUACAUGCUCAUUCUGACAGGUCAGAGGGCAUUACUCUAUUGCACUUGCAAGGAAUUCUUCUGUUGUAGUGGCGCAACCCACUGCUAGUGCUACAGCUGCUAAAGUAGCUGUGUGGGAUUGGCUUGCAUAGGGUUGGCACUUGUUUAUCAAAUGCUUCAAAAAAUGGUCUGCUUGUUACAGAUUCAUAUGCAAAGAACAUAACAGUUUUACUGCAGCAGUUAAGAGAAAGAGUCAUGCGUUCAUGUAAUCGCUAUCACUUUUUGUAAAAAACCAAUUCACUUAGACAGAAUUAAGUAUUUGAGGUGAGAUAUGUGUGUGUGUGUGUGUGUGUGUAUAUGUGUAUAUAUAUAUAUCCUCUUUCCCUCAUAACAUUCUCUGUGAAGUUGAAAAGUCUGCCACUGCUGCUCUGAGGCAUACUAUUCCCCGCCCCUGCGUGCAACAUGUAAUUAUAUAUGAAAUAUGGUAAUCUCAAUUGUUUCUUUCUAUUAAAGAAAAGGCAAUGAAAGUAUUUGAACUUCUUUUUUAUAUAUAUAAAAAAGCCCACUGUAUUUUUCAUGAGCUAUUUGCAUGUCAUUACUCCAUUUAUUGUUCAGUUAAUAAUGAUCUUUUUGAAGUAGAAAACGCAUACUAACAAAUAUUGCACCAAUUUUACAAUAGCCCGUGUGAGACCAUGGGGCAUUUUGGAUUAGCUAUGCAUCAUGGGUAAUCCAGGUUUAUCUUUUUGUUGUUGUGGUGAGUUGGCAGUUCAUUGUGCUUUAAAAUACUUCUCUUGGUCUUAAUUUCAUUUUUUGCUUUAUCUUAAUUUAGUUGCUGAAAAUAGAUGACAAAAGCUUUUAUGGAAUUAGGGCUGGCAACUGAAGAGAGAUCUGUCCAAAUGGCUGACAGGUCUUUAGGUUCCAAUACAUUAAGAAAGGAGGCGUGAACAGAAAGGAUUUGAAUCCCGCACUUGAGUACAAAUUCACACAAUAACCACAGUCUGAAUCUUUGUUUUAUUAUUUUUAUCCUCGUGGCCUUUUUAUUCUCUUACAAUACAAUAUGAGCCAUUGAAUGAACACGGACCCUAUAAUGUUCAUUUACAUAACAUAUUUUCAUUUUACCGCUAGCGAAAAUUGCUGUGUAGCACAUUGGUAUGUCACACUGAUUUCCACCCUUAAUUGUUCGCUCACAAAGCAGCCGCUCAAGUCAUUUAUCCUCUUAAUACAGCAGCUGAAAGCCAGACAGCAGUACAACCUGGUUCAAAGUCCAUUGAAGUCAACUGAGAGGUUCCUUUUAAUUUCACUGGGCUUUGUGUCAGCUCUUCAAUUCUGCAUACAAUUCUGUGACCAAAGCAAACUGCCCGAGAUUUGAAAAGGCUUGCAGUGUUUACUAUUUAUAAGUAAAUAUACAUUGCACUAAAUCCUGUUGUACAGCAGCUGCAUCAGUAAAGAGUCCGGAGCUCUCAGAAUAGCGUUUUCCCUGUAUACAAUAUUGUAAGAAGAAAUAGAAUCAUGCUGCAGUUCACAUGGCUGCCAAUAGGCGGCCCUGCCAACAGCAGCAUGGCAACACAACAGCAGGCAGCAGGUGAGUGGGCAGGCGGCAUGGGUAAUUGCCUAGACAAGUUGCAAUGGACCAGCCAGGACAGCAACCACGCCACUUUGCUACUGCUGCACACCUGUUGCAGACAACGCUAAGGAGAAAGAUGGUGACAACAAAGCAAGACCAUCUCUGGGGAGUGCCCUGGCAGGCAGGCAGUCUUGGGGUGAGGAGGAGGAGGAGAGGAGGUGACUGUCAGGAGCUUGUCCUACACUCGAGUAGGACCCUGGCAGAGACACAUGCCCGACUGGCAUGUUCUCUCCCUCCUGGUUGAUUGUUCGGGAGCUUCAAAAGCUUUCUUCAGCCCGAACAACAACAAAUGCCAACAGACAUCGGCACACUUAGAGAUCUGUAGAGUGUACGCAGUUUGCGUAACAGAACCCUAGCAGCUCAACAUUUUGGCUAAUCUACUUUAUUUACUUUAUAAAGACACACGGAGCACUGCAACAUGGCUCCCUCUCUCUGUUGCAUCAGACAGCAAAGAGAAAGAACGAAGGACAAUAGUCCCACUUCAUGAAACACAGUAACACAGACAUCCUGUUUCCGUCACUUCCCACUUUGUGGAGACAAAACAUAUACCGUCAUGUGAUAGCAACAAUCCCAUGACUGCAGUCAUGGAGCAGGAAUUCUAACAGUGACCAGAGGCAGGUGGGCAGGUGGACUGGCACAGGAUGGCCUUUGCAAGCCUUCCUGCUCUCGCCUUAUCGCUACCUCUGGUUGCUUCCGGAGAUGGGGCACCAGCAAUGGGGCUGGCACAGCAAGUGGGUCAGGUGGGUGGCCGAAGCAAGCCUUUCCAUGCCCCUUUGUCUUCACUUCAUCUGCUGCCAGAAGAAAGGAUGCAUUUUCAAAUACACACUUCCUUCUGUUGGUAGCACAGGAAGUGGAAGGGGAAAAAGAUGUUCUUCUCUUUCUUCUCCAUCACUAGUGGCAACCGCAAUGGGGAAGAUACUGGGAUUGGGGGGGGGAGUGGGAUUUUGAGCCGAACUGUGAGGGGGUGGGGAUGGGCAACAAGAUGUGGGAGGCAGCCUGGGAUGGUGGGGCUGAGGGACCUGUGAGCAGGGCUGGCCCAAUACAUUUUGGCACUUGAGGCAAACCAUAAAAUGGUGCUCACCAGAUCAGGAACAGGGUGGUGUGAAGAUCUACAUUGGGAACAAGGAGGGGAAUCAAAUCAACCUGACCCUUGGUGGAAGUGGGAGACAAAGGCUGUCAGGAGGAGGGGAAACGGACUUGAAUCAUGCGAUGUAUAGAAGUAGAGCUCUUACAAAAUAUUUGUUUUUCCCCAGUUGACCCUUUACAGCUCACAAUGAUAAGUUAUUCAUGCAAUAAGUGCCUGUUGAAAAACACUAAUACAGUGAUACCUCGGGUUAAGUACUUAAUUCAUUCCGGAGGUCCGUUCUUAACCUGAAACUGUUCUUAACCUGAAGCACCACUUUAGCUAAUGGGGCCUCCUGCUGCCGCCGCACCACUGGAGCACAAUUUCUGUUCUCAUCCUGAAGCAAAGUUCUUAACCCGAGGUACUAUUUCUGGGUUAGCGGAGUCUGUAACCUGAAGUGUAUGUAACCCGAGAUACCACUGUAAUCCUAGAUUUCCCCCCUGGUUCCAUUAAUCUGUGGGAGAAUGCAGUAUUUUUGAUAGAACGGACUCAAAUGACUUGUGUUUAGACCUUAAUCUACAUGGACCAUUCAUUGCAUAACGUUAUCACAGCAGACAGAAAAUGUUUCGGAUCAGACUGUCUGAUGAAUGAGGUAAUGCUGAAAUUGGCAGACUUCAGUAAUUCGGUUUGAUUUCUGUCUUGAUGUUUCCGGAGCGCUCAUCUCUCUCUCUUUUGGCUUUCUUUCUUUAUGACUUCAUUAACCUGCUGCUUCUUGGGAUGAUGGUACUUCAAACUUCUUUCCCUUUUAUAGCUCAUAAUUUAGCUGUUUCAUUCCAGCUUAUCUUUACUGUUUAUGGUCCUUUCCCUUUUCACAUGCAGCCAAGCUUGAGAUAUUCUGGUGACAUAAUGACAGAACACAGGAAACUGGUUUGGCAAAAAGGGCUGGCCAAGCCAAUGGCUGAUCACUUUUUAAAUUAUAGUCUCUGGGGAAAGAAUAGCUUCUCAGAUUCAACCAUUUGAAAAUAUACAUGUUUUAAAAUAACAAGGUUUCCCUGCAUGGAAAAGUCUUUGUAAUGUGUGUAAAACAAGCACAUGAAACAGAAAUUAUAUACCAUAUUUUUCGCUCCAUUGGACGCACCGGACCAUAGGAAGCACCGGACCAUAGGAGGGGGAGAACAGGGGAAAAAAAUUUUUUCUUGUUCUCCCCCUCUAAAACAAGGUGCGUUCAAGGUACAUUCACCAGAGCUUGUGGGGCUGGCGGUGGGGGGAAGCGCUGCUUUCCCCCACCGCCAGCCUCAAAGAUCCCUGAAGCCUUUGGAGCGCAGCGCCCCACUGCCCUGCAGAGGUUUGCGCGCAGCCGUCCCCAAGCUAGAGCAGCGAGGCGGAGCGCUCCGCAGUGCUCCGUCUUCCUGUUCUGGCUUUGGGCUUAGCGGCGCAGCCUGCAUUCGCUCUAUAGGAUGCACACACAUUUCCCCUUAAUUUUUGGAGGGGGAAAUGUGCGUCCUAUAGAACGAAAAAUACAGUACAUUUGCCAUAUAAAGUUAUUAUGGGUGAAAGAGUAUUGGCCUUACUGAUAUUUAUCUUUGCAAACUUGACCUUAAAAAAACCAAACUCUUACAUAUUCACUGCUUUCUGGCAUUGCAUGCCUGCUAUUUUGCUCCAAGCCACACAUGGCAGCAGUGAGAAGCCUGCCCUUUUUCUUUUCACAGUGUCUGUGAAAGUUUAAAAUUUACACGAGGCGCAUACCUUAUACCAGCCAUCUAUUUAUUCAUCUAUUGUCUCCUCUUGAUGGCCAGCAGCUCUCUGGAGUCUCAAGCCCUUAGGAACCUCCAGGUUGGAUUACUGCAAAAUCUCUUAUGUGGAUCUCCACUAACGCAGGGAUGUAUAGCUGGGAGUAAUAAUUUUGGAUACGAUUUUCAGUAUCCCUAUCAAGCUAGACAUGUAUGCUGGCUGUACAUCUGAUCUUAAUUUGCAUCUUGAUCGUGUGAUCAAUUUAUGAAAGCCAGUAAUUACAUUCUCCAGGAAAAGUGUGGUGACAACAGUCAGCAUUCUCACACUCCAAUGGUAAAAAAAACCCUUUCCGCAUUCUGAAAUAGUAUGAAGUUUUAUGUAAACAUAAAAAGGAUACCUUUGUCAAGGAAGGCUGAGACUGUCACAGCUUCUGGAAACCCAUGAUACCGACAAAUUUAGGAAAUUUGUGACAAAUACAAAAGAUUACUCUUCUUUGGAAUUUGAAUGUCCGCAUCAUGAAAACUACAUGGAGGGGUAUUUUUUGACAGCAAUCUAAUGCUUCUGAAGAGUUGGCCCAUUCCCUCCAUCAUUAGCCUUCCUAAAUUAUGCAUUUAUGAAAAAGCCUCACAUUAGUUAUUAUCACUUUCCCCUUAAAUCAUUUAUAUUUUGGCUGCUAAAGUAUAUUAAUUAUUAAAAACACAUUACUUCUCUUCAUUUAUACUCUUAUUCCAUGGCAUUUCAUUAUUCAAGGGUGUGGGUUUCUUUGUUUGUUUGUUUCAGCUACAAAAUUAACUGCAUAAGAGUUGUUACAGCAAAAAGGGUAAAGUAAAGGAAUCCAAAGUAGAAACCGAGCAAUCACAUGUAAACUUUUGCCAGUAUUUUGUGGCAGCCAGGGCCAUAAUUGAAGUGACUGCUUUGUUUGAAAGCAAAAAUUGAUUUUGAUUUAGCCGGCUGGCCACAAAAGCAAAAUCUUCUUGUAUCAGAGAGUCUUUACUGAAAUGUUAGCAGUGAAGCCUUUUUUUUAAAAAAAAUAAAAAAAUUGCAAAGUAUAUACAUCAAUACCAAGCCAUACAUAAGGAAUAAUAUAAAUAAAAAUAAAGAGGAAAAGGGAAAAAAAUGCGAAGAAAAGUAGACAGUAAAAGAAUAAAAUAUCAAUACAAUAAACACUAUUUUACAAAAUAGUAAUAGACUUCCAUCAUUCUCACAACACUUCCUGUCACAUUUCAUAUUUUAUCUGUAUUUCAGAAUUAUUUUCAUAUUAUUAUAUUAUAUUAUAUUAUAUUAUAUUAUAUUAUAUUAUAUUAUAUUACAUUACAUUACAUUACAUUACAUUACAUUACAUUACAUUACAUUAUAUAUGUUUCCCCUUUUCCAUUCGCGAGGUCAUUCUAGACACAGCCAAAUUUUUACAUUAGAACCUUGUCUUUCUAAAUAAUUAUUCAAGCACUUCCAUUCCUUCUUGACUGUAUUAAUUGGCUUUAGUCUUCUUAUAUCCGUCAAUUUGGCCAAUUCCAAAUAUUCACAUAAUUUACAUAACCAUUCCUCUUUGGUCAGUACCUGGUUAUCUUGUCUUAGUGCACAUCUAGAAAAAUCAGAUAAAUAAUUUUCUAGCCUGAGGUGAAACUGCACUAUGGAACAAUUUUAACAUUUGCCAGUAAAGGAAGAUAACACUGAACAAGGAUAUGCGUCUCACUGUCAGACUGCCAAUUUAGCAGCUGAUGCAAUUGAACCUAGCAAACAAUCUGGAAAAAAGUGAUAUAAUUGAACCUGCUGAGCUAUUCUUUUGAGACUCAGUGGGCAGUCUGAGAGAAUCAUAUUGGAAGUGUUCAUGAAAAAAUAUCUGUAGAAGCUCACUUUGGGCCAUAAGUAUGAGUUUGAAUCGAUAUUUAAAGAAACAUGCUCAUACUCUCAUCUCUGUUGGAAGUGCCUUCGUUUCAGUGGUACCAAUUCGCAUGACAGGGAACUAAACCGAUCUGGUCCCCUUUUUGUACUUCCUUACCAUUUCCCCUCUUCCCUUCCCAGGACAAGAGAAGGUCUUUCUUUUGGCUUGUGCCCAAUUUAUGCAGCUUCAGAAACUCAACUUCAGAUAAUCUGUCUGAUACCAUCGAGACACCAGCACCUGAAAGGAAAAUCUCUGCUUUCCAUCUCAACACGGAAGAUGCUACAAGGAAUCACAGCAAAGGGCCAAAUGAGGGUCCCUGGGCUAAAAUUUGCAAAGCUUUCAAAAUUUAG